AUUGUCACCAGUCCGAGAGACACAUUUAAUUUACACAUGGAGAAAGAGAAAAACGACAAAGGUAAGACGCUUUUCAGACUGUUAGACUUUAUAAAAAACGACUUUCAUUCACGGGUCGUUCUCCGCUGUUGGCUUUUAGCGUGGUUUGUUGUCACCAGCUGGAAGCGUCAUGAGCUCUUCCUGUGUCUGUGAAUGGGAGUGAUGGGAGAGGAUGGACGUUUUUAUCACUUCAGGGUUUUUUGGGGGAGUUAAAUUUAAAAGAAAAAGGCGUUUUUCUGCUCGGUUAGGUCAGAAACGCCGGAGACUGGCCAAAAAAGUGGCUUAAGUGAAUUAUCUUACUGCACUUUGGUGAGAUUAUUACCUUCGUUAACAGCAUUUUUUCAAUUAUUUGUGGACAUUUAAGGAUAUUGUGGUAUUUUUGCUUACUUUUACGGCUAAACUCUUAUUUGACGGUAUUUUCUGUCGUUAUUUUAAUGUUUUCACCCUAAUUUGACAAAUUUAAGUUAUAUUUUCAUAGCACCGGUCUAAUGACUCUGGCCAUUUUUUUAUAUUUAUAGCAUAUUUAAAGGAUUUAACACAUGCUGCUAACUUUGACAUGUAUUAUUUUUAAACAUUAGAGUGUGAGAUUUAAUUAAAAUAUAAAUAGGAGCUCCAGUGUUGAGAAUGGGAGUGUAAGAUGUACAAAGGACCAUGUGGUAGAGGAGAAGAGGACAUGAGGAUGGAGAAGAGGAGGGAGGAAGGGAGGGAGGAGUGUGAUUAAUUGGCUGACUGCAGGGUGUGGGAUGCCCCGGGCUGGGGGCUGCAGGCUGCUCCCAGCAUCCCCUGCAGGAGGGGGGAGGAUGGGGAAGACCAGCUGGGAGUUUGGAUCUCUGUCAGCUCCCCUUGUGAUGACCUCCAGACGACAGCUUUCAGGGUCUUUUAUUGAGAGGAAGUGGGUGAAUUAACAGACAAGUGAUUCAUUUUAUUAGGGUUUAUUUCAACACAUUAAACGCCUGUAGAAACAGUAACGAGGAAGGGAAAGGACCCUGUUGAUCUGGCCUCAUCAAGAUUUAUCUAUUUAACUCAAAAUGCAUACAUUUUCUAACACUCAAAAAAUGUUGACUUCUUAAUUUCAAGGAUGUUAGCCAAUUUGUUAUCAUCUUUGAAGCCCUGCCACAGGCAUCAGCUGAUCAGGCACCCCCCCCCCCAGUGCUUCCUGAUUUCAUGCAACAGACUGCAGAUGGAAGGGGGGUCAUUCCAGCAGCUGAAUGAUGUGGGACAAAUCCAAUUAAUCAAAUUCAAUAGAGCAAAGGGACAGACAAAGUACCAGAUUUGGACUAAUUAGGCAGGAACAUUAAAGGAAUAAAACAACAAUAAAACAAUGGAAACAAAGAAUUAGCUAGAAUCAGUCGCUGUCUGAUUAGAUUUGGAUGUAUUUUGGCUUGCCUCUAACAUUUUCUCUUGUUUUCAAUGAGUUAAUUUCAAGUGUUUUCUCAAGUGCAGUGAUGGUGUGUUUAACCAGAGCAGUUUGAUGCAGCGACUGGCAAACCUGUGUGCUUUUCAGAAGGGAAAAAUACGGCAUUUCCCUCCCACAGGGAGGAUCAAUGUGUUUUCAGAGAUUCUACAGAUCCAGUCCUAUAAAAAUGAAGGUGCGCUGUCACGAUUCAUGCACAAUUUACACUGAAGUGGCUUUUUUCUUUCAUUUAUGGCCCAAUAAAGGCUGCCAUCUUUGUGUAGGCAAUGGUCUAAUGUCCCUUCAAGAUGCUGCCCUACAUCAGAGCCAUGACUCCACCCCAUCCAGUCUGUAACAAAGGGUUGAAAGACUGGUGAGGAGAUGGAGGACGGUUCAAAAGUUAUGGGGUGGCUGAAGUAGACCAAUAAUGUGGGGGGGGGUGAGCAGCUUGUUAUCGCUAUUGAGGUGAACUGAUCAACAUAUCGGGAUAUUGAUUUGAGGUCAUACACACACACACACACACACACACACACACACACACACACACACACACACACACACACACACACACAGCACACAUACAGCAGUUCUAGCCUGUCUGAUAGCCUGCCAGGUUCAGCCAGAUCCAACACGGCAAAUCUCCACUAACUACCACAGAGAGAUUUUACGGCUCUCUUCUUCAAAAAGGUUGAUUCUGUAGGUAUCCUUUCUUUCUUGAUAUCAGAUAGAAGAUAAGAUAAUUAGAACCUUAUUCAUCCCCGAAGGAAAAUUCAAUGAUUUAUAUAAAUAUAUAUAAAUGUAUAGUGAGAGAAACAUCAUUAAUUGUCAUUUUUUGGUAUUUGACAGCUCAGAGGUCAACUUUGGUCUCAUUUAAAAAGUGCAUUACAGUUUACAGACCUUACAUAAACCACAAGAGGCAUUACUGAGAUUUAGUGCCUCUUUAAAAAUACUCUGUUUAUAUAUCAUUGUCUCCACUUUUCCUCUCCUCCACAGGCCUGCCUGAAUUACAUUUCCAAGAAUUCUCCAUCCAUUUACAGCCUUUGUCUCUACUUUCACCCCGUGUCAGACAUGUGUACGAGUAUGAGUGUGGGCGUACGUGUGGCCCGAGGCUUGGUAUUUCCUCGGUUAUUUAGAAGUCCGCGCCAGUUUCACCACAGCCAGACUCCAUGCAACAAUAGACAAUAGCCGGCAGAUAGAGUGUAUACAUCCUGCUGGUCUGAGGAGAGGAUGGAGCUGUGAGGAGUUGAACCUGCAGACAUGCACAGAGGAGUAAGAGCAGAGAGGCCAACAGUAAACAAAGUCAGGGUUACACUCAAGUUUACAGAGAGGGUGAUGGUUUAUUUCACAUCUGAAACAGGACUGAAAGAGGAACGCUUUGUUUAACAUUGUGUGCACACGCAGUCUGUUGACUACAGCUGGAGGAUUUCUUGAAACACUGAGAUACUUUCCUCUCAGACUGAAGAUUUUAGCGGUCAGCAAAAAAUGGUGGCUGCAUUAACUGAUGUCACAUGUGCGUUACAUGAGCUCAUGGCGGCACGUUAUCUGAGCAGGUGGAUCUUAAUUCUAAAUCUGUCAGUACCUACAGAGAUGACAUCAUCAUUGUUUGACAUCUGGGUCCAGUGUGUGUGUGUUUUGGGGUGCCAUGGUUACACUGUAUGGCCGAUGAUGUAUUUAGGAUACUGUAUAACUCUCUAUUUCCUGUGCUGCUUUCAGGUUCAGCCAGAAACAUCAAUAUGCAUUGAGUUAUUUAGUAACUGCUGAGUGGUAUUUUCAAGGUAAAGACUCCUCAGCAUCUCAACUCUCCCUCCCUUUGUUUGUCUCCUCCUUUGUCUCCUCCUCUCCUGCUCGGUCUUUGUCUCUCCCCAUCUCCCCUCUCCUCUUUAUUCCUCAGCUUUCUUUUGUCUCCUUGUUUUUCUCCUUACCUCCCCUCCCUCUUACAGUAUCUGUAUCCCCCUGUGCCGUGCUGUGCUUCAGGCCAACAUUCCCAGCCUACUGUCUGCCUCUCUUUCUCUCUCUCUCUCCUUUUCUCUCUGUGGAGGCAAAGCUCUCUCCGCCAGCUCAGGUCCAGGUGUUAGCCUGCAGGUGAGGACUCUGCACCAUACUCAGAAGUCAUAAAGAAGACAGUGUGGUGAAAUAUUUGGUGUGGGUACCACUUUUAUGUGUGGGUGUAGAGCCCGAGCGAUAUGAGAUUUUUGAGACAAAGGCCGAUGCUGAUUUCAGAGGGGAGGAAAGAUUUAUCAAUCAUAUUUUAGGUUCUGUUUCAGCGCAGAGGAAAACUUUCUCCUACUGUUUACCUAGUGUGUCUAGGUGUGUAGGUUCUCCUAGUGUUUACCUCUUUUCAUUUUUAUACACAAAAGUAUUCAUCAGCUGCAGUGAAGAUAAAGAUGCCUUUAAUGACAUAGCUGAUGUUUUGCAACAUGAAAACUAGCACUAACUUGUUGUGCACUUACUUUUAAGAGGGUGGGUUGAGUAGGUCACACCUAAAUUUCUGCAAUUACACUGGAAGACUUAGUGCGGGACUAUCUCUCUGUGCAAGCAUGCUUCAGGGGCAGACUGUCUAUGGUGGUCUCAGAAGGUCAGGAAAUUGUAUUCUUGCUCAGCUGGACAUAUCCCAUUAGAAACCUGACCAACAUGUCACACCCGUAUGUAAAGGAGUCUGGUUUUGGUAAACUGGUAAAGGUUCAACUGUGUUUCCAUAUAAAGUCUUCUUUUGAGUUCAGCAAUGUGAAGUUUUCAUGCAGAUGUGUAGCUGUUUCUGUUUUUUUGUUUUCAGCUUUAUUUAUUUUUUUAUUUUUUUAUUUUUGGCCUUAUUUGACAGCGAAACGGCAGUGGAUAGAGUAGGAAACAAGGGAGAGAGCCAGGAGGGACAGGUGGAAUCAAACCCAGGCUGCUAGUCUAUGUGAGGUGCACUUAGUACACUAUGCUGUUGGUGCCCCAUGUGAAGCUCUUUAUAUUCUAAGCUGUUUCUCCAUCUUGUUGGUUACCAGUAUACUUGUUGAGCUCAACCCAUAGUAGGCUCACAACAAAUAUGCAUAUAAUCACCAAGCACGUCCUAUUGGUGUUUUUCAUGUUGCUUGGUGUCGUAGUAAACACUCAGACGCAGGUUUUCCGUCCUUGGCCGGCUUUUGCUUCGGGUGUGCAAGUACAUAAAUAAAAAUGAUGCAGCCAUCAUCAAUAUUAAUGUAAAGAGCUUUGAGUAAUAAGUGAAGUGCAUGUACAGUAACACAGAUAUGGCACCCAUUCAGCUGAGUAAGAAUUGCUUAUUAGGUGGAUGCACCAAAAGCUUGUGGCCUCUUGGUUUCUUUCCAGUUUUACUUUGACUAAAUAUGUGCAAGAGUCUUUCCUACUUGACCCAUAAUUAAGAUAAUACAACAGAUUCUGCUAGGGGGGGAGUUAUUAUUGACUGUGUUUGUAUUUUAAGGAGGUGUGGCCACAGUUUUACAGACAUGAAUGGUGGGUUUAUGAGGAGGUAGAAUACUUUUUGGGCUGCACUACCACAACUGGCCACCAGGUUAAAACUGAGAUAAUUAAGGAUGCAAAAAACACAAGUUAGACCACCUGUUUGUCAGAGUUAAUGAUGAUUUUUGUGCUGUCUGUCACUGUUUCUCUCACUGUCUUGUGCAACCUUGUUAAACAGCUAGUUUAUAGUUGUGAUGAUAAAUUACAGAAAGACUUCCGUUGUCCCGCACCGGCAGUCAAACACAGUUAUGACAAAUUCUAAUAACUGCUCAUUUUUAACUCUCAAGUUCAAAGAAAAGUGGUAAAAACCCGGUCUAAUUUAAAAUCUAGGCUACACAGUUGGAGUCAAUACCAGCUGUGAAGUCCGGUCAGACUUAAGUGCUUGAUAAUAACAUGUUCAGGCUCCAUAAUAAGUUAAAAAUAGUGUUCUGCCUCGAGGAGAGCUCAGAAUGAUUUAGUAAAAGUGGUCUCGUCUGUCUCUCUUGCUCCAUUCGCAUUUGUCUCUCUGCCUGUCCGUGCUUGUGUGCAGACAGAAAUGCGUGAUUGUAAUGCCUGAGUAACCAAACCAAGGUGCUGAACUUCAAGUCGGGACACGGCCACUUUCUGCAGCUCACGGCUAAUGUGUUUGGAUAGUUCUGCCUGUGUCAAUACAAGCUCAGCAAACCAUCAUCCCCUUUCUUCACCUCGCGCUCUGUCUCCUAUGGAUCACCUGAGACUUCUACAUCAACACUGAAAACUUGUUUAUUUGACCUCAUGUUUAAAGGUGCAGAAAUGUCAAGUUAAGUCUGUCUCUGUUUGAAUGCUUUUGCCCAUUUGCGGUCCAAGGUGUGAGUUUUUCUUGAGUCUAGUCCUGGAAGUCUGACACUUGGUUUUUAGAUAAACCUGAGCCCUGAUUCAUCUGGACUCUGUGGGUGAAACACUGACUGAUCAGUCUCUCUAACCUGGUUCCCAUCACCUGUGUUUUUGCUGUUCUGACUAAUAACAGACUAAGGCGUCAGAGAAACUCGUGACUAAUAGAAGAGAAAGAGGCAGAACUUACCCACAAAUCCAGCCAGGUUUGUACAUCACAUCCUCUCUAUAAAACUCUUUUAUUAUACCCGAUGAACAUGACAAAUCUCAGGCACCACAGCCUUGGUGUUGAAAUAGUUUGUCAUGGAUAAAUGAGUUCCCACACCUCGAUCCCAGAGAAACGCUGAAGUAAUUUACCUUCAUCUUGAAUCAUGCAAAACAAUGACAAAUACCUCACCUGAGCACUUAAAUGGAUAUUCUGGCGAAAACUAAGUUAGGGUCAAACACAUCAUAACAUCCAGUAAGACACCCCCUCAAGAGAUGAAUGUUGCCAACUGCUUGCUUCUCUCGUUAUACCAACUUUAGUAACGACCGCACGAUAGCAAUAAACAACUGUCUACAUCUCCAAGCACAUACGUCAACCAAAAAAAACACUCUAUAGCCACAAAUAAUGCUCAGAACAGCGCCUAACUUCAUCAACAGUACAUAUAGGGUCCCAGCCAUAGUACUAGCCAUCAAACAUCUUUUUAGCUUAGCCUGAUUUCUUUAGCAAAGAGACUAAACACAACUCACCUACUCUCCUCCGGCAGCUGUUUGUUUGUGGGGGAGCCCUGACAAGUCGAUUGCCAAGUGCAGUAGAUCAUUUCCCUGAAGUAAUAAUCAUCAUAUUAAUCAUUUUGCACUGCGGACACGGUAGCUCUUCUCCCUUAGUGUCUCAGUCUGAUUGCAUUUCCAUGAAGUAGUGAUCAUAAAUGUUCUUCCUCGAGUUGCGAAACACAGCUGCAGUCUGUGAUCCACUCGUCAGGGCUAUCCCACAAACAAGUGGCUGCUGGAGGAGAGUGGGUGAGUUGUGUUCGGUCUCUUUGCUAAAGAAAUUAGGCAAAGCUAAGAAGAUGUUUGAUGGCUAGUAGGGACCCUUUAUGUACUUUUGAUGAAGUUCUGAGCAUUAUUUGUGGCCAUAGAGUAGCUUUUUGGUUGAGGUUUGUGCGUGGAGACAUAGACUGCUGUGUAUUGCUAUCAUGCAGUCAUUGCUGAAGUUGGUAUAACUAGUAAAGCAAUCAGUCAGCAACAUUUAUCUCUCAAGGGGGUGUCUUUUUGGUGUUACAGUGUGUUUAACCAUAAUUUCAAUUUACGUCGAAAUAUUCCUUUAACCUGAAAAACAGGAGAAAAAUAAAGACAAAAACAAACAGCUUCUCUACUGCAGCUCAAGCAAAUUAGUUUACAGUCGCAGUCUAUUUACCAGCUAACACAAUCAACAUUACAGCCUACCUAGUUACACAAAUCAUAGCUUCAAAUACACAGAUUAAGAGGCAGGAGGAAUUUAGUUGGGAUUUAAAUCAAUGAUGAAACUUUUGACCAAUCAGAGACCACACCUGCAUCAGCACCCAAUUAGAUACACCCACGUUAUCUUUACAAACAUGGCAGAGAUUCAUUUACUUAGACUUCAACAGUUUUCCAUGUAAAUGUCUGCAGCUGUAGCUCUUUGUGUGAAUGACAGCCAGUCACAGAAACACACAACUUCAAAUCCACGUCAUCUGCUUGUUAAGUUGGUGAAGAGAUGUUCAUGCUUCAUCUCAAACCACUGCAGGAAGGAUGUUGUCCAGAGAGGAAGCAUGCAGUUUGAGUCUAGCAACAGGCUGUCAGCAGAUCCAAAAAGUCCCUGAACACAUCACUGACACUUCAACACAGACUCUCUCUGAGUCAGGACGGUUGUGUUUUUGGUUGUCAAGAAGUGUGGGAGUGUUUGUCUGCACCUCUGCUGCAAAACAGGAAUAUUUAUCAUUUGAAGAAUUCAAAAUAUUGGACACAAACAUGAACAUCUAGGCAUGCUCCAAGAACUACACAGAUACUGAAGUAGAUGCGCAAAAUAUUGACCUCAGGGACUUUUCUCGGCAAUAAUAGUGGGAAAAAGGCAUGGGUUUGGAGUAAAAGAGAGUGUGUGAGUAUGUGUGAAUCUCUUGUUUUUAAAUGUGUGUGGGAGGACAAGUGUGGAUUCAGUUCUCAGGUCAGUGGGGUUUAGUCACAGGAGAGUCUUUGUCUUAGUCUUUCUGUGUUUCUCAUCCACUCUGUAGAAUACGUCCAUCAAACUGUCCCUGCAGACAUCUUUGAUUUCCUCACACUCUGUCCCCCCACUUCACCUCUCCUCCCCCUUUUGUGGGUUAUGUUUACAGGUGUCUUUGCGCAGUUUUUCCUCAUAAAUAAAACAGCCAAAAACUAAUGUGAAAAUAUGGAGUUAGAGUCACGAGACAGCUACUAGAUCUCAACUGUCAUGGGAGACCACACAUGAGGACACCCCUCACUGAUUUUUAACAUGACAAUCCUCAGAACACACACCAGAUGAUCCCAUAAAACUGCUGGACCACACACUCAACAUUUGGGAGACCGAUUUCACAGUGGCGAGAUCUCACAGGAACUUGCAGGAUCAGUCGUGAUGAGCAUGGGAGACAUUUAUGCCCUUUGUAUGCAGAAACAAAACGUGACUUAAUGUUAAGUUUUAACAUUUAGUUUUAUGGGUAUUUGUGUUAGAAAGGCAUUUACUAGUCGUCAAACAAAAGCAGAAUUAAAGAAAACAGGUCCUUUAUCUGUGGUAAUAUGAAGCAAUAUUGGGGGAAAAAGCAGAACCUUUGGGCUCCUAUGUUUUGAAUUUACCACCUCACCUCAGGAAAAUCUGAGAGGAUAAUCUUUAAAAACCAUGAAUGAAUUAAGGGCACAAAAUAGAUUAUCAUGUAGGUUCCUUAACCUUUAGAGUUCUCCGUACACUAUAAAAAAAUACAAAGAAUGGCAUUACAUAUAUCUCCUGCUAUCUGAGGGCUUCAGAGGUGAAUCCAAGGAUGACGAGUGAUAAGUAAGACUUGGACAAACACUGGUCCUCUAAGCUCACUUAUCCUCCACAUGGUAGUCAUUUAUAAAGAGGGAUGAGGAGAUGGAGAUAGAGGGAUAAAAGAGUGGUGUAUGGUUAGCGCCUCAGCCACAUCUAAAGGAGAGGAAAGUGGUGUGGGUUGGGUUGAGUCCAACAUAGAUGUGUUUAAAGAGAAGAGGAUGGAGUUGAAAUCUCACUUACCUUAAGGCAGCAGUGUAAUGUGUGUUUUAGGGUGGAGUUCAUCUGGAUGAAGAGCACAGCUCCUGUUAAAAGCUAGCUGCAGUGUGCUCAAUGGUUCACAGAUGCGAGGCUCGAACAAAGAUGUUCUAUUUGGAGGAUGUUCGACUCUUUUGAAGAUUUUGAGCCAGAAAUCAGAGGCUGUGUUAAAGUACAUAUGUGGAUAAGUACAUAUGGAUCACUUUCAAUGUUUUAUGGCCUGAAAAGGCAUCUAAAUUCCCCUCAUUGGUAGGGCAUCCAGAGGUCACUGUAUGACAUUUUGCCACAGGAGUGGAAUUUUUUAAACUUCAAUGGAGCACUUUUUCAUUUUAAUCAUUAGAAGAGCAUCCAGAGAGUUAUUUUCAUACACUUAAGAGGACUUUUUUUUACAUUUUGCUCACUAGGUAGACUUCCAAAAGGCACUUUUUAAAAGUUUUAUCCACUACCAGGGCAUCCAGAGGGCCUUCUUUUACAUUUAAUGCAAGGGCUGGGCAAUAUGGCCUGAAAUCAAUAUCACGAUAUAUUGAGCAGUUCACCUCGAUAACAAUAAAUAGACGAUAAACUACUCCACAAGCUGCUCACCCCCUCCCACAUUAACUUUGCCUGCUUCAGCCCUCUUUGUUACAGACUGGAUGGGGUGGAGUUUCGUCUCCGACGUAGGACAGCGUCUUGAAGGGACAUGAGACCAUAGUCUACCUUCAUACAUCCAAAACCAACUCUUAUUUAUUUAUUUGCCACCGAAUAUACCGAUAUGGGCAAAAUGACGUCGGUUGUUGUCGUAAAUUUCUGUAUAGGUAAAUUUUCGGUUUAUCGUCCAGCUCUAUGUCAUACACAAUAAUGUCAGAAAAGGGGUACUCAUACUAUUUCUUGAAAAGAGGGUCUAUUAUGUUGAGUUCACUGUAGGGUAUCCAAAUGACAAUGUCUAACUUUUUAUUUACUGUGUGACCUAAGGUUUCAAUCUGCUCAUCUGUGUUGUGUCCUCCCUUUAGAUUUCAGACUCAAACGAGAAUCUAAGUGAAGAAAAAGGGAAUUUGGGGUCUUUGUUUUUCUCUGUGUCAUCACAUUUUUCCGCUCUGUCUCAUGCACAUCUGUCCAUCUGCUCGUUCACUUUAAGUUUGACUCAGAAAAACUCCAUUCAGAGGUCCUAACCGCUCUUUCAGCAGCAUCAUUUGUCAUACCUAUACACAUACCUGCACAGAUCACACCUACACACAUCUAUUCAAACAGAUGUUACCCCUGGGCUGUGAAACAUAAAACUAGAAAGAAAGAGUGACACUCUCUAUACUUUUCAUCCCCUCUCUCUCUUCACAUGAGCCCACUGUAGGUUAGUGCAUUAAUGUAGGUCAGGAUACUGGUCCGGACUUGCCAUAAGGUCCCUGAAUGCCUCACAACACCCCAAACAACACCUGUUUUCCUUCACUAAACACUGCACAAAGUCUGUAGCUCUUUUUUACUGGUAAACACUGAAAACAGCAUAUGCUAGAUUUGACUUCCAUGUCCGAAUAGAAGGAGAAGAUUCCAACAAAAGACAGCGCCGUAGGGGGUAAAUACCUGGACACACCUGAGUCUGACUCCCCUGGGUAAAAUCCAGAUAAGCUGCUUGAACAUUCCUGCUGCCUGCUAGCGUUUUAGCUAAAUGAAGUCUGUGUCCAUAAGAGAAUUUCUGGCAUUUCAUUCCUUAAAAGAAGCGAGCUGGAAGCCUUUUUGACCGCAGCAUGAAUCUGCCUCAUCACAUUCCUCCCCAUCAGCCUGCACACAGACCCAGUCUGUCCUGAGCCACUUGCGUUCUGGUGUGAAGGAAUGCAGAGGCGUUCGGUCAGGGUUAGGAUUUCUCAGUGUGUGUGUGUUCAUAAGAGCAUAUUUCUAGCUAGGGGGUGAGUGUGUGUGUUUCUUUGUCCCCCUGUAUGUUAUUAGGGUUCGACUGCUGCUCUCUCUGUGGGGGAUCAGUGUUAUUUCUGUUGUCUUCACCCUUCAGGCUUUUUAAUAAACAGCUUUAAUCUGAGAUCAGGCUGCAACAACACAGCAGACCCGACUCUAUACCCCUUUACACAGGAAAUGGAAACCCAGCAGCAGUGAGGCAGCUUUGUUUUGAAGGGGUUUAGCUUUAUUGUAAGUUAAUGCACAGCCAACUUAAAGCUCCUGUGGGGAGUUUAAACUGAUUAUGAAACAGACUAAAACUAAUACUGAGACAGUUUUAUGAUCAAAUGAGACCAUCAGGGCCAAGACUUCAAGGUGUGCCAGAGACAGGGCUGGCACUCAUACUUUUAGUUACAUGCACAAAAUUAAGAACUUUUUUCCUCAAAGUGUCUUCUCUUUCUGCAAAUAAUCUGAAGUGGAUUGGAUUAACAAGAAUUUGACAAGCUGUUUUGAGUUUUGUACAGGAGUCAAGUAACUUUUAAAGUUUAGAUUCUCUUUUAGAGCUUCACCAAAGUUGGAGCGAAAUAGAUCAACCUCCAAGAAGGAUCUGCUUAAAAAGACCCCUUGAAAUGCCCAAAUACCCCCAAAUUAAAGUGGCAGACUCCCUGUUAAUUCUACAAUAUGGCUUCUUGAGACUUUUUUUGUAAUUUUUUGCCUUGAUACAUUUGAUGCAGACCACUGAAUCCUGGAUUUUUAGGUCUAACAUACUGCAGGGGCUGAUCUUUUUGAAAUUUGUAGGUGCCACUGAGCCAUUUAACUACACCCCUGUACAUAACCAAUAUCAAGUGUCUUACCCCCAAUUUAACCGCAUCCAGAGUGGCUCUGAUCCGGAACAGUGGCUAUUUUCGCCAUCUGCCAAUUCCUACCGGAUCCAUUUGAGGCGAAUUUUGUGACGGAUUACGGACAGCAGGAAUCAUGAGCACUAACAAGAGCACGUGGAUUCACGUGCAAUCGUGCGAUAUGAAGUUGUGUUUAGCCACAUAGGCUAACCAUAUAAGCAGUAGAUUGUGUCCCUUCAGAGGAGGAAUUCUACUUCUAGACUUCAAAAAUUAGCAUCUCCUCAUCCAUGGUGUCAUUGGGAUAAAAUGCUGUCUAAAAACCUUUCACUUGGUUGUUCCCGCCUGUUUGCAUGGUGUGAAAUACGAUCCACCCGAAACACGUAGUGUUUUAUUUUGAAAAGAAGCCGGAUGUUUUAUUUUGUGUCUGUGCCCGACUUCCUUUCCAGCAUGGACUACUCUGCUGAAUUUACCUGGAAUGCUCUGGCGGUGGAAAUUGACACAUUAACUUGAAUGGUUACGAUCAGCUGCGUGUGGAAGGCACGGCCUUUUCAUAGCGAUUCCAGAUGCUGUGGAAACUGGGGGUUAGUUAUCCACUGAGCUAAUGUAUACAAAGUUUGGUGGCUUUAUGUAUAUUUGGGCCUCCCCAAAAUACUACUUCCUGUUUGUAGCUGGCAAUGCAAUCCCAGAGAAACUGCGAUGGGUGCAGGCUUACAAACCAUCAGGAACAGACUAAAUGUCUCAUACUUUGUGGGAAAAUGUGAAAUAAAAUAAAAAAAAUUACAUUUCUCAAAUGAAAAUACAAAAGCCCUCAAAGGUCAGCAAGAAAAGGGAAAUUUUCAAUCAUGGAAGUGUUUCACCUCAGCAGGCCACAGGUGACCCAUGAGAGGAAACAUCGAGUGACAGAUUUAUAAGGUCACUUCCUGCUGCGCUGACUCACUCAUUAAACUCACCAGACGUCUGAAUGAAUGAGUCCAGUCCCUGUUCUUGAGCGCCUGUCCUUUUCUUUCUCACAGAGGUUUAAUUCAUAAUUCAUUCAGGGAAACUGGAAGCUUGCGAGCUGGUGGACCAGUAUGACCAGUUUCAGGCAAAAUGUUUGUGUUUUUGUGCAGGAAUGAGCAUUUAUGAGGCUAAAGCAGUGAAUACAACAAAAAAGGGUAUUUUUUCUUUAGACAAAAAGAGGAAAUAUAGUUUUUUAUGGAUAAUUGAAGCUUUAACAGAGUAAAUGAUUCAAAAGCAUCUACUGACUGUGCUUCCUCUUCAUUUUGUGGAAGUAGAGGCAAAAUGUUAACAGCUAAGUAAGGGCCUGUGUCCACUGACUGUGUUUUUACUUGCAUAAUGAUUUUUUUUUUAAGUUUUCUCUAACCUGACCCUGAAAGUCUUCAUCAUAUUUGAUAGUCCCAACAUUAUAAAAGCAUUCUUUCUUUUUUCCUUUUCUUUCUUUCUUUCUUUCUUUCUUUCUUUCUUUCUUUCUUUUCUUUCUUUCUUUCCUUCUCUCUUUUCUUCCUUUCUUUCUCUCUCCUUUGGUUGGUGAACUCAGUUGAUGCUUCAGAGCGAGGCCUGGCUUUCUCCACAGGCUGACUGUGUGUUCACGUCUGUACCUUUCUGUGUGUGUGUGUGUGUGUGUGUGUGUUUCUUCCAGGUUGUGUGUCUUGGUUGGCAGGCCCGCUCUUCACGUUAUUUACACAAGGCUCGAGUGCUAACUGCAGGGCUGAAAGUCAAUUUCAUGCAAAGUUUCCAUUCCGGUAUUAUUCUAACCCACUUCUUCUUUCCUCUCUCUGGAUGCAAAUGUCAGCUAUUCUGGUCUCACAAUGUUAUAUUUACACUGAUAAUGACAGAAACACACCCUAACAAUAAUAAUGAGUGGAAAAAUCGGUGUGUGAUGCAGCUGUAUUUCCACCUCACAGCACAGUAGAGCAUGUAUGUCUUUGCUGUGGUUUGUCGAACGGUGUUGUGCGGCUCUGUUGGAGGGAGUGUGUAGUUGUAGGUGUGUCUCAGGCUGACACACUGAACCAUCUAUGCAGUGGAAUCCCUGAGUAAACACCAAAUCCAUGUUUUUAACAAGGAGCUGAAUGAGAGCAGAGCUGAGGCCGAACAAGGCUUCACUCUUCUCCAACACACAGUGGCAGUGUGAGCUCUGAGCCUGAGAACACUUAGAAACUUACGGCUCGAUGAAAUAGCAGAUUUUUUAUGAAGAUUGGUUUAAAGAAAGCUGAUGAGUUCAGCCCAUUUUGCCGUAGGGCUUGGCGAUAAACCUAAAAUUUACAGAUCCCGAAAUUUACGACAAUAACCAACGUCAUUUUGCCCAUAUUGGUAUGGACAGUGUAAAAAAAAUACAUUAAUAAAAGUUGGUUUUGGAUGUGUGUAGAUAGACUAUGGUCUCAUGUCCCUUUAAGAUGCUGUCCUAUGUCGGAGACGUGACUCCACCCCAUCCACUCCAUAACAAAGAGGGAAAGACAGGUGAGGAGAUGGAGGACGGUUUAAAAGUUGGAGCGGCUGGAGCGGCGGCUGAAGUAGACAAAGUUAAUGUGGAAGGGGGUGAGCAGCUUGUGGAGUGUUUAUCGUCCAUUUAUCAUUAUCGAGGUGAACUGCUCAGUAUAUCUUGAUACUGAUUUCAGGUCAUAUCGCCCUGCCCUAUUUUGCUCUGCGUUGAAGGAUCCACUCGUUGCAUACAACCAAAGUGCGCUCAAAGAGAUUCAGUCUGGCUCUUGCUAACAGGUGUCUGUUAUUCGCAUAACAUGUAACAUUGGAAAAAGCUGCACAAAUCAAGCCAGGCUUUAUUUACCAUCCUGUUGCUGAGCUUCAGUCUUCAUGCACAGCCUCAAACUCCCUUUUUUUUUUUAUUUCUUUUGAGCUCUUCUUUUCUGUGGCGGCGGCUCCACUCCAACCUUCCUCAUCGGCUGAACCAGAAGAAUUUGGUCUAUUUUCUUAUACGUCAACAAAGCCUCGUGCGAGUCGAUGCAUGUUUUGCAUUACUUUCUAAUCAAUCCUUUUUUUUUUGCUUGUUUUUCUACUUUCAUUUAAAACCAAAGAGAGAUUUAGUGAGGUUUGAGUAAUAAGAAGAAGUCAAGGCACUGAAGUUAUUGAUCAGAUAGUGUUUCAGGGCUGAACAUUGUUGGUUUUUCUAACAUGAAUCAUGUGGACCUCUGGUUUGUCCUUACAUGGUCCCGGCUCUUUUGUGGGUUAUUACUUUUCAGCCCUCUUUCAUGUUUUUACAGAGCGGGGAAGCCGUGGAGUUAUUUGCAUGGCUUGUCUGACAGCAGAGAAAGAAAAGUGUUUGAGAUUGUAUUUCAGCUUCACACUGGUGUUUGCUUUCUCAGUGUUUCUUGGAGAACGAAAACAGGAGAGUGAUGGUGUGUGAAGAAAGAGAGGAAGCUUAAUCUCAGGAAAAAGGUUAGCGUGGGUGAAGUGUAUCAGGAGCUUGCUUUACUUUCCUCUCUUGAGGUCAGAAAGAGUUGUACUGUUAUUACCGUGUGAGUGAAUUAACCUGAUCUGACCUGACCGGGAUCACAGGACCUGUCGUUGCUGUGCAGCACUUGGGGCGCAUUAAUCACGCCGAUGACGAAGUUAUUCCCGAAAAAAGUCGAUUCCAGGUCUUUUGUGAUGUGGCGUAAAAACCACAAGGCGUCGUAAAUUAAUUUUGAGGAAACGUAAUGUGGGCACAUUUACAGAAAUAUUAAAAAGUCUGUAAAUCAAGUUUAUCGAAGACUUGGAGACAGAGUUCGUAGAUUUAGGAUGAGCUAGCUGGCCGUCAACAAAGUUUAACAAUAACUGGAUCAUUGUUGCUGCAAGCUGAUGUUCGCCAACUUAAGAUUUCUAAUGUUUUGCUAGAUGACUUUCAGCUGACAAUAUCUGAAUGACAGCAGCUGAAAGCACAUAGAGUCAAAUAAGGUAAUAGAGAGACACAAUAGGACACAUUGGCAGCUCUUUACCUGAAACAGUCACUCUCAAUUCAGUUUUAGUUGAACUCCAGGUGUUGAAAGUUCAUGGACAGGAAAAGCAGCUGGGUUUCAGCGAAAUGCUGGCCGGCUAUUUGCAUGACAAACGUUCUGACUGCUUAGAAACCAAUGGUGUGUGAUGUUGACUACUCACCCUCACAUAUUCUCACCGAAACUCUCGCAGAUUCACUUUAGUUUCACGCUCUAAGCCUUUAUGAUCAGUUUCCUACCUGUGCGCCAAGCAGGACUAUCCGCUUUGUGUGUGUUUGUGAACUUUUUUCAAGGUUUAAAAAGUGACAAUGAGCUGAAGCGGUGCCCUGCACAGGAUGAUGACACAUCCUCCAAACGCCAUCUUCCUCCUGGACUCAGUGGAAAGAGAUGAAGUCAUUUCACUUCAUUCCUUCUCUGGGAUCACCAAUUGCACUGAUGCAGCAUAUGGCUUUUAUAUAACGCUGAUGUGACUCCUCGUGCACAGGGAAUACCAUUGCCUCAUGGCUGAGCUGCAAAUCUUUCCUACUGGGGUGACAGAGUCCUGCAAAGAUACAUUCAAGAGUUUUCAGAGAGUAAUAUUCUCUACAAGGACAAAUGGGACUCCUAGAUAAAGAGAAAACACAAAAAGACCUUACAAUGGGUUUUAAAAACAAGACAGAAUAUUUCCAGUAUUCCUUUAACCUGGACCCAAAUUUUCAGCUCGUUUUUUACAGUGAAAUAAAAGCAACAGUUAGUGACAGACAAAGACUGUAUAUACUAUGGACAAGUUCUGCCUUCCACCAGUAUACAGAUUUGAAGCCAAAAAUCUCUCAGUAACUCCACGUUUUUUCUCCACUUCCUGAAACCAACAUUGCGCAGUGGCGUUGUAUGCACUCCACCACAUGCGCAGUAGAAUUGUACGCAUUUGGAGAGUUGCUGAGAGUCCCUGUGAUGACUAUUGGCUCGAACAGCAUAUCCCCAGGGUGAGCUACAAAAUCUUCGUAAGCCCAUAGACUGUAUCAAGUGUCAAUCAUAGAAAACAUGAACCCCCUAAUAACUUUUAAAAAAUGGAGCUGCACAGAAAAAAGAGGACUUGAGCACAAACCAGUCUUACUGUAACUACAUGUCAACAUUGCAAGCAGGGGGGAGAAAAAUGUAUAUUCUGUGUAAUUACUUUAUUAAGUUUGUCCACCGCUUCAUAGGGAUUGCUUGAGGAGGCGGGAUUUAUGACCUAUACUGCAGCCAAUCACCAGAGGGUGCUGUUCUCGGGGGUGGCUUCGUCCAGUGAGGAGGCAGACAGCAUCCAUUCUAUAUACAGUCUAUGGUGACAGAGCAUGGAAAUUUGAUUGGUCGGGGGACUUUUCAGAAGCCCCGCCCACCUCUGAGACAAUCUUCCCACAUCUGACCUUCUUUCCAGUCAUCCCUCACUGAACCAUCUGGCCUUUCAGAAGUCAUUGUGUGUGUUUGUAAGUCUGUGAGUAACAUGUGCUCCCAUUGUGCAUGUUUGCAUGUGUGUUUGGGUUCGCUCCAUUAAGAAUGUAUGAGUGAAUGGACAAACAGCCUGUCACAGGGACGUCAGGAGACGAGGACGCUGACUCAUUCUGCCCGUGCUCACAUUAAGGACAGAGGAUACAGUGGAGUUUAGUGUAUACAGAGGGGAACAUGAGCUCGGAAACAGCAAACUGUUCCUGUUCGUCUAUUACAUAUCUGCCAUCAGCUUUGACUGCGUUUAUUACAUCACACUGUAUAGACAGAUUUCCACUAUGAAGACCUGACAGUUUGAACAUUGUUUACAACUCAGACCGGAUGAUUAACAUGCAGUAGAUUUGAGGGUUAUUUUUAAGUUAAUUUGGAUCUGAGUUAAAUUAGUCACCUCUUUAAAGUUUUAUAUUACUGCCUUCACUAUUUUGAUAAAGUUCUGAAUCAAACAGAAACAGCAAAUCAACAAUUAAAAUUAACAUUUCUAAAGUACUUAAUUUGAUUAUUCAUAUGAUCAUUUGCUAAGAUAGAAAAAGUGUUUUUAGACGAGUAGGGCUGUGGAGUUGUGUUUACACCCCACUGUAUGUUCUAUUUGUUGUUAUAAUGAUCAUGUUAUUUACUUUUUACAGCCUGUGAGUCAUAGAAAAAAAAUCUUUGUUUUUGCUGCCAGGCCAAGUGCCACCUUUUUACCCUGUUUUUGGGACAAGUUAAAGUUUGUCUCUGUUUUCUCUCAUUCUUUCAAAGCCAGCAGAUAAAUGUCUUUUCCUGCAGCUUUUGUUGCACAAACAAAUCAGCCUGACAGCACACAGAUCCCACUGUUUCAUCAGUGUUGUUCUGCAGGGGUGUGUGAAGACUUUGUGACUGGGGGCACAAUUUGACAUGGUUAGGGGUGGCCAGUGUAUUUGUGCACAAAGGUCAUCAAUAUUUACCCUAUCUUCAGUAUUAACUUAAACUAGCAUUAGAGUGUCACAGUUAGUAUAUUCCUUUGCAUAAUUCAAGUAUAACAAUAUGUCAUCCGCAAAUGUGAGUUAGCUAAUCUUUAAAAGAAAAUUAAAUAAUCCCUUAUUGUUUUAGAAAUAGGGAGAUCUGCAUUGUUACAGCUGUUUUGGCAAAAAUGUCCUGAUUGAAUUGGUUAAUGGUUCAGAUGCUGUUUGUAAAUGUGUGUUAAAUUUCGACAAAUCCAAUCAGAGGUGAUUAAGACUGUUAGCAUGAGUGACAGUCCAGACAAACACGGAACACAAACUCUGAUCAGCAAACACCGUGGGCAGGACAGGGAGGAUGUUACAGGCUGAUUGGCCUUUCAUCAAACAGUAAUCUGUGCAUUGUGUACACUCAGAAAUAGAGUCAUCGCGGUCUAAUUGCACAUACACAAACACGGUGUCACUGUACAGGGUGAGGCAGAGGUCAAUCAGCGCGGUAAUUACGGCGACGUGUAGAGAUUUCCUGUGCUCUGAUUGAUAACAGCUUUCUUUAUAUAGACUGAAGAUUAGACUCAAAAACACACACAGGAACACACACUUCAGGGCCCACAGGAGGACAGAGAGACCCUCCACACGCGCUCUGUUUAUAUGGUCUGUUUUUACCAUCAGCAACAAGCUAUAAAGUGAUUUGUUUCAGCAGUUCAGACUUCAUCUGCAGGGUUUCUUUGCACCAGAGACUUUAAGGUUAAAGGUGAGUUCAGGUUGGAGUAGGUGGCAGUUUUAGGUAGUUAUUGGGUUUGCCAUGGGGUUUCUGAAGUCCUCUUUGAUGGGUUAGUUUGGGGUUUUAGGUGUUUUUCAGGUGGGGUUUAGAGUUACACAGACUUCCUUAGGAUUCAAGGUUAAGAGAGGGGGAAAAUUUCAGACUCAGUCCAGUUUAGAGGAGAGGUUCAAGGGUUUCUUGACACUUUAGUUGUUGCUUCAGGGCUAACAAGCCCGUCAGGUUAGGCUUAUUUGAGAGGGAGUUAAUAGCUGAGGGUUGUUAGGAGUGAUUUUUGACAGUAACUGAGCCCCUGAGGCAGAUUAUUUGCAAGGAUGGUUGGAGAUGUGGUGCUUCUCAGAAGCUGAAGAGUUAGAUGGUAAAAAAAUCUGGUGCUUUGUGCUUUAAAAUAAGCUGCAGAGCAAUUCAGAGAGCUAUUAAGGGGGGAGAAGGGUGUGUUUCAUCAGUCGUAAAAAUCUAGAAAACAUCCCAGAGGGAGACAAAAGCUGUUGACCUUUGACCUCCAUGUGGCACACUUUCACCCCACACCUCCGACAUCCACGCUUGACCUCUGUUCACUUACUCCCAGCUGUGCACAGAGUUACUAAAGUGCUGUAUUUCAAACAGAGGAGAUGAAACUGUGGAGUAAAUAUGUAGUUAGAUAACCUGUGACCAGUCUGAAAAAAUGAUGUUUAAUGGUGAACAGAAAAAUGAGAGCAGCCAAACCGUACUGUUUACAUCUCCCUCUGACAUCCAUCUCUCCUCACAUCUUUAUUCCCCCUUUGAUCGGCUCUUUGUUGUCAGUACCGGGCGCCUCACUGUCACAUAGUAAUUACAGGUGGACGGCAUGCAGACCUGUGAUCUUUAAAGCUGGAAUAUUUUCUCUGAACCUCACUGCAGGAUGGACGGACUGUGGACAGAAAGCUGGCUGCUGACAGUGUUAGAAGGUGUUAGGAUCAGUGGGCAUUGAGUUUCCAUCUGAAAUGUGAGGAAAGACAUGCAAAGCUUCAUUUGGUUAGUCAUAUUUCUGCUUUUAUUGAUGGUUUUGGUUGAACUUUAGGCACAAGAGAUUUAGCCAAGUUGGCGCAAUGGUGAUUCCUGCAGAAUAAUAUUGUAUCUGAGGAUUGUCCUGCAAAUGCUUUCCUACAGUUCCCUUGUUAGCAUGUGUCUGAUUAUUCAUUGUAUGCAUCUACAGCAUGUACCGUAAGAGAUGCAGAUAUGCGGUGCAGCUUUGUCAGUAAAGUAGCUGUCUUUUUGAUUGUUUAAGCAAUGCAAUUGGAAAAAAGAUUUCACUAAUGUUUGCUGCAGUUUAGCGGAUGCUUUUGGCUGCAGGGGUCUUGCGCAUCUCUUAGUAAGACAAAUUUCUUCCAUUCAGCUGCAUGCUUUGUUUAAGAUGCUAAAAUAAAUGGAUCCAGCUGCUUUUUAAAUCAACUUUGAAGAGGAUUGUGGCUCGUUCAACGAAGGCCCUGUUUAUAUGUAUCCGGUUAUUUUACAUUAACCAAGGUUUGCCCGCUUCGUUUGGACGCAAACGGAGAAUUCGCCCCUGAAAACAAUGCUUUUAAAAACUGCGGCCAGAGUGGAGAUUUUGGAAAACUUUGUUUGCACGUUUGCAUGUAAGCGGAGAAGAAUGGAGGUGUACAGAGAUUUGGGUAGCCGAUGGCAGAUUGUGCGCUGGAAACUGGGUUAAAUGCGACAUUGUUUACAAUCUACAGUCUAUGUUUACAAUCUGUGGUGAUCAUUGAUGCAUACAGAAUAGCAGUCGCGUUCAUGCUGGUGAAAUCUCUUAUAUCUGUAUAAUCUCUAUAUAUUUGCAUCUUUUCCAAAAGAAGGAAGUGACGUUGUUGUUGUUGCUGCUAUGAAGGAUUCUGAUUGGCCAACGUGGACUUGAGCUUCUGUCUGCACUGCCACCUACAGGUUUGGCAUGCUCUUAACCGCAUAUAUACAAGGGUUUGUGUAAAUGACAACUUUUCUGAAAAUGUAGUGAGACUGUGGGACAUCAACUAUAUUUUGUGAACAGAGAGGGUGAUGUGCGAGAACCCAUGGGCAGCAGUAAAAAUCUAGGGUUAAAUUUUAAAAAUCUUAAUUAACCAUAUGAAUAAACCCAUAAAACUGAUUUUUUGCUAAUCCUCAUUAUAUAAUGUAGUCCAACCAACUAAUCCUAAAUCGUUGUCCAACCCAAAGCCUUAACAGUGUGACAGUUUCCAUCAGCAGAUCAAAGUUUGCUUAUUCCUCAUAGAAAUUAAUUACUUGCUUGAAAACCACAUAAUCGUCUGCAUAGAGAAAAUAAAGAAUGACAUGGGCAUGACACACUGCAUCCCCUCUUCUAGUCUCAGGCCCAGAACUAAUCAUCAGUUUAAGUGUGUGCACUGAUGGAGAAGAUGACAACUAACUACAAAGUCCAGGAACUGACUGAGGAGGAAACCAAACAAAUAGGGUGUAAACUUCUUUGUUUUGGCAUGUGAAGUCGUGGCUGCAGUUCAGAUUUCUCAAUUUACUGGUACAAGUCAACAUUUCCAGCUGGAACUGGGCCUCAUGGACAAAACAACUCUGCUGACAUUACUUCCAUCUGUUCUGUGAUCAUCCUCACACCGAGCUAAGGGUUCAGAGGAAACACGGGUUCUGAUCUUAUCACAAAAACCUCAGUGUAAUUAAAGAGCAGUUAAAUUGGACAAAUUUGUCCUAAAAACACAAUUAAGGAAAGAAAGGGAUCACCUCUAACUAAAUUACCAACAUUUUCACAUCAUCACGUGAAUUUAUUCUGGACUGUUUGUCUUGCAGAUAAACAUAUGAGAUUACCAGGUGAAAAAGAGACAAGCCUACGAGUUUAUGGAAUGCACACUUUCAGCCAAACCUGUUGGAUACUUCUUGAGGGACUUCCAUACUGUAAAAAGAGCCGCUUCUCUUCUUGACCUAAUUUCCUUCGCCGCUCUGCCAGCAUCUUGUUCACUUUGGAGCGAGGCUGAGGCUCCAUAUGCUGCUGCGCUCUUGACAGAAACAGAAACAGAGGUAUCAAAUUAUGCAACACCCUCCCUUUCAGAAAGAAAACCCUACCCCAAAACACAGACACAAGCAGAUCUGCAAGGUCUUUUUUGAGAGCUGUCUUUCUUUAAGGCUUUUCUCUGUCUUUAGUCCAGAGUUUGGUCUCUUCAACCACAUGCUAUAUUCAUUCAUCAGGUACAGGUUUAAUAAUGCUUUUAAAACUCUGCUCAAUGCUCUCGAUAUACCAGUCGAUCUACAUUCCUACCCUCACCUGUGGUCAUGAGCUGUGGAUAGUGACCAGAAGUACAAGAUUGUGGGUACAAGCCGUCGAAAUGAGUUUCCUCCACAGGGUGUCUGGGCUCUCCCUCAGUGAUAGGGUUAGAAACUCAGUCAUCUAGGAGGGGCUCAGAGUAGAUCUGUUGUUUCUCCAUGUUAAGAGGAGUCUGAUGAGUUGGCUUGGGCAUCUAAUCAGGAUGCCUCCCAAACGCCUUGCUGGUGAGGUGUUCAUGGCAUGUCCACCGGUAGGAGACAGAAGGAAGACCAGGAAUGUCCUGGAGAGACUAUGUCUUUCAGCUGGCCUUGGACAAAGAGGCUGGAGAGAGGGAAGUCUUGGUUUCUCUGCUUAGGCCAGAGGACCAGAGUCUGGUGGUGUGAGUUCUGCUGCCUUAAGCCAUACUCUGAAAACCAAUUUGACUAUUAUUCACUGAAACUGCGCUCCCUUGUUGGGGUCAUGUUAGAUAAUUGGUCCAAAAUACUGAUUUACCAGGUAUUUCCAAAUCUUGUACUCGUUGGUAAGUUUGUAUUCAAAUUUGUGGUGAAAGAACUAGGACAUUACCACCCAACAGGAGGUGGUUUGUAGUGCUUUGGGGGUGCAUUUCCCCAAGAAACUCAGUCUUUUGUAGUGAUCAGGAGUGAAUGCAUGAACCACAACUUAACAAGAGUCGAUGGAAACACACCAAUCAAUAACUUUAGAGUGGCAAAGCUGUACCUUCUACUGGCCAGCUGCUACUGGUCCACCCCAAACACAAACAGUCACACAAUUGUGACUGAACACCAGUUGUUCUCUGUGAGUUAAAAUGACUGUUUUUGUCAAUGCAGUCUGGUAGCCUUAAAGAGAGAUGCCACAUCUGUUUCUGGUUUUGUAAGUCUGAUUUCCAAACAGAAUGGUUCAUCUAUUUGAGGGUCCUUUCUGUUGUUGUUUUAGCCAAAGGGAUCUACCAGAGAUGUUUCACAACUUCCAUAGGCACAAGUCAGAGCAGCAUUAUCUUUUAAGGCGGUGAAAAAACAUUUUUAUCAAGUCUAUGAAGUGUUGGAGUCUGAGCAGAUUUGACAGCUUUAAAAACAGUUUCAUUUGGAAGAGGGGGAAUAAUUACAAACAGUUCUUGUUAACUGAAGGAAUUACAACAAAUAGCCAGAGGACAGCUAACCUUAAGUUUAUUGUUAUUUUAAUGUGAACAAGCUGCACUCUCUAGCUUUCUGCAAAUAGGACAAAAACAGUCAUGCUGUUUUUUUUUCUGUUAUGAAACAUCAUAAAAUUUAAUGUCUCUGCGUUCCAAAUAAAAGCACUCUCAGACCAGUAAAAGUCCGACUUUGUUACAGUUGACAGAGGUUAGACUGCAGGGAUCACAUGAUUUAACGCCAUGCACACAGAUCAUGCAUGACCAUAUGGACACACAGCACACACACACACACCCACACUCACACACUCAGCUCAGUGACUCUGCUGAGGAAGAUGAUGAUAAUGAUGAUGGGACUUCCAGACCUGGACAUUAGAGCUGGCUCUCUGCUCGGCUGUGACGCACUGCGACCUGAGAUUUAUAACGGCUUGACGUCAGCGUCCUUCAUACACUUCCAGUCAAGACAGACGAGCCUGCACUGUCCCUGUGUGUGUCCAUGUGUGUGUUUGUGUGUGAAUGAUGAUAAAAUUUACACUGCGGUGAUUUGAAGCUCAGUUGAGGAUGAUUCCUCCACUUCUUUGUGAGCUUUUUCAUUUCUCUCUGUAGCCUGUGGGCUUAAUACGAAACAUCUGGAUAUUUCUUCUUUGCAUUUACUGUACAUACUCUAAAAUGAUACAUAUGUAUGGCCCGAUUCAAAUGCAUGCUUUGCAAACAAAACCAGCUGCAAAAAUCUACAUUUCAAAGUCAUAUUUCCCCCCAGGGGAGGGGGAUCAGACAUGCGUACUUAUCCCGCUGGAGUGCAGACUUUAUUACCAUACAACAGUAUUUUCAGGUCUAAUUCUUCAUCCUGCUAACAGAUAUCAUUGGCUUUUGUGUGCUGAUCCUAAACCAUAUGGAGAGCAGGCCCAGACCAGAGUUGAAAAGUCUCACACGUGACCCAGUGAUUGUUCUCGCUACUGGAUGUGUUUGGGAAGCGACACAGUGUGUUUGAUGGAGGUGUUGAUGCUCUGCAGCUUGUUGAAACACAGCCAGCAGGAAGUCUGGGAUCCAGAGGAAUUCCUCCAGUCCUCACCAAGCGCCUGGUGUUAUUUUUUUAUACAGUGUUUACUGUGUUCAAACAAGCCCACAGACACACAGAGCUUCUUAUAGUUUCAUCUGCAAAACCAAUACAGGUCUUAGACAGAGGAGCCUUAACUGUUUGACACUUCCUACACUGGAGAAAGUUCGCCUCUACUCCCAGAGGCACGUCUAUGCUGAGUGGUAGCCAGAGGGUUCAUAGAUUGAGUUCAAGCUAAAGAUGCACCAGCUGAGUACCAACGAGAACCACAUAUUUGUGUAGUUGUAUUGGUUGUCAAUGCUAUUUUAUCAUGCGACACCAUAGGGCUGAAACAAUUCCUCAAAUGCCUUGAGUACCUUGAUUAUGGAAAAUAAUCGAGGAAGCUCAAAUCGUCACUGCUUCACACUGAUUAUUUUUAAGGUGACACAAGGCGCUUCAGUCACCACAGUUGAAGGGAGGAGUAAGCGCAGUUUUAGUUUUGUGGAGUGGAAGAAAUGAAUGAUGAGAGUGGCUUUUCUUCUGCAGAGCUCCAGUAGCUGAGUAGUGGGCGGAGACUGUGCUGCUCUGCACACUCCUCUUCACGCUAGCUUGAGGUAGCGCUAGCCUAACAUUGCCGGGGUAGUAGCAGAAGCAGGUAACAUCUAAUGUCUUUAGGGGCAUGAUGAAAGUUAAUACCAUAAUAAGCUUUCUUACGAGCAUUGCAGUUUGCUACCGCACAUGCUUGUUCUGAAACUGUUCAAUAAAUCGAUGGAAUAUUCAGCAGAAUUGUCGAUAUUUGAUAGUUGCAGCCGUACAACACUAUCAAAUGUAGAUGUUGGCUGCUGGGUUAUUAAUUGGGUUAAUUGUCAGAUCUCUGUGUGUAUAAUCUGAAGAACUAGGGAACAUCAGCAUUCAAAGAGAGCUGAGAGUAAGGUUAGAGAGAAAUGUCGGCCCGUGUGAAUAUGGUGAAUUCCAUGUGUUGCUCCUGUGGUCUCUCUUGUUUGUUAUUGGGUAUGACUUUGCACAAAAUCCACAAUAUUAAAUUACACAAAGCCACAGUCUCAAACAAAACCCAUGAUGACUCAUAAAGCCUGGUUUGUUUAGAUGUUAGACUACAAAGACAGGUCCAGAGAGCACCAGGAGUCCCACAGCAACCGGCCUGGUGCUGUUUGUUGACAUCUUCAUUCAGAAGAACUUUAUCUAGAGUUUCAGGAGCAGUCAUGGUCUUAAGUUGACUCCUACAGGAUGCAAGAAUGAGAUCUUUAGAAAUGCUGCCUGGUCUUUUUCAUAUGAACCAUAAAAUAAUGGUUUAGGGAAACGCUGACUUACUUGUGCAUGUUCAGAUGCACUGCACAUGCUUGAAGACCAGUUUGUUUUGGUCUGCUGGGUUGGAUGGUUGAGGUUUAAAUGAAUGUUUAUGAAGAAACUUCACAGUUUUUUAAUCAUUAUUUGGGACUAGACAUGUGGUCCAGGGUUUCCCCUACAUGCAAUUGAUUGUGGCCAUAGACUGUAUAUACUAUGGACAACUUGGUUCCGCCUCCCGCCUGUAUACAGAUUUGAAGCCAAAAAGCUCUCGGUAUUUCCGGGAUUUUUCUUCAUUUCCUGAAACCAGCGCUGCGCAGUAGCGAUGCGCGCAUUUGGCCGCGCAGUCACCGAGAGUCGCUGUGAUGACGCUCGGCUCAAACAGCGUAUCCCCUGGGUGAGCUACGCAAUCCCUGAACGCCCAUAGGCUGUAUCAGAUGUCAAUCAAAGAAAACAUGAAGCACCUAAUAACUUUUAAAAAUGGAGCUUCACAGAAAAAAAAGGACUUGAGCACAUACCAGUCUUACUGUAACUACAUGUCAACAUCACAAGCAGGUGGGAGAAAAAUGUAUGUUCUGUGUAAUAAAUUUAUAAAGUUUGUCCACAGCCCCAUAAACUUUACUGGCGGAGGCGGGAUUUAUGACCUUUACUGCAGCCCAUCAACAGAGGGUGCUGUUCUCAGAGAGGCUUCACCCAGCGAGGAGGCAGACUCUGUCCACUCUUGAUACAGUCUAUGAUCCUGGUUCUACCUCGGACUCAUAUGUAUCAGCAGUGUUUCCCCUAUAUUCAUUCAGCAGUGGCGCACCGCCGCUGCUGAAUGAAUAUUAAAAUGAAAUUACAUGUGCCGUGACUGAAAUUUCACAUGAUUAUUAAUAUCAAUGCGCCACUAAUGAUUCUACUCGCACUGUGUGAGCAUAACAACACACAACGUUAUUUUCGACUUGUUUUGAGUCAUCAACAAGCACACCAAAUCCUCUCGGACCCUCUUCCACUUAUGUGAAGUGUGACGUUGAAGCUUAUACAUGGUCUGUAUAAUGAGUAGCAUUAAUAGCAUUAGUAGCAUUAUUAUCAAUGCGACACAAAUGAUUUCUACUCGCAUUGUGUGAGCACAACAACACAUGACGUUAUUUUCGACUUGUUUUGAGUCAUCAACAAGCACAUCAAAUCCUCUCGGACCGUCUUCAACUAAUGUGAAGUGUGACGUUGAAGCUUAUACACGGUCUGUAUGGCGAGUAGCGCAGGUAACGUAAGGUGAAUGUAACAGUGUAGCCCCUGGAGCGGCAAGAGAGUGGGGGUAACAACUACCCCGACCCCCCCCAAACACACGCACGCACGCACGCACACACACACUGCUGAAACACUGUGGUCCUUUGUUAAAAAUAACUGUUGGAGUUAUGGCCACAAUCGCUCUCAGGCUUUUUUUUGUAAGGAACUUUUGAUUUGGGUCAACUGUGGCACCCCCUGUGAACAAAGCAGCUUUGGCUUAUUCUCUCCUCUAUAUGCUCAAGCAGUGAUUUUUGACAUUGGUUUUCAGACAAAAUCGUCAUUCAUUGUGAAUAUAUACACAAAAUAGGCCGAGCUGGACUUUGUGGCCUGCCUGAACUAGCACUUUGCUUAUUUAUUAUUAUUUGGCCCAUCUAUCCUUGCCAAACAUCACCUCAGUUUGGAUCUCAGUUCACGGCUGUAAAUCUUCCCUGUCAAAUGAGGGAUGAACAAACUGCGGACAUAUGGAUCAAAUUUGGCUCCAGAUGACUGAGUUCUCGCUGUUGGAUUCAGUUUGUGACAUUCUGACAUCAAUCCCUUUAGCUGUUGUGUACAUUUGUUUUCUCAUCUCCACUCUCAGUCUGCUGUAUUUGACAAAAGCUUUACAUGGUCAGAGACCUCUCAGCAUGGUUUUUUUAACAAGCGUUUCUGUGUUUGUUUAGUAUCAAACACAGCUGUCAGCGUCGGUCAGUGAUGGAAAACAUCAGUCAGUCUGAAUGACACAUCCCUUUGAAGAGCUUUCCCUCUUGGUUUUUGCUCGUACGACCUUUGCACCCUGCAAGUUCAGGAUUCCAGGGACUGACAGCUCCUGAAUCUGAACCAGACUGUUGCCAGUUUGGGUGAAAAUGACAACCUCCGCACCUCUUAGGAUCAACCUCUGAGACAGCCAGUCAUUUUCUUCUUCUUUCCUCUGAAGGGUUGAAAGAAGUUUGGGUUGCCAGGUUGGGUUAACCUUUUAAGCUCCUCUGGGAGCAUGGAGCAGUCUGCAAACACACAAAAGGAGUUCCAACGAGGGCAGAAAUAGAGAGAGGGCACAGUGGAGGACGCCAGACUGGUGAGCAUUUGUUGAAAUUGUACGUUGCAGCACAGACGUAUUCUCGUGAAUGUACACAAUCAAAGCCAGAGCAGCCCUCCCUCCUGAGCCUCUCCACCCUGUUUUGCUUGACAGAGAAGUAUGUGUGUGUGUGACGGGGAAUAAGUCUUCAUGCGUGCUGAGAGGUGUGUGCAGGUUGGCUGCUGUUUUGACAGGCGUGCCUUGAAUACCAGCCUUUUUCUGGGAAGAGGGAAACAUGCUGAAUUGAAACAGGCUGGCUGGUGCAUGCACACCAGUCUUUCCUUUUUUGUAGCUGCACAGGCAAAACAAACUAAAGACUCUGGUGCACAAAAGUGCGUACACUUUGCUGGCCUUUCUGGCAUUUCUGAGGCUAUGAAGGCUAGUGUUUAUCUGUUGCAAUCAUCUCUAUUUAUUGCUCCCAACUUUGACCACUCUAGAAGAGGCAGCUUUUUUCAGUCUGAAAAUCUCAGAAAAAAACAAAGUUGGCUGAACUUAAACUGACAAUCUCAACAACAGCCCCUUUGAUUCAACAAUGCACACUUGGAUUUGCCAGUUAAUCUCUUUUUUCAACAUCUAUUAUUUGCAGUACAAUUUUAAGCAUUGUGGUAUUGACCAAUCACACAUAGCAGGCUUUGGUGCAUUCAGAAAAAACAUUAAUAUGAAAAAUGAACAAAAAUCUGUCACAGUGACUUCCCCUCUCAUAUCAGCUUUAAUCUGACCAUGAUUUAUUCAUUUCUUUAGACAGAUAUCUACAUGCAAGUGCAGCUAGAAAUCUGUUCUGGAUCAAACAUUCAGACUCCAGUGACAGAACUGAUCAGCGUUCAGAUUUCCUGACUUCCAGGAAUGCAUCAUAAACGAUCAAACCAGCCAACAAAUCGUUUUUAACAAAUGGCUUUCUUGUUUUAGAGGACAAACCUGUAAGAUACUGGAUAAUUAAUUUUGAAUGAGUUUGCACAGUGAUGUUGCAAUUUUAGCAAACUGAUGACCCAUAAAUAUAAAGUUCAUCACAAGACCAGUGGUUCCCAAGUGUAUAAGUAAACCAGAGAUUCACUCAAACAGAUUAAAUGGAGCUCCUUUUACUUAUUAUGACAAUAUUUUUGUUCACAAAUUGGAAAAAAGAAGAAUGUGCAACCAAAUUUGGGAAGUUGGGAGGAGGCAGGUGGAGAGGGGAGAGCAGAGAGAGGAGCAGGAGGAGGAGAGAGGAGAAGAGGAAGAGGAGCAAGACAAAAGAGGAGCGCGGGGAGAGGAGCAGGAGAAGGUUGGCGUGUGAAUCUGUGUGCCAAGGGACAGUAAGUUUCAUGAACAUUCACUUUACUUUUAUUUUUCUCAUGACCACAUACGUGGUAUGGAGCACAAACAAACAUUAGACAGUACAAAUAAUCAGACGUAGCAAGCAGGCAGUAGGGCUGUGCAUACUUUGUACAUAUAUCUGUGGCCAAAACAAAACAAACAGAACAAAAAGUAUCACUUAAACAGAGGAAGGACAUGCCUCAGGAAGACACCUGGAUUAUAAAUAACUUUUUUUAAUCCAGCUGUAAUAACAGGAUUAGUUUAAACAUAGAUUGAUGAGGGUUGAGGAGCUCAUGACCCCCAGUUUUACCAGUGACCCUGGCCUGUAUCAUAAGAAUAUACAGUUUUGAUGUUGUGAAGAUCAAGGUUUGAAAAGGCUGAUUGAUUUCUUAGAUCUGCAGCUUUGAUACGUAGGUGUUUAAAUAUCUUGGUUUAAAAAAAAUCUUCAUAUUUUCAUCAAAAUUAAGUGAAAGCUCUUGCAUUUAAGAACUGAUACAUGGUUCAUUUCAGGACUAUAACACUUUUUAAAAAUUCAGUCUGGUGUAUUUUUCAAUUAAAUAUCGUGCAUACAUUUUGUACCAGACCCUCAUGACUACAGACAGAAAUGGUAAAUGAAAAUGUUCUUGGAAACACUUCUGGUUUUGAUUUUCUUUCUUUGCGUCCAUUAAUGUUUGGUCUCUGCUCUCUUUGUACUCCAUGUGCAAUAUGCUGGAUGAAAUGCAGUCAAACCAGGCCUGUUUUCUUUAGGUGGUUAAUUCUGAUCCAAAGCCAGGCGGACGUCUCUUAUUAUCUGCCAUCAUCUCUGUCUUGACGUUGUCCAGAGUGACAGUUUGGCUGCUGACGCACCCCAGACUAUAUUUAGCAUAUUUGGUUAUCGCGACAGUGUUCCAGAUGAUGUCAAAAGCACAGGGGUCAUUAAACAGGAGCGGGCCCUGCUCUUAUGGCAGACUCAGUCGUGACCAAUAACCACAAACACUCAGAACUUGGUGGGUUUAAUCAGAUGUUACAUCCCCGAUUCUUUAAUACUUGGAAAACUUUGAUAAAAAUCCUAUAUUCAGUUGGAAACAGGUCAAAGACAACAUAUCAAAUGCUGAAGCUGGAAAUGUUAUUAUUUCUUUAUGGAGGUUGUCAUGGAUACGGUGUUAAAUAUUCUUCAAGAUGUUGGAUGUUUUAAGUCAUAAAGAGUUGUGUGUUAACUUGGACGCCUCAGAGAUGUCUCAGAAGGAGGAAGGGUGUUUUUAUUGUAAAUUAAAAGUGAAGAUUAGUCAUUGCUCACUUUCAUCGAGCCUGGACAGUGCGUAUGAGUGAAUAUAUGUGUGUGUCUGCUCAGCGGGGUGUCUGAAUAACAUGACAGGUUGAUGGCUGGCUGGGGCAGAGAACAGUCCAAGUUAUUACAGUAUCUCAAUCUCUAUUAGAUUUAAUCUCAGUCAGGGGGCCAAACACUGAUGUCACUGUUGACUUUUACACAGUCAAGCCGAGCCAACAUUUAUACACACACACUGAAGCAGGAUGAAAUGAAGGAUGAGAGUUACAACACACAUGCUUUUUCAUCCCUCCUGUCAUCGCUCAUCAUUUCUACACACACUCCCUUUGCUCAGUCGUAUCUCAGCCUGAUAACAGCCUCAUAGUUCUGCAGAAAAUCUUCCCUCUGGACUUCUCCUCUACAAUUAACAGACUUCAGGGUCAUCUGGCCUGCACACCGCCUCACACUGCUGCACAAUGAGCAGAGCUGAGAGGAAUGCCACCUUCUCCUGCCUACAAAAACACCCCGAACCUGCCCUGCCUCUUGUGUUUCUGAGCUCUGUGGUGUUUGUCUGGCCUCGUUAUUUUCACAUCAGCUCUGACUUUUAAUCGAGAUAAAAUCUGGAGGUUUUUUGGGUGCAGAUUAGCCCUCAGUUUGUUUUGACAGGCCUGUCUGAAGUGAUUGUUUCUGACCACAAUAGAUGUGUGUGUCUGUGUUGGUGUGUGUGGCUAUUUGCUGCCUGUUGUGUUGAACUCAAGGCUCUUUGAGGCUGUGGAAACUUCCUUCUGUGUCUGGAGAGUGCAAAACUAGAGCUACGGUGACUUUCUUCGCUCAGGAAUUCGCCAAACUAAUCAGGUGCUGUCGUGCUUGUUACUAUCAUGUAGGGCUGGGCGACAUGGGAAAAGUUUAUCACAAUAUAUUUUUUUCAUAUCAGUUGAUAUCGAUAUGUAUCAUGAUAUAAAAAAAUCACUUGUCAAUCUAAGAUGUUACCUGUUACUCUUGAAUGAAAUUUAACAUGUACUCAAUAUAAUUUGCAGUGCACAUUACUCUGCUUCAUGUCUGACCUCAAAAAAAGAAAAUACCUCCACACCACCAACAAUUUCGUGCCAGUGUUGUUGGUGGUGUCGUCAUCUGUUGAGCCUUCAUCUGCAUUUCUGCCGGGGGUAGCACUCAUUUUCUUUUUUUCUCACCAACAGUGCUGUCAGCUUCAUGUGUUAAAGUGUUAUGUUUGCGUGUAGCUGCAGCCUGCUACUAUGCAGUUGUUUGCUACUUGGUUCUAAUUCAGCACGAUUGGUUAAGUGUGGCGCAGACCCGAAGCAACUCCCCUUUUCAUUGGCUAUUUGUAUAGUCUACCAAAACAUGGCAGAAUGCAGACUAUCAAAAAGCGUUUUGAUCAUGUUUCAUUUUAAUAUUAAGGAAAAUUAUUUUUUGAUAUCAUUAUUGUUUUAUCGCCCGGCCCUACUAUCAAGUCAAUUAUUUAUCUAAAAAACUGACAUUGCUUUGUAGGAUAGGCUGGGUGUGCAAAUACUGGAGGAUGAGCAGAACACUUAAGCCAGGAAAUGGAUCUCCACCUGCAUUAUUUAGAUGUGUUAGCCUGUCUAUGAGAGGUUUGAUUUAGUGUGAUUUUAGUCAGACUAUGGUGUUAAACCCCCCCGUUCCUCCUGAGUGCUUUAAGUUUAGAGAGAAAGAGUUCAGCUUUACAGCAGAUCGUUUUGCAGCCUAUGAAGCCCUGCAAAGGUGACUUACAUACUAAUGUAAAACUGCCAUAUUGUGUGUUAAUACCAUUGUUAAUAGCCACUGGUAAAACCUGUUUAGAACUGGACUAUAUGGGAGUCUUAUCCUUAAACCAUUUAGGGUACGUUCAGACAAGCACAACUUAUGGCAGCUCAGCUCACAGCCCCUGUUUGCUAACUCCUCAACUCAGUGUUUCAGCUGGCUUUAGUCUACCUGAUAUCUCAGUAUUGGACUCAUGGUUGACUCAAAUUAUUGUCCAUUUUGAGACUUAUUUUGUAAAGCUGUGGUGUGGUGAUUUACUGUAUUUGCAUUGGAGUUUGUAAAAUCCUGCAGAAAGAAAGUACACGCUUUUUCAAGGGUCUUUUGACUUACUGUAUGGCAUGGACUGUCAGACUUCUGGGGUAUCUUUAGUCGGGCGAAUGGAUCAUGUUCUUGCAGAUCUCCAAUGGGACUGGUAGUUUCUUUCAGACAAGUUAUCCCAUAUCAGCAAAAAAAACACAAGAAAAUAUACAAGUAUACAUAAAACUCAAGGGUGAAAUCAGUUUAUAUGGUCACACAGUGAGUAAAACACAUGCAGAUUUUUGUUUUGUGUGUUUACACUUAGGCUAAAAAAAAGUCUAAAAAAGUGACCUAAAUUCUAUCAGAACCCUGAUUUAACACAGCCCAGCACCCUAGAUUAAGGACUCGGUCAGGUAGAGGGAGAUUAUGUUGAUUUUCCUUUUGGGAAAUGCUCUUAAACACCCUCUGACAUUCUGCGGUUCUCCUUCAGCUGCUGGAGCUGAAAGGUGAACCAGGACAUUAUUCUUUCUUUCCCUCCCACUGUGUCAUGUUCCUCUCUGAAAAAAAAGAAGAAAAACUGAAAAACAGCAAUGGGCAGCCUCAGUCUGACUCCCCGCCCUCCUUUUUCCUCCUCCUCCGCCUCCUCUUCCCCUGGUGGCAGAUGGGAUAUUGAACUCAGACUGGCAUUUGCCCCUGGGGAUGGGGGGAAUCAGCAGCUUAUGGUAAUGGAGUGUAAUUAGGAAAGCAAGCCUCUUUUUGUCCCCAGUUUGUGGUUAGGUGUAACUAAAGCUGGUUCAGAGAAGUCUGAGGGAGUUUUGAGGUUACAGGGUUUGAGUUUGACUUAAGUGAGGGAGCCUUGGACUAGUUCAGGAGGGUUACAAAUGCAUCCCCACAAAUAAGAAAAUAUGUCUCCUAUAGCUAAGAAAAAGUAACUUGGAGUGUUGUUUUAUUACAAAGGCGUUCAUGUGUUAGAGGUGUGCUGAGAGUGGUGAAAAAGCUUAGAGAUGUUGUUUUGUUUACUCAGAGACUUUGUGAAUAAACAGAAUAAAACAGACAUUAAAACCAGAGUUUUUAAAUCCUAUGCAGCUCCUUGGCAUUUUUAAAUGAUCUUCACAUGUGGAGAAAAAUGCUGCGUUCAGGGACACUCAGAUAUUUGUGCAUUCAAAUACCUGCAAAAAGUAGGGAACAACUGAAUCUCAAAGGUCUUCAGUUUGAUUGGUGUGCUGAGGAGAGAGGAUCGAGGAGAGAGGAUGGAAAUGAGAGAGGAUAUAUGAAAGCAGGUCUCCUGUAACAAAUCCCCUCAUUUCUUCUAUCCCUUGUUUCAUUUUCUUGCAUCUCUGGUGUCUGAAAUAAACAUCCUAAGUUAGGUGGGAGGGAUGAAACUUCAGGGCUCCAUGUUUACCUUGUUAAUACUGAAAAUAUACUAACGUAAGGUGAAAUCAGACCAAACUCAACAUAAGAAACCACUUGAUAUGUGCACAGUUAAACAAAAAUAAUGUCAUAUAAACAGCAUUGUUUUAGAUGGGACUCAACCGGGUUAAUUUUCGACGGUCUUUGAACGCCUCAAAGUAUCCAUGCAGGCAGUUAGCUCGAGAGAGAGAGAGAGAGAGAGAGAGAGAGAGAGAGAGAGAGAGAGACUUUCAGCGGAGUUGAGGGGAGGAGCGGCGAAAGGAAGGAGGAGGAGGAGUGGAAGGGUCUGAAGAAAAAGUUUGAAAGAAGACUAUUCAGAGGCCGGUCCGUCCGUAAAGAGGGAAUAAGAGAAGUUCAAGGCUGAAAGGGACACAGACGGUGUCAAAGUUUGUGUUUGAGCGUGGAUUUUACUCGACCUGGUGCUCGGGGAGCCGCCGGACACGCGCCCGCUCCUGUGCGUCUUUGGGCGGAUUAGAUGAGUUUGACUUCACGAUGAGGAGCGACCCUGUUCUGUUCACUUCCAGCAGGGGUGAGUGCCUGUAAACUGUGUUUUUUUUUUUGUCUGAAUAAGAAAAUAACAGAACCAUUCUCUAGAACAGAAGUAUUUCACAGUCACUUUUAUGGAACUUUUUUUUUUUUCCAAAAGGAACUAACGGGCUUUGGUGAGCUCCGGUUGAGUUUGCAGACUGACCGUUUCUACCCCAAACUCCCACCUUCAUUACUCAGCUAUGAGCACAUUUUGGAUCAGAUUCUAUAUGCAUUCAGUAUUGUUGUGAUUCUUUAAUAUUUAAAACAUAAUACGACACAUACUCUGAUGAAAUAUGCUUUUCUUGUUUUAUUAUUAUUUUGGAUCAUCCAAGGUCAUCCAAGAUUGCCACAGUCUAUUUUUUUACCCCUUAAUUUUGCUUUGAUUAUCGCCAGGCAAUCUAUUUUAGCUAUGCACGCCCCCCCCCCCCCCCACCCCCCCCCCCCCACACACACACACACACACACACACACACACACACACACGCACGCGCGCGCUGAAAAUGCAUGCCUGCAGGCUGCUCCUAUUUUAAAGUACAUCCACGCGACUCCCCUCAUUCAAAUGAUUGCUGCACCAAAGGCAACGAGUGCUUACAAAAGCACAAUAUGUAUGAAAGUACUGUUUAUUUAUUUGUGAUCGUUUGAGUUGGCAGCAUGCACAAACACCUACACACACUUUUCCACAUCCAUGUGACUCCCAGAUGAUGCCUUGAUCAUCAGACGCAUUUGUCAGUUUUUGUUUUGAAACUUGAAAAGUUUCAAAAGAAGCUAUGUUUAUAAAAGUUUGGAUCUUAGGAGAAAGAGAGAGGGAAGGAGGGAGUCAGGGAGGAGACACAGUGGAGAGACAGUUGGCUCUUCAUGGUGUCAUUAGGGUUGUGGUUGGUUGUCAAUGUCUGCAAGAUGAACUUAACGCCAAACUCCAUUCAGUUAUCUGGCAAUUUAGUGUGGCUUUACUCAGUGCUUCAGCUCAUACCUCAGAUGUGAAGAAUAAAUCAUUUUGGAUCCUUAUUUUUAAACAGUGAGGAAGAUGUUGACAUUAUUUAUGGGCUGUGCAUCACUGAAAGACUAAUCCUGCUAUCCAUUUUGCCUUUGCAUUGCACUCAGUCAGCCAGCAGCCACAAAACUGACUAUAAUGCCUGCAACGAAACAAGAAAAUAAGUUUAAGUAUGUGCUUGAUCAAACCACCAGGGGUAGAAUGAAUAUAUGCAUCAUAAACAAACAGCAUUAAUAUGGGAAGUGAUUUGACUCUGCACUGAUCGAGGGUGAGGUUAAUCAUGAUUUUUGCUGCAUCUUUUCUGAUUCAGGCACUUUGAUAUGAUCCUGCACAUUCAAAUCAUGGCUUGCUGCACAGAGGCUUGUUAUUACGAGGCAAAAAUAAGGACCUGAUUUAUUGCGAUGUGUAAAAAUGACAUUGCAGCAUCUAUUUUAACCUAAGGACAUUACUGAAUAGAGUAAUGUGACAAAAUUGUUUUCCACUUCUGCAUUUACAUUGAUGAAAUAUUAUUAUAUCUUUUUUUGACUUAGACAGGUUUCAAAUAUCCCUGCAGAGUUAAAGCUCCUGUUAGGAAUUUUCUAUGUGUUCUUGUCCGGUACAUGUUUAAGAACAAUUUUUCUAGUGAAAAAAACCCUCUAACUUCCUUUUCACUGUCAAAUUAUGUGUGUAUUUGCUGUCGAAAAAUAAAAAAAGAAGCCAUUGACAUCUUGCUAUCAGACAUCUCGUCUGACACCUACCCCCUUGCAGUAUUUACAGGCUUUAAAAACUGCGAUGGAUUAAUUUUUUUAUGUUGUUGGUUGUCUCAUUUGCUGUUUUAGGUCAUAAAGAGACUGUUACUGUUAAUUCCAGUCAGAUUCACAACCAGUAAAAAAAACUCGUCAGUGGAGCUUUAAAGAAGAGAAUGCCUCCACCAGACUCCAUUGACAAAAACACGAAGUUUAUCCUGCAGAAAUCAGGAGUUACUGGUCUUGGAUUUUGAAUAUGGAUCCUGUAUUUGGGCCUGUCAGCUUCAGAACCAAGUACUUUGAGAGGUCAUACUUUCAUACUAACAUUAUGUUUCAGUCAUUACAGCCUGUUGUGGGCUAAAGCAGCAUAGAUGAACAUUUCCAGUCUUCUUGAAUCUCAUUGUCUGUCAGAUUCUCAUAAAAGUAAGAUAAAAGAGUGAACUUGCAGGGCACAUUAUAAAACAGAUCCUCUGUAAGGAAGUGCUAAAUAAGGAUAGCGAUGAGCCGCAAUAAAACAACUAACAAGGCCAAAUCUUUUGUCUGAUUGGAUGAUUCAUGCAGCUGAGAUUCCUCUUAUCUCCUCUGUGAAUGCUUUCCUUCUUCCCUCUCUCCCAGCUGUCAUCAUCUUUUAUCCUCACAUAGCUUCACUCCCAUCUGACUGACUGUGAAGCAGCUCACCUUCAAAGCAUGUAGCCGAUGCUGAAGCUUGCUUUUCUUCAUAAAUGUUUUCAUUGUCAGCUCUUUGACACAGCCGGCUGUUAUGUAAUGUGAUCCAUUGUUUUCUGGCAUUGUUACCUUCAAAACAAGCCUGGUUUUUAUUACCUCACUGUUGCUAGACAACAGAUCUGAAUACAUAAACAACACAUUAUCGUGCAUGCUUCACUGAAACAUAAAAAAAGGGAUUAGAAGGGCUUUUAAAAUUACUACAAAUAAUGCUCAGAAGAUGUGCUGUUAGCUUCUACACUGCAGAGCUGCAGCUGCCAAUGCCCCGUCAGAUAUUACACAGUCCAGGUCAACACCGGGGUAACUCGGCUCUGCAGCCAGAGGUUUCCCAACAUGAUCCUGGAAUGACAACACAAAUGCUCCAUAUCUCCAGUGUCUCCGUCUUGCAGCAGUGAAUGGAGUCCUACAAUAACAGGACCUCUGCUAGCAGCUGCAGGGUAUCAGGUGGCCCGACGGCACUCCUCAGCCCAGCAUUUGGUGAGGUUCUGACAGACGUUCAUUGUGUAGAGGGGUGGUGAUUACAGCUCAGCAGCUCAUGAAAACAGAGCAGAUCAUGUUUGGUUUUGGUUUGAGGUGAAGGUUUAACCAGUGUGAGGUUAAGACAACCAAAAUGCAGGUAUGUAACAGGUAAACUUGGCGUGUUUGCUCAGUUUUCAAGUGGAAAAUUAGAUCCUAACUGAUUUUAUCAGGCACGUCUUAGCUUUUAACAGGUGUGUUAUUAAACUGCAAUGUAUAAAGAUGGUCAUGUCUUCUGAAUAUCAGGUACAGGUUCUAACCAGCUAAGUAUGAUCUAACUAACUGGUUAUCAAACUCAGUUUGUUAUGGACUGGAUGGGGUGGAGUUUUGUCUCCGAUGUAGGACAGCGUCUUAAAGGGACAUGAGACCAUAGCCUACCUACAUACAUCCAAAACUGACUUUUAUUUAGUUAUUUUUUUUGACAGAAUAUAUUGAUAUGGGCAAAAUGAUGUCAGUUAUUGUCAUAAAUUUUGGUAUUGGUAAAUUUUCGGUUUAUCGUGCAGCCCUAAUAGAAAAUGCCUGCCUCUUCCUGCUGCCUCGACAAACCACCUUCAAUCCCUCUGCUUUUCAAUGCAGGGUCUGUUUUUACUAGAAUCAUAUGCAUUGUCACUGAUGGUUGCUCUGUUAUGCAUUCUACAAGUCUUUGCUGAUGCUCUCCCUGCAUGCAUAUGAAAGGGAGGGAGGUGUGCUCUUCCCGCCUGAUGCUUUGGCGUUCCACAAACACAUGAGGACAAAUAAAACUUACAAACAGUUCAUUUUCUGUAAAGUAACCCUUGAACUGUUUAAAUUUGACAAAAACUUGGCAUAAGAGGACCAGGUCUGCGAGAGCCUAGAUUUCUUUCCCCUCCUCUUACUGACUCUGACUGAUGCUGAAAACACAUCCUGCUGUUUUUGCAAGUCAAGGAUUCCUUUCAGCAGUUCUUCGCUCAGGACCGCUCCCACUUAUGGGGUGCCAUGUUUUGGGGGCAAAACUGGCGCAAGUGUUUCAGUGUUUAUUACCUUUUAUUAGUUCAGCUUUCCACACGGAAACCGUGAGUCCACGGGCAAUUAAUUUGGGUGUGUGUGAUGUGGGCAUAAUGGGUACAUGGUGUCACCAUUCUGGCCCACUUGGUCCUGCUUUGGGGUUGGGGUCUACCUUGUUCAGAAAGCCAGUGAACCCAACAUUGAUAGAUCUUUAAAAGCUUCCGUGAGUCAGGCAUGCACGCCCCCCUCUACUCCUUUUUUUCGAUGGCGGUUUGGAGGAUGAAUCCCAGGGGAGUAGAGAUGAAGAGAAAUGAGUUUGUAAUCUCUCCUUCUUCCCUCCAAAGCCAGCCUGUCAGUAUGCAGGCAUGCAGGGAAGAGAGGGCCGACUAAUCAUAGCCCUCACUGCCUUCGCUCUCUGUCAAUAUCCAUCUGGAAAAACACAGAAGAAGGAUUGGGAGCUCCAGCACACUAUAGAGCCUGAUUGGUGCCAAAAAGGACAGUUUCAUAUGGAUUUAACACAAAUGGCAAGCAGCCCACUGAUCCAGCAUCAUCAACCAAGCAUUUACAUUUGGACUCCAGCCUGGAGAUGUAAAGCGAUCAGUUGAAAUCGCCUUAUUUAGUUCUUGCAUUGAUGGCUAACUUUGUAUUUUGUGACCAUUAGGAGGGGAUCAUUUCUGAUUAGCCUCACUGGGUGACUUUAAUAGGAUUACUGCUGUAAUAGGAUGAACUUGAUGGCUUGUUAGAUGUUUGGUCUGCCUUGGGAUUACAAGAGCAAAGCUGUAGUUUGAUUUGGGGGUCCACACAGCAUGGGGUCUGUCAGCUUUAAAGGGGCUCCGUUAGAAACAACAACAGAGAAAACAUGGAGGAGGCAGUUGAUGUGUCUGCCUGGUGUUCUGACUUGAAUUUGGAUCUGUCUCUCAGCCAAACAUGUUCACACUUACAAAGGCUCUCACAUGGGUGUGUCUGUUGUUGGAGUGUGUGUGUUGUGUGGUACUCUUGGCGGGAUGUAAUGGGCGUUGACAGAUGAAAAGGCUUUGAGCUGUCAGUCAAAGUCAGACUCCUUUUUAGCAUCUUGAGAUGAGAUAGGGCUGGCAUAAAACCAGAAAACAGUGUUGGGACACUUCUGCUCUGUCUGUGCUAUGAUUGACUUGUCUCUGCAGAUCUCAGUGUUUCCCAUGGGUGCAAAUGUGGCGUGCAUUGCUUUUGCUGCAUGAGGGUAUGCACAAGAUUAUAAGGGUAUAUGGUGGAGGGAGGGUAAACUCUUUUCCCAAUUUCUAUUUGAUGAGUAACAUGCUGUUGGAUUCCCAAGUAUUAGGCAGCUUACCCCUUCAGCACAUAUUGAAAAAGCACAUAAAUACGAGGAAAAUACCUGUUUCGGACCAUGGAAGCACAACUAAGGGUUAGUUUUGGUUUGAAUUAAUCAAAAAUAGCAGCCAUGAUAAUCAGGAUGUGCCCAACACUUAAAACAUCAGUAAUCUGCAUUGUGGCUUCAGUGUCUAACUGUAUUCACAGUCAAUGUAUUUUGGGAGUAAAUUUGAGUUAAUGCCAGGUUUCUACUCCAGAGAGAGUCAUGUGUUUUUUUAUGCAAAUGCUGCCUAAGGCUCUAAAUAUCACAGCAAUUCAGUCUUGGUUUUGGUCCUUGUCCCUUUAGUACAGAGGUUUCUCCAGAUUCCAUGAAUCUUUUAAUAUUAUUAUUAGGGCUGUAAAGUCCUAUUCGACUGGUCGACUUAAUUGUUGAUACGUGCUGAUUCUACCAAAAUUCUGAUUUGUCGACUUGAUUUUUUUCCGGGUCAAUUAACAGUCUACAGUUAAAUCCAUCAGGAGGAACGUACCAAGUGCUAAUGGGGGUGUUUUCAGAGCACCCCUGUUUCACAGGUAACAGCCUGUCUCAGAACAUCCCCCCUUGUUUUCACCAUUUUGGAUUCGCCAUUGGAGACUGGCUAGAGACAGUAAGAUUGAAGAGCCUCCACGUUAAUGAACGUUUGGUGGUUUGCUAAUUAUUUAUUUUUAUUUUGAGCGUUUCAACUUUACAUAGGCAUUGCCUUCUUGUGCUGAUAUCAGUAUAUUUUCAACCCACCAAGCCAUAUCGGAAAAAAUUAAUUGAUUUUUGGUCGAAAAUUUCAGGGUUUUAGUUGACCAAGAAUUUCUUGGGUUGAUCACAGCCCCAGAUAUUAUGUAUUGUGGAUGAUAAAAUCCACUCAUUCUUUCACAUUUGACACUCAGGAACAUUAUUUUGAAACUGUUGAACUAUUAGCUCAUGCAGUCUCUCACAGGAUGCAUAUCUGGAGCCAGAGUCUGAACUGUGGAGAUCAGCUUUUGUGUCCAUGACCUCAGUUAAUCCUUAUUUUGAUGGUAUGAGUUCCUGCUCUUCUGAAAGGGAAGAGGAUGAACAAAUGACAUCAUGGUGUCUAAGUAGUAUUGCGACUUUCGCUACCUCGCUAAUGAAAAAAAUCUGUAUGUUAUGACGCUCUCUUCUCACGCCUUGUCAGCUUCCAUUCCCAGUCCAAUCAAAAAAAUUCACAUUCCCCCCAUUCCCACCAGAAGAUCCAAUCCCACAGCUGGGGCUUCUUUACCACUCACUCCCCCCUCUUUCCCUCGUCCUCUCUCUUUGGCCUGAGGUUUAUCAGAGCACCCUCUAAUUAUCUUUUAAAGAAGAUACCAAAGCGUGCAUCAUCUCAUCCCACAAAUACCAUCUUUAACUCUCCGUUUGACGAGCUCUCUUUCUUCUUUCUCCCGCUGUUUCUUAUCUCCUCUAAACCUCCGUCAACAAUCCACUAUCCCUCCAUCUUUAACCCUUCUCUUCGUGUCUUUAAAUCAGGGUUUUGCAGAUGUAUAUUUGUGGUCCGAGAAACAUCUGCUCAUACAGUAAACCACCUGUACUGCUAGAUAGGAAUCAGCCGCGCUCUGUGAUGAUCGCUUGGCAUGCUUGGUGGAACGAAGAAAGCGCACAAACCUCAUAAUUACAGACCUGAGACCCAGGGAGAGCGAGAGAGCUGGUCUUUCAUCAUAAGCUAAUGCAGCAUUGAAGGGUCUCUGAUCUGCACAGGACUCUCCCUCUCUCUUGGUGUUGGUCCAAGAUGAGGCUCUACUAACCCUCAUUUAUGACUGGAGUUGCUAUGACUUUCACAGCUUUUAACCUCAGAGUAUCAACCAAAUAUAUCAGUAUUAAGGCUAUUGAAUCCAAUAUUAUAUAACGAGUGUGAAGUCUUUCUUAUUUGAUUUUGUUCACUGAAAUAGAAGGAGAUAGCACCUGUUGCAUUGUUUUUGCAGAUUUUAAUCAUCAAGUAUAGACAAUAUAAAAUCUAGGGGUGAAGGAAAAAACGAUGUAGUAUAGUAUUGCGAUAUUUUGACUGGUGAUAUAUCGUAUCGUCUCAUUUACUAAGUAUCUAUUUUUCAAAUGAAUUGCUAAUAUGAAGUCAAAUCUAUGAUAGAAAAAUAAAAUCAACUGUUUGUCCAGUGAGGUCGGCAGAGAUGACAUCAUAGAGCAGGAGAAAGUCAGUGCAACAAAUAUAAGGCAAGCAAGGUGUGCUACAUGAAAAUAAAAUACAGUGUCAAUAAGACAAACAUAAAGGAAAGCCAAAUGAUAAAUUAGCUAAACAGUUGAAAAAAUUCUAUAUAACCCAGUAAUAUUAUAUCAUGGCCAAAGAAUCGUGAUAAUAUAGUAUUGUGGGGCCACAGGUGAUUCCCACCCCUAAUAAAUACGCCUCUCAUUGUUAGAAACUUCAGAUGUACAACUUUGGAUUGCAUUGACUCCAACCUGUGUGUUUGUGUGUCUAAGCUCUUAUGCAAUCAUAUGUCUUGCUGUGUUUUGGUGGUACGCUGGAAGCAGUAACCAUGACGAUGCCCGACCAUAAACCAACCUCAAUUAAGGGAAAAACCGCCGUCCUACAGUAACACUCAGCCCACAAUGCUGUUAAGCUUCCUAGAGGCCCAGAGAGAGCUCACCGGAGAUGAUUGGUUGGUUGACCUGUUUAAUCUGGAUGCGCUUUUAUCACACCUGAGGAGGGGUCUGUCGCCUGUAAUAGAACUUUUGACUUUUACAGCCUGUUCAAUGCUGGUGAUGAUCCACGACCUGAUUUUUGAUGUGAUGUGGCGUGGUGUGCGACAGAGACGACAUGCUGUCUGCAGACAGAUUUUCAGAUGUUAUGUAACGUCACCGUGACAAACUGUGUCCCCUGAUCACAUUCAAAAACAACCUCCUGCUCAAACUAAAGCUUGUUUUUAUGCAGAAAUGAAAAACUCCAGAAGCUGAGAAAAUUUCCAGGAUUUGUCAUCCCAGCUGGAUUGGCUUGAGUUUAUAUUUGGCCUUUCAGAGGUGACUGUUGGUUUCCUUUUUAUGUUCUUUGGAGUCCAAAAGACUGAGAAAAUCCUGGGAUUACUUAAUAUGGUUACACAAGGAACCACAAAAUGGGCUGUUAUGAUCACAAGUCAGUAUUGACGACGUUUUUCAAGUGAAUGAUGAUCAUUAGACAAGCUUAAAACAGGAUUUAAAUUUUAACUCUCGAGGGUGUUUGCGGCUCUUCAAUGGAAGUUGCAUCACUGCUAGUUUCAGUUUGUUUCUUCACCAAUCAAAAACCCCUAACAGGACUUAAACGUCUAUUCAGCCUGACUCUAAAUCUUGAUCUGCAAUGACCACUUUUGAAGGGUCAGUGUUUAAAUGAGUGAACAAAGAUUUUGAAACCCUGUGUAUGCAUGUGAAAGCUUGUCAAACUCUCAGACUCAGCACAUCCUCAGAGUGUCAAGACUCUGAUUUUCAAAAGAAACACAGACACAUCGGGUCUGUCAGUGUGGCAUCUAUCAGAACAGCUGUAUUCUGGGAAACAGCAGAGAACCCCCCCCCUUCCUCUAACCCACCUAAGUAUUUUUGUACAGACAACAACAUGCUCUGGGAGCCUCAGGGUCUCAGAUUCUUCCAGACUCCACAAUGACCCCAUUGCCUCACCCAGGAAAACCCCCUUUGUUCAGUGAAAACAUCCCGACAACAGGUCAAGGUGUUUUCAGUGUCUGUGGGUGUGUGCGUCUGUGUGGGUGUAGGGAUUAACUGUUUUUGUUGGAGAGCACUGCCAUCAUUUGUCAUGCAUGUGUGGUGUUGACACAGCAAAUGUGGUUAGAGGCAAAUUAUAUUUUCCUUCAUGUAAAUAAAAAUGAAAGUAUUUUGUGUGAUGUGUAUCAGAGUGAACCAAAACACACUUUGAGUGUGAAAAAGGGUGCACACACGUUCCCCUGUACGGGCAGGAAAGAAAGAGACAGGAGAGAGUUUUUGAAGACAGGGCGUGGGAGGUUUGUUUGCACGAUGAGGUACUUUGUGUUCGCCCUGGGCUCUUGUUUGAGGGUGGUCCUCCUCGCUUUGUGCCACUUCAUUUUCCCUGGCUGACUUUGGUGAUCUGGAGAGCUGGCUUUAAGGUUUAACGACACACACACACACACACACACACACACACACACACACACACACACACACACACACACACACACACUCAAGGUUGGCUUUCUGACCACCCCAGGGGAGGUUAAGUCUUGCACAGGUUGCAUAAAGCUCUCUGAAACAGUAAAUGAAGCAGUAAAGAGAGCUUGGCUGUUCUCAGUGUGAUAUUAAAACCUGCCUGGGGAAGGCUCCGCCGCAUGUUUGCCAAGUUUGUAGCUUUGCUUUUGAAAUAUUUGUGUCUCUUAAAAAAAGCAGGAUACUCACAGAACCAUUGACUGAUUUUGGCAGAGUUGGUGCAGAUAAAGUCAAGACUGAGCAUCAAAAUAAAGGCCAGCAAUUAUGCUGACUAAGACUGGCCUGAACCCUUGUUACCCUGGUCAUCAGGUGAUCUUUGAGGGUCUGGUUUUAUGCUCAAGGAGACAACGUCACAUCAAAACAGUUCAGGAAAGGACACAACUAAGUCAGAGUUUGGAACAAUGCACAGAGGAUGAAUGUUGACUUUGGUGACGCUGUGUCACAGAGCUCCUCAGACUUUUGGAUACCAUCAUUCAUUGUUCCCUCACUACCUUCGCUCCUGCCUGGUCUACGCCCCCUCCCUCUCCGGCCCGCAGGAUAAUUCGAUUAUGUGAGGAAUGUGUGAAAGUGGAUGUGGACACAGCCUCAGACCUGCUGACCGACAAUCAAAUUUCUGCUGCUGUGAAAAUGAACCAUGGUUGCAUUGGAAAUGUGCAUUUUUUUCAGAAAUCUUUGAGAGAGAAUUCCUCGUCAAACCGCUGAGAUACUCCAAUGCAGGACUCUGUGUGGACCUCCUGUACUGUACGCCAGCCUCACCUGUUGCUGGUUAAUGGAUGAUACCUGCGUGAGUUAUGUUCAGAUGUGCUUUUCAGACCUGUUUUGAAGGAGAGUGUGGUUGUGUCAUCGCAGAUACCUGGCUGCAAAUAGCAGGAACAUGGAGUUCCUGCCACAGAAAACAUUUUUAUCUCAAACCCGAGUCCAGCACGUGGAUCAGGUGGAGGCCUGGUUUGUUUUAGAGUGCUGGGAUAUUUCACACUUGGGCCACGUUAGUUAAACUCCAGUGCUUCUGCCUCUGAUGUUGAAGGAAGAGGUGUAAUAUUUUUAGAUAAACAAUGUCGAAAUAUCACAGUUAUAAUGUGGUUUGUCAUUGUCUUGCUGAAAUAUGAAGGUCCUCCUUGAAAAAGCCAGUGGCAGGAUGGCAGCAGAUGUUGCUCCUAAACCUGUAUAUUCUGUUGAGCAUGUGCAGUAUUGUGUAAGCUUCCCCUGCCAUGGGCACUGAUGCAUCUCCAUACCUUUAUGGACCUUCAGCACUUAUAUAACCUGGGUGGUCCAUCCUCUCUUUAGAGUGGAGAGGUUUGCUUCAUGAUUUCCUGAAAGAGUGUCAGAUUUUACAUCUACAUUUAUUUUGUCUGUUGGGACUACAUUGGACAGAGUUUCCAUAACUUUUGUCUGCUGUCUCUCUUCUGGUUUGCUGAAAUAUAUUAAGUGGUUUAACAGAGGUAAAACUUGAUUUAUGUUUUUUUGAUAUGAGGUAAGAGUCCUUAUUUUGUCAUCUCAACGGUCCAGAACCAAAAGGAUCUAUUUCAACACAAAGACAGGAAGGAGAGGCUUGUGACUGGGAAUUCAUUGAAUUCAAUGAACCAAUUAAUUUCUUAUCUUGGACUUGUCUUCAACCUGCCUGAACAGCUGCCUGUGAAGGUGUUCUUGAGCAACGCGCUGAACCUUGAAUCCCCUAGCUGUCCAGGUUGGGGCUGACAUCAGGAUGAUGUAUUCUUGAACUACUUCAGAACAUGUCCCGUAGUCAGCUUUUUCUGUGUUCAGUCGAAAUAAACAUCCCAUCUUUAUCUCCACUUGCUCUCCUUCAGUUCUCAGGUUCUCUGCGGUACAGUGUCGUCACCUCUGAUACCAUCACGUGUUGACUGUAAGCUCCAGUUGAACAGAAACAGACCCGUACCAUCAGUGUUUGAGAGGCGUUUGUUAUCUGAGUGUUUCUGCAGAGCGUGGAGACUCGGUGCGAUGCCAUCCAUAUCACAACCAGCUCUCAGAUACGAUCAUGUGAAGGUGUUUGCUCAUUCCUCUGCUGCACGUGGUCCAUCCUGAUGUUUUGUUCUGCGAGCUCAGGCUGUUUUGUAUUUUCCACCAGCAGCCGUAGCUCUGCAGCAAUAUGUGCGUCAGAUAGGUUGCCAGGUCUGUCCUGAUCUGAUUGAUUUACUGACUGAGAGCUCUGUUCUCCAUCUCCACCUGGCCGUGCACUUGUCUGUUAUAUAAUGAUGUUUUGCUUUUGUUCUGAGUCCGUUAAAUGUUAGAUUAAGAGUAAAACAGCCUUUAGAUUGCUAUUAAUCAAACAUACAGUGCAGUAAGUUUGAUAUACAGUACAUAAUGUCUCUCUGAGAGGAUAGUUCUUGGACUCUUUGGUAGUCUAGGUUUAAAGGAAAACUAUAACUGAAGUUAUUUAAAUCAAUCUUAAGCCUUUUAAAAUGGACUUGUGGAUGCUCUGGUUUUGUUUUUGUUCUUAUUUUGUUGUAAUAAAUGAGAUUGAUGUGCUUCUAAGUGAGGCAUGUGAGGCACAUGUCCAGAAAUAAAUAAAAAAAAAUAAAAAAACCCUAAAUACUAGAGUUUAAAGUUUAAAGACCUUAAAUAAAAGCUUUUUAACAGGAAACAUGAGCAUAUUACAAAGCCUACAGUUGCCUUGUUUGUUUACUGGCUGCAUGAUGCAGUUUGAUUAGCUCUGCAUGCACAGUAUUUGAACACUUCAUAUGAAAAUAGAGAUCCAUCCAUUUUCUGCUGCUUAUCCCAUUGGGGGUCGCAGGGGGGGCUGGAGCCAAUCCCAGCAUCUUGGGGCAAAGGCAGGGGACACCCUGAACAAGUCACCUGUUCAUCACAGGGCUGACAUAUAGAGACGAACAACCAUACACACUUACAUUCACACCUUUGGGCAAUUUGAAAGGGACUAAUUGAUCUAACCCCACUUCUGCAUGUUUGUGGGAUGUGGGAGGAAACCGAAAUAAAUCCACACAAACACAGGGAUAACAUGUGAACUCCACACAGAAACACCCUCCUUGCUGUGAGGCGACAGUGCUAAUCACUACACCACUGUGCCACCCCAAAUAGAGAUAUGCAAGAAAUUUCUCUUCAUAAGGACUUACUUUUUCUUCUUUUCCUGGGGCCUGCGGUAGGUUGGCCAUCUAAAAGCUGCUUACUACAUGCAUUAAAAUAACCAAAGAAGAAAGAAAAGCGUGCAAAAGUGCAGAUGAAAGCCUCUGAGAUUUUGGAUGUUAGUAAACUGCAACGGUCAAAUGCAAAUUUAAUCCAGAAAAUUGAGUGUUUCAAUAUAUAAAAAGUAUGCACAGAGAGCAGAUAUGCUUGAAAUGCCCCUUUGUUGACUGGAGAGGGGGGUCCAAGUGAAGCAAAGGUCCCCUUUAAACCUGACUGGCCAAAACCAUAAAAAUGAGUACAGAGUUAGUUCAGGCAGGCCAGGAAGUCCAGCUCAGCCCACAGACCCCAACACCUAGCUUACUUUCUAGAUUUUAAAGUUGAUGUUAUAUUUAGACUACUCUUCCUUUUUCUGCUGUGUCUGAUUAACCGUUAGUGAUCUCUGUAUUGUAGUCUUUGCUAUUUAUCGCCUCCGUUCACUUACUUUUUGGCUGAGUGUGAGGUAAAUGUGCUUAUAUAUCAUUAUAUGGUCUGCAAGAUACACAAAGGCUCUGUACACCAAUAUUUUCCCUGAAAACAUGCUGCUUCUGUGUUUGUGCUGCAGCCAUGGAGGAGCUGGUGUGUGAGCUCCGUCUGUUCCUGGACCUGCUGGACAGAGAGUAUCUGAGCGCCGGGGUACGAGAGAGGAAGCUGCACCUGUCCAACAUCCUGCACAGAGUCCUCUCAGAUAAAGGUGAGGUUAUUAAACCACAGUGCACUGAACAAAUCCACAGAGACACUGAAUAUCUUUGACACUUAACCCGUCUAUACUUAUAUAUACAAAUCUGGACUUUGGGUUUUUUUCUUACGUGAAUGUGAAGUUUUCACUUAAUACAGCUACAAAAUGUUGAAAUCGGAUACGAAAAGUUCUACCUUUGUUGCUUUUCUCACUUCCUGUCUCCUUUUUCUCAAUCACAGAGCCGUCAUUCAAGUCAGAGAUCCACAGUGGUCUACCAGCCCCGCCUCAGAUGCCCCUCCCUGAGAUCCCUCAUCCUUGGCUGGUAAGACCUUUACCCUGUGCACAUGUGGGCUCAUGAAGUGAAGUUUAGAGCUCCAAUUUGACAAAACAUGUUUUAUUAUUAAAGCAGGUCACACUCAUUAACUCGUGCAUUUUUGUGUAUUCAGGAAAACUACAGUUGGUUUUUAUUCAAACACCCCUCAAAGCAUUUUCAGUCACAUGACUGUCAGCUGGUGUGAUGCGGUGAGACGUGGAAACCAUGUGCGCUGUGUUCAGUCUCUUGUUAAGCAGUAGGAGAGGAGUCAUGACUUCAACAUGUUUUCCUGUCACACACAGUGCAUUGCAUCACCCUGACAGUUGCUGAGGACUGAAACAUCUCCGCCAUGACAUAAUGUGUGUGUGGUGUGUAUUACAUAGUUGGACUGAUAUGAGAGUGUGUGGAGUCAGCAUGAGGACAAAGGGGGAAAGUGUGUGUGUGUGUAUCUGUGUGUGUCGGAGCAGAUGCCUCUGAUGGAAAGCAGGUGGCUGUGAUGGCCUGCAAAGCCUUCUCACCAUAACAAUAAGCCACAACACCUUGUUUGACAUCCUCUCUCUCUCUUUCUCUCUCUAUUUUUUACAUGCACACACACACACACACACACACACACAUACACACACACACACACACACACACACACACACACACACUUAAAAACACACAAGUCCUGACCGUGCAGUUUGUAAUUAGAACCAGUCCACAGCCUCAGCCUCCUCCGGUGACCCCAGUGUGUGUCUGGAAAUCACAGCCGAAGUUUCCCGGAAAAGUAGACGAGAGGAGGAGGAGUGAUCUCUCCUCUCUCUUCUGUGUUCGUUGUUUUUACAGCAACUUUUGUUGUCUUUUAGAAAACAAAUCAAGACCCAGAGUGAAGCUAACUGGAGAAAACAAGUCAUACUUGCAUUCUUUACAGAUUAAUUAUGUUCAGUGUGCUUUUCUGAGACUGUGUGUGGAAGGGAUAGCAGAGUUUUUGCAGCCAUUUCCACAAUAACAGCAACACCUGUGAGGAACAUAUAUUUUUUUAAUGUAGGGCCUUUUUUAUGCACAUUUUCAAUCUUUAAAUGCCAAAACAUACCGAAAGCUUGCAGCAUGUGCAUGAAUUAAAAGCCAAGACAGGGAGAGCAGCAGUAAAGACUCACAGCCAAUAAGAGAGCGGGCAUCAGUGGCACUGGCAAAAUCAGACACAGCAUGAAGAGGAGGAGCUGGGGUGGAGGCGCACAAUCAUACAAACAAACCAACUCAUUUAAGUGGAGGCCAACCAGCAACUUCUGUGAUCUGGAAUGUAAAAUUAGUGCAACCUGGUAGGGCUGGGCGAUAUGGCCUGAAAUCAAUAUCAUGAUAUAUUGAGCAGUUCACCUCGAUAACGAUAAAUGGAUGAUAACUACUCCACAAGCUGCUCACCCCCUCCCACAAUAACUUUGUCUACUUCAGCCUCCGCUCCAGCUGCUACAACUUUUGAACUGUCCUCCAUCUCCUCACUUGUCUUUCUCUCUUUGUUACGGACUGGAUGGGGUGGAGUCACGUCUCUAACAUAGUACAGCCUCUUAAAGGGACAUGAGACCAUAGCCAUAGCCUACCUACAAACAUCCAAUCUUAUUUAUUUGUUUGACACCGAAUAAAUGGAUAUGGGCGAAAUGACGUUGGUUCGGUUUAUCGCCCAGCCCUACAGCCUGGGGAGGGAAUAUUUAAAACUGCAGGCAACUAUUAGUUGUAUUAGCCAGGACUCAUAUAUGUUAACUGGAAAUAAAACAGCUUAUAAAUUUAGAUGUGCUGUAUGUGCAGAAUCAGAGCACUCAUAGUACAGUUCUCAUAAAUAUACUUGGAUGGAAACUCAGCUACUGUCUUUUAUUUCCUUCCAGUCUGUCUGUCUGCUCUGAAAUUACCAUUCAUCACAUUUCCACACUGACCUCUGGAGAAGCCGUCCAGGCAGCGAGAAAAUAAUCUGCUCCAUUCUUCUUUCGUUUCGAGUUGUGUAAAUUCCAGCCGGCGUGAAGGGACUAAAAGAUAUAUGGGUUAAAGGACGAGGAGAGAGGAAGGAAUGGCAAAAGACAGGGGUAAACAGGGUAGAGAUGUAGAGACACAACGCAGAGCCUGAUUUAGUGCAGAGGAAACAGGUUUUUAUGCUUCAAAUACGUUCAAUUUGCAGAACCAAAUAUCCUAUAAAGCAUCAGUCAUGAGUUAUUGGUGGUGAUUGAGGGCAAUAAAUAGAGAUGAGAGAUCUGUUAGAAGAAUGGACGAGGAGGAGGAAGAGGGGGAGGAGGAAGAGACGGCCUUGGCCACGGUCUGUCUGUGACCCGUCAAGCCUCAGUGCCGAGCCAAACCAGCACUCUGCGAGACUGAGAGCUGCGGCUUCAGAUCAAUGCUGCUGUGGCAGCCAUUUUUGAUUACUCAGUGUUAUAUAAAGAAUAAUUACGCUGGAGUAGUCUUGUGGAUUUAUGGAGCAAAUUGAAAUCUUAAGAAAUGAUACAGAGUGACUGCACUGAUCGUAAAUAACCUCAAACUUAAAAAUGCAUUCAUUUAAGAUGGUGUCAUUGUCUUUAUAUACUGCCUGUGAGGAAGUAAUGAAAUAACAAAGACCUCCAUGAUGUGUUAACUGAGUGUCUGUCAGACACACCCUAACAGGUGAUCUCAUGGAAACAGACCUCCUGUAGGUGGCAGCAAAUUUAAGUCAAAAUCUACCAAAAUGAAGGAAGAGCCUUCAAGCUAAGUCCACCGUCUUACCUUCAUAAGGUUGUGUGUUAAGUAAUCUCAUCAUGUGGUGAUACUUAGUGAAAAUUUGUCUUGCAGCAGAAGAUCAUUUUGAUUUUGACCUCAUUACUGCUUGCAUUUUCAGUUUGCAUGCAGGAAUUAUAUGGAGAGAUUGGGGGAAGUGGUAAGAAGGCUUUAAGUUUGGGUCCUGGCAAUGGAAGUACAGAGGUGAUACCAGCUGUCCAAGAUUGGAAGAUAUUUGUCAUAUGAUUAUGGGAAAGACUUAUCAAAUGUAAACUCAUCAGAGCAAGGUUGCACAUUGAUUUCAUUAAGUGAGAAAAUCCCCCAAAUUUCUGAUGCACAACGUCAGAAUUGUCUCUGAAAAAUGAUGCAAAACAGGAAAGUAAGGACAGAUUUGAUAUGGUUUGUUUGUAUUUCCAACAUGUCCUCCAAUCCAUUACGACCUGAUGGGUCGUUUUUUCAUGCACUGUAAUACGACCCAGUGGAGUGCUGGGCAAUGUACCGAUCUCUAAAAUGGGGGAUCUAAAUUUGUAAAUCAGUCCUCUCGAGAUAAAGUAACGGCACAUUUUAAAUUUAAACAACUAUGUUCUAGUCUAAAAUGGUGUUAAAACUGAAUUUGGUGAUCGGUAAGAGUCAUAUUUACCAUUUAUAUUUCUCCAUGAGUCAUACAAAAAGCCCCUGUGGUGGAGGCACUCGUUAGUAAACGCUCCACUGGGACGUAUUUCAGUGCUUGAAAAAACGACCCGUUAGGUCGUAAUGGAUUGGAGGACUUGUUGCAAGUAUUUCUGCUACCAGGACUUUGUUGAACCAAUAUUUAGCAUUUUUAUUUUGCAAAACCUGCUCAUAACAUAACAUAACAUAACAACAUGGUACCAAUACUUUCUGUUACUAUUGUGUUUCAUUGACUCACAGUUGAUGUUGAGCUAAAGACAUGCUAACUGUAUACAGACUGUCUUUUUACUGGGAAAAUUGUCACACUCUUAACACUUGUGAGCUUUUGCAUCAACACGGGCUGUAACUAACAAGCAUUGAGGUAGCAAGCUAAUCUAGGCUGAAGAUUUAGGGGUGCACACUGUAACUUGACUUGCAAGGCAAAUAAUUCACAUUUCCUCUCAUUUCACUGUAUUACUGAUAAAUGUGUACUUUUCAAGAUGCAAAACAAACAUAAAACAUAAGGUACACAGUGCACUAUCAUUACACUAACCAAUGAGAAGUUUUUUAUUGCACAUGGCAUUUGUUAACAACUUUAGACUGCUACAGACAGUUGCUUUGUUAACAAACAACCCAAAGGAAAAAUAACUUUCAAUUGGCCUCAUGUCUUGAAGAAGAAAAAGUCACAGUCAGUCUCUGAGACAAAACCAGUGGUACAAUAACAGAAACUGUAUGAGGAAGAAAACAGUAUAUAAUCAACAAUAAGUUAGUGUAGUCAGAGUGCAACAUUUUGGGUGUGCGUAUAUCCACAACAUGUCCUGCACUGCGCCGCAUUUGUUCACUCGAAAAACGAUCGCUACCACUCCGGAGAGCCGGAGUGCAACAGUUUGGAUGCCCUCCUGUCCAUUCACUAGCUGUGUGUAUGACCACAUUUUUUUAUUUCUUUAUUUUUUUAAAUUCUAUUUUCAUCUUCUUGGAUGGGCCGCCCAGGUAAAGUCUAUGUAGGGAAACAUUGCUAGGAUCACUGAAAUGAUUAGUUGAAUUGCAUAAUAAGCCAAUGGAUCUUAUUAAUUGAUCAGCUUUUUAAUACAACAUAGUCUUUCAAGUUAAUUUAACCUUUAUUUAUCUGAAACAAAUGAUUUAAUUUUAAUGUUACACAAGUUUACUACGGUUCUCAGUGAUAGAGAAGGAAGAAAAAUGGUGAGAUGGUGAGGAUAGAAAAAAGCAAAGUGAAGGACUACAAAAGUGGCUCUAAAUCUGCACUUUUAGCCUUACUGUAACUCUUCGCUUUUCAGUGCUUGCAGAUUACAGAGGUCCUCCCAUGUUAAGUAAGUUCUGGUCUGAGGAUCUUGCAGGCAGCUCUUUCAUUUGCAGUGUUCAGUCAAAUGCUCAUAGACCUUAGGAUAUUUUACAUGCAGUGGUGAUGCCAACAUGUUUGUUAACCAGUUGUGUCCUGGUCCGUGUUUUGCAUGUGCUGCAGAGAUGUUGAGGAUGGCAGACAUCACACUCCUGAGUAAUUUACUGUACUUUGUUUUGAUGAUCUUUCACCUCCCUCUGCAGAGACAGUAAUGAAGCAAGGUGUCUCUUCAGCAAUCCUAAAUUAACACACAGACAAAACAUAGAUGAUGGAGACAAGGAGUGUUACAUAGCACAGUGCACAGACUUGUUUCUCCAGAGGCAGACUUGUUAGUGACUGCCAGACACGCAAUACUCAAGUCAUUGAGUAUCAGGAGACUCGGCAGGAGGUUUUCUAAUUAAAUAAACAGCAAAAAGGCAUCAUUUUAUUUUUAUUAGGCUCAAACUGGUUGGAUUUAGACACCAUGUGGCCUUUUCUUCAUUGUAGUCAGAAACAGAGCUGAAAUCUGGGGCUUCAAAUGCAUUUCCUCCAGAAAUGAUUAUGGCGAGGGACGAGGCUGGCAUUAGCAGCAGCUCAUGCAGUCAACACACCCAUGUCUGGAGCCAGUUUUAGUCAGGGCAGUUUACAUAGCCAGCUCUACCAUCAGAGUGGGUGAAUAUGGUGAAUAGAGUUAGUGUAGCCCAUUUACCAUUGGUUCUUUUCUGCUGUCUCAUGACCUUAAUCAUGUCUGCAGAGCUGAGUGUGUGUGCAAGACUUAAAACGAUGCAGCCUUUUGGCUUUGCUCAGACACACAUUCUGUCUAAAUUCAAAAAGAACCAAGAUCUUCUCAAGUCAUUCUGAUCCUUUCCAUAACCUUCACCUCAUAAAUCACUCCAGGGUUCUGCAGAAGAAGAUCACAGCACCAUUUUACAAUGUGCUACAUGCAACACAUGAAUACGCACAUAUGUAUCAAACAUACCAGGAUACAAGAUCUGGCUCUAAUUAGAUCAUGAAGACCACAAAGUGUAACAAAAUCCUGCUGAAGUCCCAGAGAUCCUCUUUUCACAUGCAACAUUUAUGCUGUGCUGAUAUUUCUCUUUUAUCUUUAGCAUGAAGUACAUUCCUGUCAUCGACACAGUUGCUGCCUCGGCCGCAAGAAGCAUUUCCAUCCAGCUGUAGAGGAGUUGGAACAAAAGGACUGAAAGAUGAAAUGAAAAUUACUUGUACUCGAAUUGAGCUGCAUUCAAGCGAGCAAAUUGAUACUGAACACUGCUGUGUGAAUGGAAACCCACCACAGAAAAAAAACAAGAAUGUCAGAAAUUGAACAGUUGUCUUUUGAAGCCCUUUAUCAUGAUUUUCAUAUUUCAUGUUGUUUGAUAAUGAAAACAAGAAAAUGAUCCCUUGACGAGAUCUUACGCGUGGAGGUAUACAGGAAAAAGUGCCGCUAAUACCCGAUUUUCUCUGCAGAAUGGGGUGGCCUCGUGAACAAAAAGUUCAUGAAGAACUGAAAACAGAACAGUAAGGAUAUUAGCGACUUUGACAAUGGCUGGAUGGCGGGGUCAGAGCAUCUCCAAAACUACAGCUCUUGUGGAGUGCUCUUGGUCUGCAGUGGUACCCGCCAGACAUGGUCCAAGGAUGGGAAAACCAGUGAGCCAAAGAUAAAGUCAUGGGCAGUAGAGGCUCACUGAUGCAUGUUUGGGAACAAAAACUGGACUUUGUGGUCUUAGAAGAGUCUGCUGAAAGAGUUAAACCUGGUUUGAGUGGACAGGUCAGGCAGUCUGCAGUGAGACCACAUGUCUAGAUUUGAUUUGGACCAUCUGAAUCUUUAAAUCACUAAUGUGUCCUGGUGUGGAAAAAUCACUGUCCCAGUUUUAACUGCUUGAAAUACCAAGUAAUGCACCAUGUUUGCAACAUGAUUUGUUUAUACGUCAGCCCCCAUGUUGCAAAAGGACUGUUGCUUUUUUAACCAAUAGAAAAACCUCCUUUAUGCACUGGGAUUCAAAACUCUCAGCUGAUGGGUCUGCAUUUGUGUGAGUCAGUCUCAGUUUGCAACAGUUGCCUGGUGCAACAUGCUGACAGGGCCACCAGUAUGCGCACAACCAACAUUUCUCCUCAACCUAAAUCUCUUCAAAAAUAUAGUAACCCAUGUAAGCCUGAAACAACAAGCAGGAUGGCCUCACAGAUAGACUUUUAACCACAGUUGCCGACCGGUGAGCGAGCUAGAGAUCUGGGACCAAGACCAAACCACUCUAGUUCACGUACCCCGAGUUCACUGGUACCAGACGUUGCGUUUAAAAAGUUAUGGGCAAUUUAAAAGAUCCCUAUUCAAAUGAAUAGGAUCGUCCGGGGCUGCUACCCUUUAUAGCAAGAUUGGACACAGUUUUUCUAAGUGUUUAGGGUUAGGUUUAGGGGCUUAGGGUGAAAAUCACUGUCCAGAACCUAUUUAAGAGCAUGUUUCAGACCAUUUAGAGUUGAUAGAUACAAAAAAAUGAGGAAAAAUGGAAAUUUCUUUGUGUUAGGGUUACAUUAGGUAUCAGGGUUUUAAAGGCUGUGCUGUAAUCUCUCAUUUUCAAACAAUUCCCAAAGUUAAACCCCUCUUAAUUACACCAUGUUUUUUGCACUGUUUUUUUCUCUGCCUUUUGAAAGAGCAAAAUACGUUAAUGCCUCAUGUAAGGUUCAGACUACACAGGGGCAUCCCCUUAAUUUUUAUGACUGUGUGGGGAACAAGUGGACCAGAUAGCCGAGGCAGUAUAAUCUUUUGGUAGAGCUGCUUCGUUUCUGUCUUCUGUCUUCGAUCUCUGUUUUCCCUAAUGUUUAGCAGUGCUUUGAGCCACAAACGCCAACCUGCAUGUACCUCAGCGUCUUGAAUUGUCACCACUCAUGCUGUCUUCAUGCAUAUCAAAGGGAAACUACAUCUUCUCAGCCCAAAGUGAUGUCUAAAAAUUUGUUGCUCUGUCCAGCUAUUCAACAAUAUUUCCCCUGCAGUGAUAUAUCCAAGCGAAAUUAAGCCUAUCUACAUAUCAGAGCAAAUAUGAAGAACCUUUGGUAAUUGUUUUGGCCUACAUACUUCAGUCACAUCAUCAUUUGCAUCCUAUGGUCUGUGCACAGCUCCAGAACAGCUCAGCCAAAGGCGAAUGUGGACCAGUCCUCUUGUUGAGACACAAAUGAUUUCCAUCUGUGUUGAUGUUGGAGAGUGGUGCCAUAGCCCCCCUUCCCUCCACCCUUUCCUCCCCUCCUCCCUCGGCUUCCCCCAAACAGACCCUGCACAAGUUUACCAGAGAUUGGGAGUGUGUUCUUGUGAUGGAUGUACUGUAUACACACUCGCCAGAUUGCGUUAUCCAUAGCAGUCUGGGUCCCAUUUGGGGUUCAUUUCCUCCUUCUCUCUCAUUUCAAAUCAGACAAGCCCCCCUCCCCUGAGUACUUUCGAGGAUAAAUAUGUGUCUCGGCCAAAGCUUUGUAUUCAAAUAUAAACUAAACCUGGCACACAAAAACUAAACGCUCUCUUGUAUGUGUUGUUUGUUGCCUCGAGAGAUUUGGGAUGGUCUCCUUUCUUCUUUGAACACACCAUUUCUUAGCCGGUGCAAGUCAUUGCCAUAUUAGUGGCCAUCAACCAUCAGCUUUUAUGACGGAAAAAGAAGUAGUUUCGUAUUUUGCCAAACCAAAUGUUUUCUUUCUUGAAAGGGAAACACACCGAAGCAAGAAAAAGUGUCACUGUGCUUUGUCAAGCAGGAGCUGGCAUCCCAUCACAGGCUACAGUUCAAUCAGUCCUGAUUUUCCACGUCUUAAGAAAUUACCAUUUGUUUUGGUCUCCGUUCGAUGCUGAUGUAUUUGUUUUCAUAUUUUACUCGAUUCCUCUGCGGGGUUCCCCUAGUUUGUGGCUUGGUGAACCACAGCAAAGCCUUCUGUGACAUCAGCACUAUUGUGUCAGGGACUCAAGAAAGGAAAUGAGAUGGCUUAAACAAAUUGUGAGGAAAGCCGUCACACUUUAGUUACCGGGGUAUCCAAACAAGUCCCAUAUUGGUGAUUGAUUAAGUCUUAACUGGACCAAGCAGCAGGACUCUGCUAAGUGACACAUGCCCACAGCACGGUUACCUUUCAGGGCCAGAAGUGUUUCAGCCGACUCAUAACACUCUGGAAAAAGUCCACGCUGAGAAACUGGGCCACGAAUGGAAAACCUAUUUCACAACUUUUUUCCCCCCACUCAAGUGCUUCUGAAGGCUCUUUACAACGCCAGUAUUUUUUUUCUUUCUUGACACAUGAUGUGAUGGAAGUGACUUAAUAAAGGGCUGAGGGAAAAUUGAUGCUAUUUCUGCAGCCUGGUAUAGCACUGAUACAGCAUGCAGUGUGACAUAUGUGCAAAAUGUCCAUUUAUGAAUGUAUUUGUAAAGUCAUGUAGGUCCCUAAAGACCUGGCAGAUAAAACUGGUGAUUGAACAAACCAGGAAAAGCUAAAGAAACCAUCUGAACUGGUGGGAAAUCCAAAGUUUCACCGCAAGAUCUUUGAGAAAGCAGUGAGUCCAGUGUAAACUGGCCUCAACAACAAUAGCUGUCACUUUCUGUCAGACAGUUGGAGUCUGAACAUCUAGAGUGACCAGUUUUUCCUAGCCUCAAAAACCCUAAUGUGGAUAACAGGGCUGGCCUUUUGUUGGAGCAUAAUAGAUCUGAACAAGCAGUUACUUAUUUGGCUGACAAAGGUACCUCCAAAACCCUCAUUUAUCCAAUGUGGUACAGAUACUCCUCUCAUCAUCAGUAUUUCUACCCAUCCUUGGGGAUCUGGAGGCAUCUCCAAAGCAGAUGAGCCAUGUUAAUCCUUCAGCUUGUCCUGGGUCCACCCUAAAGUCUACAAAUAGAUGUUCUUGCCCAAAAAACCCCCGCCCAGAAGGUUUACUGUCCUGAUCAGAAUCCUGAACCAAUUGAGGCUCGAUUCUUUCAAAGCAAAGAAACAAAGCUGUGCUGCAUGCUUUCUAUGGAUCUCUAGGCUUUUUCUCUCACGUGAGCUCAUUUUUGUUCAUGAAAUUUGCUUUGUGACAAUAUUUUGAAGGCAGCUCUUUUCUUAUUGUGCUCAGACUUUUAAAUUUGCUUUAAGACGUUAAGUGCAUUAGUGUUCCCUGUUGCUGUUUUGCAUAUGCAACACUUCGCAGAAAUAGUAAGAUAGCUCUGUGACCAACUAUAAAACCAUGAUAGGUUCAGAUUGAAGCUCAGUUUGUCUUAGAGAUCAAAAGCUUUGACUUUCUUCCAAACAGUUAUAAAAAAAAACAUCCACAUGGCUGCUGUUGCUGCACAAGACCUUAAGAUACCUUAGACAGCAAGUCAGUCUCGACCCCAAGGGAGCAAUCCUUCAUCUGGGAGUAAAACCAGAGGAUGUUGGCGCUCUCUUGAAUCUGUAUGUAAAUACGGACACAUAAUGUAUCAAAGAAUUUGAGCAAAAGAAAUUCAGAAAACAUUCAAAGUCUUGCAGAUGGUUUUUUUAAGCCUGCAGCUUGUCCAGAGAGCGCUGAAAAGUUUAUUUUCCAACAGCUAAGAUGGUCCUUCUGUUGCAUAGUUUGCAGACAGUUCUUUCAUUACAUCCUGAUUUAUGAGAUCUUAAUGUCCAUGUCGGAAACAUACAUGUUAGGUUCUGUAAUGUUUACCUCUGUUGGAGUCAAAGACUAGUCACGUUUUAAUUAGGUCAUGCUUCCUCUCUGUUUGUGUGCUCUGCUGCCUGAUUAGCUUACUGGGACUUUUCACUCAGUUCCAGUACAAUAGAUGGGUGCCAUUCCAAAUAUGGACCUACUUUAUAACUCAGGGCUCCUUUCCAGUAAAAACAAGGCCACCCCACCCUUCCAAUGGUUUCCAAACUGUUAGACCACCAGCUCCUACAGCUCCCACCAGCUGCUGCUGAACCACAUUUACACCUCAUUGUGAGGUGAGAGAAAUGCAGGAAAAGACCCAACCCAAUCUCACUCUCCAUUUGUUUUUACAGUUCAGUCGGGCAACGGGCACAUCCGCCAGAAACUGCACUCUUGUGAAUGCACCUGUCCCACAAAAUACGAAGUCUACUGGCUGGGCUAAGGCAGGAAGUGUCAGGAAAGUGAAGCAGGGGAAGUGUUGGUUAGAUUUGAGUUUAAAAUGGGAGAAAGGUUUUGUUUUGUUGGAGGUAACUCUAGCAUGGGUGGUUCAUGUAUAAACAGAGAGCUGGAACACUUAGAUGUGUAUCGCUGAGGUUGGCAGGUCUUCAGCUUGGAGGAGGCCUCUGGUCCUGCAGAGAGGGGAUUUUAUCAGAGAUUUAGAGUGUGUCUUCGUCUAGUUUUUCUUUGCUGUCUUCACAUUUUCUGACCAUUCUUCUUCCUCAUGUGUUUUAAUGUUUUUGAUUUUGUGAGGCUCUUAUGUAAAGAGUGCGUGAUGGCUAAUCAGCUGACAUCCGAGUUGAGUUCCUCUCCCACACAAUGAGGCUUUCAGUCGUCUUCCUGGAUGGCUGCCACUGUUGCAACCACAAUAAUAGAUGCUGUGGUUUGUUAUCAGGAUAUUUUGACCGAUAGUCCAGAUUUAUAGGCACGAAUGGUCCUGGCAUGCCUAAAGACAUGAACAGAACACAUUUAUCAAAGGGUGCUGAAGAUAGUUUAUUCAUAUCCUAUAUUGAUUUUAUGGCCAACCUUGCUGUCUAAUUAUUCUCUGAGAGGAAAAAUCCUCAGCCACAGCAAGGCUCAACAAGUAACUUCCUGUCUCAAACAGUUUGAUGACGUUAGCAUAGAUGGAAAAGUAAUCUGGUGUUUGCGCACACCCUGUGAUCUGUGAACAGUCAACAAACAAACUCGCUCAGCCAACUCUCCCUCAGGCUGCAGGUGAUUUGGAUUCUGUUGUAUUGCCUGUCAUCAGGUAAUAAUUAGUGUCUUUUUCCUUGCCAUGAAUGGAGGGAGCUGUAAUGGGAGGGGUGUAUUUCAUUGUUUUUUUCUUUAAAACAUCAACUACCUUGCUGUGAAAUGGCAGCUUCAAGUGACCUUUACAUAUCAGAACAACUUGCAUUCAAUGUGCAGUUUGGUAUAGUUUCCAGUCGAGGAUUGGAAAACUGGAUCCAGAACCAACUAGGUCCAUCUGGUCAGAGUCACUGACCUCAUUUGCUGAUAUGCAUUACUGUCCCCUUGUUAAUGCCUUCCUCGUAAUUCUGCAAAACAAUAAUGUGAUGUAUCACUAGGGUCAGUCAGUUUGUUGACAAGCAAGGUAACCAUGGUAGACAGCAGUAGUCAAAACUGUGUUGUAUACAACUAAAUAUUAUUGUGUUUCCAACAUCAGCUCUUAGAGAAUGAUACACUUAUGAAAUCCACUCACUUUGUGAAACUGUCAGCAUGUGGGUGUCUAAUUCUACUUGUUGCUUUAAACACCCAGGGGCUUUUCUGUCCCACAAAUAACAUUAGCCUAGUUUGAGAGACAGUCUGGAUCCAGUCCCUCAGAAACAAAAGUUAUCUGUGACCACUAUGCUUUUGAAAGUUACUACAUUUAUUAUGGUCUGUUGCCAGUUGAGGACCUUUAUCGGAGAUCAGCUGACCCCUCAGAUUUCGGUUUAGCAAAAUUAAAGUUUACAUGCCCCCACUUCUUUUCAUUUGUUCUAUCUUAGACUUUUCCAGUUCCUUGUUGACACGACUAAAUUGAUUGUGUCUUUAAUUUCACCUGUCAAUUAUUAAUGUUCAAGUCUUUUAAAAACUCCAAAAGAAUACUAGUUCUGUUCUCUGAUCAGUUUCAUUCCACAGAGCUGGAAUGAGACGACACCCUCCGCCCCCCCUUCCCUCAGAUUAACGGUCCAAUUGGAUCAGCAGCUUUAUUCUGAUACAAUUGUUUAUAUAAGCCAUUUUUAUUCCAACUGAAUCAUUUGCCCAGUUCUUAUCUGAUUGUAUCGAUUAUGUAAACCCACCUAUUGCAAUCUAAGAUCAUAUAAACUUGUCUCAAGGUUAUACCAGGACAAAAGCAGGACAAGCGGGGUCGACCUCGGUGCUGAUGGGUCACGUGCACCAUCAGAGCCUCCUUCUCUUUGAGCUUUCAUCUUCUUCUGCUGUCUGGAAUCAAUUUAAACUCAUUGCCUUGGCUUGACCUCAUGCUUCAGCUUUGAAGAACACACAGAGGAAGGGGGCGUGUGCAGAUGGCUAUCGGUCCACAUUUCGUCCCAGCUGUCCUUCUUUGUGAGUAACUGCAGGUUUCUAAGUUUUGGCUGGGAUCAAAUUCUUGGAUAGAGCUCGAAAACCUUCCAAAGGGUUCAGAUGUCUGCAGAUACUGCAUCUGAUCCAAAACUUGUUGUCAGUCCUAAGUGUAUUUAAGUAUUUUCAGGAAAAAAGGAUUCAACUCAUACACAUGAAGAAAUGAGGGUGGCAGCUCAGCUCAGACCAGCUGCAAAAAUCUUCUCCAAAGAAGUGAAUCAUACACUUCUCCUUAUAAAUUGCUACCAUUAAGGUGACCUUGAGCAUGGCACUUUACCUUCAGUUGAGCAAGUGUUGAGUCAAACCAGACACCAAAAGUGGAGGACUAUGGCUGAACUGUGCAGCUCCUAGAUGUAAAUGUGUGUAACUCAGGAGGACGGUAGUGCUGAAAAAGAGCAGAGAAAACAUCCUUGGGAAAAAUGAGGUUUGAGGCAAACCUAAAGAGCAUUUCAGCAUUAAUCCUCACCUUCGGGCACUUGGAAGUUUGGACAGUUCCCAUAUAGUUUUCCUAAAACCUGACCUUAAAAUGGAUCCAAACACAACCGGUUUUUGGUACCAGUAAAGAGCUACUGUCUUGUAGGGCUGAAGAUGAAUCUUUGUUCCUAUGAGGAUACAAAUCCAAAUGACCUUGUGAUCAUUGGUUACCCUUUUCCUUUACUCUCAAUAAAGUUCUUCUUAUCAGAUCUUUGAGUUUUCAUCAGAGAAAUAGAAAUUAGGUGCAGGGUUAAUGAUGGAUGGAGGCAGGAAGAUAAAACUAGCCAUGAGCUGGCGUUUUAUUAAUGGAUGCCAGUGAAGUGAUGAAGAAACUUCUUUCUGAUUUUGAGUUCGGAAUCUGGAUUGACAUGUCGCAAAGAGAUGGACAUUGAACCUUUGAGUUAUUCCUCUUAGAUUCACCCAGAAUAACCUUGGCUUUCAGAUCGGCUCCAAUUGCCAGUGUCCUAAAAUUGCCUGCAACCUUAACUUCCCAAAAUAACUCAGCAUUGGUAAGGUAUCCCUGCUUUUCCGAGGACAUUCAGCUUUGUUGUUUGCUGACCAUUUCCUUUAAGGCAAUCAGUCACGAGUCAACUUGGUUUAGUCCAGCAUUUUAAGCUAUUAAAUAAAGCCUGGAAAAUCUGUAGGGAUAAGCAGCAGCUGGAAACAUGUGCAUUUGUACUGGGUAGUUUCUGUAAAGUAACUGGAAACACAGCUUUCCUUCUCCAGAGCCUCUCCUUAAGGGAGCGGCUUUCCUGUGUCCACUCAGCUUGUCCAUUCCAGCCUCCCUUUGGCACCGCUGCAGAAACAUUAUUCAGGUCCAGUCCUCCAACGCAGGGUAAAAUUGAUACUUGGCACAAAUGUUUGGAUGUGUGUUUCAGGCCAGAGCCCGGGCAGCAGACAAUCCUCCCACUCAGGGUAUCCAAACCAAGGUCAGGACUCCUUUACCACAACCAAAUUACACAUUAUGACUGUGGAAUUUUGACAUUUCAGAAAUGCAUCCAUGCACAUGACCUGUAAGUACUGCUCCUCUCAUGGCUGGAGCAAAGAAAAAAAAACUCUUAAUGUAAUUACUCUGUGAGGGCUAGGAGUUCCUCUAACAAUGAAAAUAAACCAUUACUUUUUUGUGCUUUUUGCGCAUAUUUCAAGGAAACACACUCAGAAGUUUAUAAAUUUGACUGUCUGAAUGAAACUAAGUGGAUUUCUCAAACAGAAAUGUUGUAAUGCACGUAACUUCAUCUGAAUUAUUCCAGCUGUGAAUAUUUACAAAACUGUGAGAGCUUAAAUUAAAUUUUAUGUCAUGGCUCAAUGGACUGAGCAGCAUGAGUGAGUUUAUUCAAAUUGGUGACAAAAUCAACAAUGGAUGUUACUCCAGAUGCUCUUACCUGAAAGAUGUUUCUUAUCAUUUGCAUCCUACAAUAUCAAAACUUUAAUUCCACUGACAUCUACAGCUGAGUAUUGAGCUGCAUGUAGUACUUGGCAGUAAUUUUCUAAACUUUAUUUUCUUAUAAAGUGCUUGACAUUUAUUCCUGCAGAUUCUAGGGGGAUUAGAGAGUAAAAUCACAUAGCUUUCCUCACCCUUGUCAUCUGCAGUUACAUGUAAGGCAUAAUGCAUCAUGACCUGGUGGUUAUGCAGAUUAAAACCCCCUUCAGAGCAGUGGUGUAGUGGUCCCUGGAGAAGUGGGUAUACUCUCAAUUUUCACCUUUUUUUCCUAUGAAGUAGUCCAGAAAAACUGUAACCAGCAUGCAUGGUUUACCUGUUGGCGACAACAAUUCUUCUCCUUGAAAUAUGCAGUCAUAUUGCUAGUAGUUUAAAACAAUGAUUCAUUUGGAAACCACCUUACCUCAGAAUUAUGUCUUCCAUGAAAGUAGGUUCUCACUUUAUAUGUGCCACUCACUUUCUUGCAUUUUCAUGCAUCUUUCAAGGAGACAUGCAGUGACCUGUCAAUCAACUGGAGUGGCACUGAGGCGUUAGCAAUAUUUUCCGCAGCAUGACCUGCCCUACUCUGCCUCUGAUUGGCUCAUCAGUCCUCAUCCCGAAAGUUAACCAAUCUAAUCAGUGAAGGCAGCGAGUACCAGCCACUUAGAGGCAGAGGAGGGUGGGUCAUGGCUUCACCAUUCUUGAGGAAAAAAUGGGCAAUUUGGCACACACACAGAUAUUACUGAAUGGGUGCACAUCUUGGGGGAUUUAGAAGUUGGCAUACGUAAUGCUGACUAAAAAAAAGCAGGUAUACACCAUAUACCGCCGUAUACCCUGGACUACUCCACUACUUCAGAGUGAGCAGGACCCUGAUGCGUUCACUAUGCAUCCUCUUUCUUGGUAUCAUCUGUGAUAUAAGACACUUUGUUAAGAUAAACAACACAGGAUGCUCUCACCAGCUCUGCUGCAGUUGCACGGAUUGCAGGACAGGACAAAGCUCCACUUUCCCCUGUCAGAAGUGCUGUCAAAAUAUUUUGGUCUGAGUCACAUUGAGGGACACAAAGAGGUCUAUCCAGCUCAUCGACACUGUAUAUGAUUCUGUCAUAUGCAGAUAAUGAACAGAUGUUUGGGAAAUCUCUCUCGAGCUUUUGAAACCGAUGGGCUCGCUCACAGAGGAAUAUGAACUAUUGCGUGUUCUGGUUUACGCAGAGUGUAUUAAUCAUCAGCUUUGUGACCGGAGUGAACUCCUGAUUUUUUGUAGCAUAAUUGAUCUGCAGAUAACUUAUGUGAUACGGCCCAGCUGUUUGUUUUUGGGAACAAAAGCAAAGGAGGCUUUGGGUUGUGUGUUGACAUGUGUGCCUGUGCUGGAGAGUGUGUGUGCUGUGCAUGCAAACACUCGAAGUUUUGAGUCACCACAUAGCAGAGCAGUGGGAUCACUUUCUCUCUGUAAUGUAUUCUGCUGCACUCAGGAAAAAUGCUUACCCAAACAGUCAGCUCCUGCAUGAUUAUUAAUGGUUUCAUUGCUUAAAAAUCUUGGAGAGGAAGUUGUCGGGAUGUGAGAUACGAAGCUGCAGACCUCGAGUCAACAGUUUUCUUUAACCUACAUAAACUUUCACAUCCACUCCUCAAAUCUGAUAGUGUGACUUAUUGUUUCUAGGCUAAGUGCUCUCACUCAUUGCGUUUCCUUACCUUCCUUUCCUCCCGUUUUCCCCUCAGAGGGAUUUUAUUUCUUUUACGUUUAAUGGCUGGGGUAGGGAGGAGACCUCUGGCAGAGCUGGAGUUGAGCAGUGCAGCUUAUUCCUGCCAAGAAAUGAGUUCACCCAACCGCUGUUUCCCUCAAAGGAGCUGUGAUAAGGUUUCAGUCAGAGGCCUCACCCGCCACUUGACUUUAGGUCUGAAAAACUUAAACAGUGGGGAUGAAGAGCAGGAUUAAAGGAGGGGGGAGAGGGUGCACAGAUGGAGACAAGAAAGGAGGGGGAUUUAACUUUUCAUUGUCAAGAAAAGGGACAAAGAAAACCCUUGAAGAGUAUCGUGAUUGAAUUUUACUUUGGGUUGUGGUGCCAGUAAUUUAAUAAUCAUUCCUGCAGAUUUCUUCAGCCGGCUGUAUUUGCUGUAAUGUUUGCAGCAAGAUCGUUUAAAAUUCUCAGCUAUUCUGCAAAUUUAAAGGAAGAGCACAUCUUGAUCAUAAAAAUAUGAUAAUUAAAGACUAAAGGUUUUCUGACUUUUAAACCAUGUAUCCUUGAAGUCUUGCUUGGGGCCGGCUGUGCACAUGUAUCCAUGCAAUAAAGUUAAAGGUUAUUAUUCUGUCAUCAAGUUUAAACACUUGGGUACGCCAAGUAAGCAAUUAACUCUUGUUUACUCAUACAUGAUAACAGUGGAGGGGAUCAGCCGAAAUUACUGAUCUAUUGCCAAUUACAAAUGCCCAAAUCAGUGUAUUUUGGGUUGAUGGUUAAGAUUGGUUGAAUUCAGAGUUUCCAUGUACAUCACGUGUUAACAUUUUCAGUGGAACAGUAGGAAAAGUACCUUUAUUUCUGUAGCUGUGACCAGGUAAUCUGAUUAAACUCUAACCAAAUAAAUGGCACUAAAAUCAGUAGUUGUCUGUGGAGCAGUAACGUUGGUGACACACUUCCUGCCCUGUGAUGGAGCUAGCCGAUGAGCUUGCGCACCAGCCAGACCUUCUUAUAAAUGUUCCACAUUGCCAUGGCAAUAGAUGCUGACAUCAGUGCCGCAUUGACGCCUGAUUGGGUCAGCUGCAGCUAAUGGACCAUAUCACAUGGAGUUUCAUAACAUUUAUGGAGUUUCUCCUCUGGAUUACCAGUGGAAAAUCAAGCUGCUUCCAGUAAAUAAAAUAAAAGGGACACAGAGGGGGUUUUCCAGGAGAGGAAAAAAGUCUGCGGGCUCCUCAGCUCAGUCAUGGUGCGUCUGAAAAGAUUUUUAAGGAGACGUUUGGAGCACUCAUGCAUUUAUCUAUCAGGAUAAGCAUUAAUGAGAAAUUCAGUUGACUUUGUUACUUAAUUUAGUGCAUCUUUAAUGUUGCAGAUUGUCUUUCUCGUUACACAGUCUGUGAGAAAACAUUUUCUUCUGAGGACAAUCCAAAACAUCACUGUCGAUACAGAAAUUGAUGUGCUUUGCUUUGAAAUUCAUCCCUGAUUAACAGGAACCUUUGUGACCUCUCUGCAGCCUCCAAACAGCGGCCCUCCUCCUCUGCCCAGCUCGUCUCUUCCAGAAGGAUACUACGAGGAAGCUGUCCCCUUAAGUCCUGGAAAAGCUCCUGAAUACAUCACCUCCAGUGAGUGUCUGAGCUACAACACGUUUGAAACAUGUUCCUUUAAGAAGACUUAUUUUCAUUUUUGGUCCUUAAGUGUUCACAUUCAUAUUGUUAAAACUGUUCAUUUCUACACCUCUCUCUCUCAGACUAUGACUCAGACGCCAUGAGCAGCUCCUAUGAGUCUUACGAUGAGGAAGAGGAGGACGGGAAGGGGCAGAAGAUGCGUCACCAGUGGCCGUCUGAAGAGGCGUCCAUGGAUCUGGUGAAGGACGCUCGGAUCUGUGCAUUCCUGCUGCGCAAGAAACGCUUCGGCCAGUGGACCAAGCUCCUCUGUGUCAUCAAAGAUAACAAGCUGCUGGUGAGGGACCAACAUGUCCCAAUCUGCACACCUGGGAGCCAUUCAAAGAGUUCUGAUAUUAAACCUUAAAUACUGUCGGGUUGAUGAAGAUAGAGUUUGACCAGUCAUAAUGAAAAAGAAACGCUACAGAUUUGGUCUCUCCACUUACACUUUGCUUUUUUUCUUUCCUGACUUAGUGUUACAAGUCCUCCAAAGACCACACCCCUCAGAUGGAGCUGACGCUGUCUGGGUGCAGCAUCACCCACGUCCCUAAAGAUGGCAAGAAAAAGAAGCACGAGCUGAAGAUCGUCCACCAGGGGGCAGAUGCUCUGGUGCUGGCUGUGCAGAGCAAAGAACAGGCCGAGGAGUGGCUAAAGGUAACAUGAAUACAAUCAGCACAAAACUCUGUCAUAUGUUGUAGUCAGGAUCACAGAGAUAAUGAAUUACCCAUAUUUAGUGGUUUGGCUGUUUUGAGGGCUAAAAAGCUGAGCUUGGCUUUGAUGGUCAGUUAAGAGUCCUUAAUCCAAGUUCAAAAAUCAUAUUCCUUCAACCUGCUUCCUUUUAAUUGCCUUUUUUUAAAUUUUAUUUAAUAGAACAGCUACAGAGACAGGAGAAGUGAGUAGCAGAGAGUUGGAGAAGACUUGCAACACAAGGUUGUGGCCAGAAGUUGAUCUAGAACCUUGAGACGGGGAAAAAAACGAUGCACGUCAGAAUUGCUAAUGUUAAUUUCCACAAUCCUGAAUCAGUUUAAGAAGUUCAAAAAUCAAUUUUUUAGUAGCUAGCUUCUGCAUUCAAAUCUGCUGGUAGCAUUACAUGCUUUUCACCAGCCAUUGUAUGCAUUUGCAGCGAGUUGCGCUGCUAACAUUGGCAAGCUAGUGCAAAGUGUUGCUAAUUUGUGUCAGUGGUGGGGAUAGAAAUUUAGCCUUGCAGCCCAGAAUUGGUCCCUUUUGACAUAUAAUUUAGGACCUGAUUGAGUGUAAGCGAAGACUUAGGAUUUGCAUCAUUUUUGCCAACUGGCUGUUGUAGCUGAAAUGUAAUCCCUGUGAGGAGCCCAAGAACAGUAUAUCCUCUAAAACAUAUUAUUCUAAUUGUCUGUCAACAUAAGAUACCUUUCAGUUUGGGUGAGGUUGUUCUUCAGACCCAGAUUCUGUUGACAGGGGCAGAAUUUCACUAUGAUCAACAUGGGAGUUGGUGGUCAAUCACUGCAUCAUUUUACACCCCAAAGUAACUUCUCACGUUGCUCUAAGAUUGGUGGUUUUGACGAGAGUGUAAAAACAGCUGUUUCUCACUCACACAUAAAGGGAGAGAUUCUCUGCACAAUGGUGUGUGGCACAUAGAGCAUUAACCUGAGCCAAAACAACAAGCGCUUUUGUUUUACAAACUUUGAUUGGAUGAUUUUCAUAACCCCAAAAAAAGAAAACUGGAGAUUAUUUUCUCCAGGCCUGGACGGCUGCUUUCAGAGGUCAGAGAGGAAAUGUGAUGGAUGGUAAUUUUAGAGCAGACAGACAGCUACAGAGAGACGGAGAGCUGGAGGGAAAUAAAAGACAGUAGCUGAGUUUCCAUCCAAGUAUAUUUAUGAGAAUUGUACUCUGACUUUUAUGAUUCUGCACAUCCUGCACAUAUUUUUCCUUUUUUAAUCGUACUGUAUAUUAACCCUUGGAACGUGUUAGACCUGUUAUGGUUAACUUUACUGUGGAAAUUUCUGAGGAGGAAUCAUAUAGAAGUAAAAUCACGGCUGUGUUAUACAACGCUUGAGGCUUAAUGAAUGAGAGGAAUGAAAUGUCAUCAAGCUGCUGCAGAAAGUAGUUUUUGUCUGCAGCAAAGCACAUCUUCCCAAUUGUUAUUUUUGAGUAUCUGAUGCUACAGAGGAAGGGAAAGACAUUUUUCUUUCUGCACAAACAGCUGUUACAUCACUCUUUUCAAAGCCACCAGACUCCAGAGAGUCAUUUUUACCUCACAGAUCACAGGAGUUGCUGGUCUACCGCGGCUUAUAUCCGAUAGAUUGUUUAUUUGAAUGUGUGACUUUGAUUCUUUACAUGGGGAGCUUGGAUCUAUCACAGUGUUUGUUUAACACACAAUUACACAAACAAGCGCACUGAUUGGAGCAGCGGGAGACCAGCCACUGCUGUAUUCUCUGAGGUAAAAUUGUUGUCUUUGUUAAUGGGGUUUGGUUUCUUUGAAGAUGUCAAAGGCAGUUUUUCAUUUCAAUUAAAGCUUCAUACUCUGUGACAGCAUUACUGGACAGAUAUGAAAGAUGCUCAGAAUUACAAUUUAGCUCAAUGCAUGCAAGAAAUCAUAUUAAUCUGUGUGGCAGAUCUUAAUUUAUAGAUUAUGAUGGAUGCAUUAUGGCCUGUCCAUCUACUUGAUCAACUCCAGAACUUUUGGGGUGUAACAGGAGUCGAGAUGGGGAUCUAAACCAGGGUCUAUUAAAGGCUCGGUGUGUAGUAAAGGGCAUGGUCACUGUAGGGAGUUUGGCCACCAUAUACAUAAUCAUUGGGUUGAAAGAAAGGAAGAAAAAAGAAAUCCUGGAGAGAAAGAGUAAAAGUGAUAAAGAAAAAAAUAUUUUAAAAAGGGAAAAAGAAAGAUACAAAAGAAAGAAAGAAAAACAUUGCUGGGAAGAAAAUAAAAAACAUUUUAGGUGAGAAAGAAUAAAAAUCAAAAAGGAAGAAAAAUUCAAGUAAAUGUUAAAUGUGAAAAAAAGACAAAAGACCGACAGAAUAAUAGUAAGAAAAAAAGGAGAAAAACAGAUGAAAAGUGGAUAGAUUGAAGGAAAGAAAGAAACAAAGAAUAAAUAAAGAAAUGGAAAAAAGAAAAUAAAAAUAAAGAUGGAAGAAAGAAUCAAUGACAGAAAGAAAAGACAAGGCAAGAAAGAAAAAGGAACAAUAAAUAGACAUAAGAAAAAUGUGAUAGAAAGACAGCGUAAGGAAAACGAGACAAUAUAGGAAAGAAAAAGAGAAGAAAAUAAAAGAAAAGAGGAAGGAAGAAAGAAAUGAAAGAAAGACAGACAAAAGAAUCUAAAUGAAUGAAUGAAUGAAUGAGCACAAAGAAAGAAUAAAGAAAGGGCAGAAAUCAAAAACAGGUAAGAAACCAAGAAAGAGAAAAUAAAAAGAAAGCAAAAGAGUUAAAAGAAUGAAAGAGAAAAAAAGAAAUGAUUCAUCUCGAGUCAAAAUAAUGUAAAGACUUUUUUAGAAAGCAGUGAAACCUCGCUGUAAAGUGGAGCUGAUGUCUCUGUAGUAAAGUUUAGGAUGUGUUGAAGUUCUUAUCCUGGUCUUGUUGACAGAAAGAUGCAUUCAGACUUAUAUUUAGCUCUAAAGAAUAAAGGGUGUAGCUCUUCUUCAGGAUGGGUCUGAUCCGGCUAUUGUGUCACUGAUUUGUUUUGAACAGGUGGUUCUUCGGGUCUCACUCUGAUGUGGAGAUGUUUGGUUUUUACUCCUCUGAUCCCCCUCGCUCAUUCUCACACAUUCUUCCUCUGCCCCCCCUCCUCUUUGCCGUCUUCUCUUUCGCUCUCUGAUCUUUCCGUCUGAACAAACAUCAAAAAAGACUCCGGUACUUUUCUGCCUUUUUCAGCCCCCGCAUCAACUCCUGUUGUUAGCAUGCUGCCAGCACCUCUGGGCUCUUUCUGUUUUGAUCACAGGAGACGGGUCUCAUCUGGUCUUUGGAUUUAAAAGAAAUCCCCACUGCCUCGUCUUCCUCCUCGCCUCUGCCCUCAUGAGAAAUUUCUGGACUUCCCUGUUUGUGCUUGACUUUGUUUUCAGAUAAUUAAUGUCUGCUUUCUGUUUCAACCUAAGUCCCCUUUUGCUGCUGCAGUUCAGCCAGUCUCUAAAACCUUCCGGUUUUCUGUCUUUUUCAACUAUGUCAAGUUUGUUGCCUUUGGGAAAUAAGGACCAAAACAAUUUGUACUUUUUUCCUGAUUCAGUUACUCGCUCCUGUUGGUAAUAAACUGCUGUUUAUUGAUUGGCUGAGGCAGGUAACCUCUCGGGGGUUGAGGUGGCUGCAGGGCGUCCCAGCCAGACCUGUGAAAAUAAACAAAUCUCUGCAACACCCAAACCUUUGUUUCAACAGCAUCAUUUGCUUCUUGGUCACCUUUCCUUGCACUUUUAGGAACCCUGAUAUCAGAAACAUGUUGAACUAAUAAUGUUGCAAUCAAUACUUCAAAACAUUGAGUUGGCUGUGGCGCUCUGCUCACACCCUCUUUUGCAAAACAGGCCUGGAUGUGAGAAAAAUGCAGGAGUCAAAUGAGUGGGACUUAAAAUCUUUACCAAUAAAAGGGAACCCACCACCUGAAAACCCUUAAUACAUGCAGUCCUGACAGUUUCCAGAACAUUUCAGAAGUGAUAUGCUCUGGAUGCCCAGCUCAUAUGCACAGAGACCUCAUUGGUUUUGCCCCAGUUGCAUUGGAUAUACCCAUCCACCUAAGACUAGCAAGGCUUGCACCACCAUUUGCAUUAACGUUAAAUUUGGAAACAAGGUGGGAUUGGACCUAAAAGUCUGGGUUCUGCCUUUGAGUCAUUUACUGCAAAUUGAGUGAAUGGUUGAAUCCCUCUCUUUGUUACCUUUAUGAUAGUUUCUCCACACAGAUCAUCCCUGUGUCUGUGUUUGCACAUUAAGUUUCUGGGACCACCGGGUAUUUAACAGUUAUUAAUCCUUCUUUCUAAACUUGACCUCCUUUUUCUUCGUCCACCUCUCUGGGGCUCUAACAGAAUGCAUACGACUCCAAUUACAGUCAGUCUUGCGUGGACAAUGGAAAAAGAUUUCUUGCAACAUUUCCCACCCUGCUUGAAUCAGCCGGGACCAACAACGUGACAGAGUGAAGUCAUGUGGAAUCACAUUAAGAGUCGAGGGGAGGGAAAAAAAGGAGAAAAAUAGAGAAUAAAAAUGGGGAGAGUACCUGAAAAGUCUAUGAGUUACAGUAAUGAUUCUCCCAGACGCUGUCUGCUAACGACGUGUUUAUCGAAAACACAUGUUCAUAUUGUGUCCUGACAUGAUUCUCCUAAUCCUUCUCUGUUCUUUCUGACUUUAUUUGCAUUUUUCUCUUUCUCAUAAUCUCCCUUUUGCCUUCUGCAACAAAAUGACCUCUUUUCCUUUCUCUGUCUUUUUGAUGGAGAUAUUUUCAUUCUUUCCUCCUCUUUUUCUUUCUCUUCUCCUGCUCUGAGUUUGGGGAAAGUAAGUUUAAUGUUCACUGCUUGUCUGUUUAUGGCCUUUCAGCUUCAGUGUGCUUUAAACACCCGCUUCACACUAAAACAGAUAUUCCAUCUCUGCUGAUAUCUGCAAAAUCACACUGCAUGGCUGUCGUGUUGUUUUUCACAUUGUGGCGUGUUUUUUAUGCUUCUUGUUUCAAAAUCACACCCACUGCUUUAAUUGCCUGGACGGUAAGUUCUAGUCUUUUGACAGAUUGUUCAUAUCACAUUACAGACAAGAUCCCUUCAGUGAAAGCCCCAUUUUGGUUGAAAUAAAAUACAUCCAUCCCAUUAGAGCCAUCAGACUCUAGUGACAGAAGCUCUCAUUUGACCUUGAAGGAGGCAGGAGUUGACUAAACUUAGUGGUGUGUUAAUAUAAUGAUUCAGUUUUCAAUGUUUUAAAAAGUUUUGUUUGAUGCAAAGCAGUGCCUGUCUCACAUGAAACCCCUAUUUAAAUUAACACUUUUACCUCAUUACCAAAAGAGGUGGGGGUAAACCAGCAAAUCUCAUGUUGUGUGAGGUAAAAUUGAUGGUUUUUUUCAAUGGAAUUUGGUUAUAUUCUUUACAGAAGAAUAAAGUCUUCAAUUGACGAGAAGAAAAGUCACAACUCUAGGCUUCAAGUUAUACAGGUUUGCCUUUGUGUUCCUAUUUUGGUGCCAGUUUCCUGUACCAAAAUGGGAAUUAUGAAGCAUAUUGUGAUGUUAUAUUUAAGUAUAGGCUUCUAUAUAACUGACUCAGUAUUUUUUAUGAUAUACAGUAUGUAAAUCAUUGGUGUAAGGGAAGGGGUAGGACUAGGUAAGUUUCAACUUAUUUCCACUCCUUUUGAACAUGGAUAACUUUUAAUCAUUUGUUGUUGUAUUCUUCACUUUUUUAUUAUUGUUAUUUAUAUUGUUAUUUAUUAUUAUUAUUUUUAUACAUAUUUUCAAAAUAAACUUCAAUUAAAAAAAGAGGAAAAAAAGGAUUACUGAAGCUUUUAGCUCAGCAAUAACACAUAAUCAUGAGUACCAAGUGUCUAAAAAGACUGAGCAAGAAACCCGGACCCAAGCUCGUAAGGUUUAGCACAAAUUAAGACCCUUACAGACAGUGCAAUAGUUUGACCAUUUCAUAUAAAAGGUCAUUAGUUUUAUCACAGAUAAUUUCAAAUUAUCCCAAUCUGUGUUUGUGAUUUCUUUUUCAUGUUAAAUCUUGACUUGAACCGCAUUAAUCUACAAGGUUGAUCUUGUGAUUUGAUGCCUUUUAAAAAAACUUAUUCAAACUUAUACUAUGACUUUAAUCUCAAAAUCCAACGGUUCUAAAUCUCUGACGCAGCCCUAAUCUCCCGAUGUUGUGUUGGAUCUUUGAGUUCAGUGUCAUCAAACUAAAAAUACCAAUCAAAGUCUGUCAACAGUAACAUCUAAUGAUGGAUGUACUUUGAUUCACCAGCCAGUCUGUUUUGCCUCUGCAAGAAAUUUACUUGGAAACACUGAAUCUUUUCCAGAAUAAAGGCCUGAACACCAAACCUGUAUCAAAAUACUCCCCUUAUUCAAAAACACCAGAAUCCCACGUCAAAGUAAAAUUCAUUGUUUGUGGCUUAAAGCUCAUUUCAUGGCACGAAAAAGACUUCAAUGAUCAAUCACUAAUAUGCUAUUAUUAAAAAUAUUGUUGUAACCCAGAACUGCUGCCCACAGCUGCACCACCUUCUCAUGUUUGAUAUGCAGCACAUCGUUAGACUGACGUAGCUCCCCUCGCCUGGCUUUGUGUUUCACCAGUGAAAGGAUAGACAUGAUGUUGCUGUCUGUCCCGCUCUCGGCCUCCGAGCUGUUUUCUGAGCCAAACCCAUGGAGCCACAGUCUGUCAUUUCCCCAAUUAUGCUCCCUUCAGGCCAAACCCAGAGAGCUAAGGAGUUCUGCACGGCCUGAGACGGUUCAGGAUGCCUGUGGAGAAGGCGAGGGGAGAGUCUGCAUGACUGUGUGUGUGUGUGUGUGUGUGUGUGUGUGUGUGUGUGUGUGUGUGUGUGUGUGUGUGUGUGUGUGUGUGUGUGUGUGUGUGUGUGUGUGUGUGUGUGUGUGUGUGUGUGUGUGUGUGUGUGUGUGUGUGUGUGUGUGUGUGUAUUAGCUAUUCUGCACACAAAGCAGUUUGUCUGAAUCUUAUUUCCCACUGCCCGCCGCUCAUCUACACACACCCCUCUCACCACCACACGCCUACGAUUGCCAGAUCUGACAGUGGGGUUGCCAGGUCCAAAGUCCAACAAGGUCAUGGCAAUGCACACUGGCGCCCUGAUCAGAGCCCUGCAGAUCUAAUCAGCCAUACUUACUGACCUUAUUGCGUAAGGAUGUAGUAAAACUCUGCUGCGUCUGAUGUGUGCAGCAGACUCUUGCACACAUGCAUGCAGGCUCGUGUAGUUCCUCCACUGCAUGGCUGCACCCAGAAGCAUGAUGGGAUAUGAGAGUUAACCUACAUGUGGCGAGCAUUAUCCCAGGCUUUCUAGGCUGAGCGAAUGAGCUUAAUUACGCAGGAACCAUGUGAAGAAAUGCACUUACAUUCAGGAUCCACCCGUGUGUUACGACGUCACGCUCAGACACGGCAGAGUUUAGGCUGAACUCCCUCUGCGUUCAUCAGGAUGUGAACUUUCCACUUGUUUAACAUGAGCGGCCUCAUUAGCUUAAUGUUGUAUUUCCUCAUGUGUUCCAGGUGAUGAGAGAAGUCUGUGUUAAUGGGAGCGUUGACUUAGAUGGAGCUGGAUCUGGAUCGCCGGUGCACAAGCCGGAACUGGAAAAGGUAAACACACAAAUGCAGUUAUACAGGGUUUGGUUCUGAUAGAUUCUGCCAGUUUGGAUCACAAGCCUGCUUGGCAAGGUAUUUAAAGCAAAACUAAAUGUUUAGGCAAGAGGAAUCUUGCCAUCUAUUUGAUCACUUUAAUGAAUAUAAAAGAUUGUCCAACAAACCGACAUCUAUGCAAGGACUUUAAUUUAAAAAAAAAAUAGUUAUGAUAGUUAUUCGGAAAAUGUGGCUACAAUAUGUGGAAUGAGAGGGAAUGUGACGUUAAGCUGAGGGAUAUUUGAUUAUUUUAAAAAAAGAGGUUUAAAAUAGCUCCGCUUCGCUGCAGUACCCCUGCUGUCAGGUCUGAUUUUUUUUGCAUAUCUUGUCCUUGUGCAUUUUUUGGAUGUGUAUAGUUAACAAAACAAACUCACUGAGGGCCUUUUUCAGAUUUUAUGAAACGUUAUCAAAAGCCAAAGCCAGCUCUGGAUCCAAUUACCCACUGAGAAAGUAUUUAGAAAGUAAGAGAGGUCUUUUUAAACUGCAAAUAUCACCAAUUAAAGGUUUUCCUUUUUGGACCCAGUACUCCUGGAUUUAUCUGGCUUUAGUUGACAAAGACUCAUAGAUUAACAUCUUUCCCAUGCAGGCCUCUUUACUUGGCGAAUUCGAACACAGUUGUAUUGAGUAGUAAAAGUUAGUUGCCAAAAAACACUUUGUUCCAUUUGGCACAGGAGGGAAACACCACGUUAUUGGGUUUCAUUGGGAAACGCCGAUAAAAUGUCCGUAAACACUGGAGACCAAUAGUACCCGCUGCACACACACACGCACGCACGCACGUGUGGUUGUAUGUAUGUGAUGGAAAAUGAGCAACAUCAGAGGGCUUUUAAACAGCAAACAGUUCCUAACCUGGCACAGCAAACACAAGCAGGGCCUAAUUAUUCCUCUAUAGCAUGUUUCAGAUGAUCUUAAGGGCUUUUACAGUGUACAGUGUAAUUAGACAGCUGUGUCUACUUUUCAGGAAAGUACAGCUCUAUUUAUCUUGUACUUUCUUGUGCUUCUGUUCUUCCCUCUGCCAGAAAACGUCCUUUGACAGACCGAGCUCAGAUGGCGAGGUGACUCAUGAGAACGGACACAGCGACUGUAAGGACCAAGGUGAGAGUGCACCAGGAUCAGCAGAAAAGAGCAAUCACAGCACAUAAAGCCUCUAACAGGGACCUUAAAAAACAGUUCUGUAGUUGAUUCAGAAGAGGGAACAGCUUCUUCAGUGUUGUUGUUUCUUGAAACCUGCAGAGAUUUAUUUGCAGCUUGAGCUUGAAUUUAGAUCUUGUGAAAUCCCUGCUCUCCAUGAAUCUCUCUGAUUAUUCAGCACUCGGAGCUCUGUAAGGGUCGUCCUUCAUUAAUACUGCAUGAAGCAUGAGAAAUGAGCCUUUGGAUUUAUUUUACACCAGUUUUACUCAGUGAUGAUCUCCCUCCUCCUAAACCAAAUGUCAGAACAGAGAAAUAUGGGCGAAACAGUCUCAGCUUAUUUACUGUUUGUUUGCUCAGCAGGCACAAUCCUCUGAGGAGAAACAUUUCAUUUCACCUGUCAGCUCUAUUAUUUGGCUUGUCAACUGAAAUUUUACACUUAUUUUUUUGCCCCUUAAGGAUUUGCUAAUUUUCCAACAAUAUGUCUGAAACAGAUUUCCCAUCAGCAGUUAAUUUCAAACCUCUAAACCAGUUGGUUUUUAUAAAGCUAGCAGGCAGCAGUGAUUCAUGGGCUCAGUAUAUAUAAUUCAUCUUUAUGUGUUUUUGCCGUCAAUGCAGAAUAUAGGAACAGUACCAGCAAGGCUCCCAGUGGGUCUUCUACAAAUCACAUCAACCAUUUUUCUUGAGUGAAUGAACAAGUUUUAAAUCAAGUUUUAAAACUUGUACAUUCAAUGAUCCAUCCAUUCGUGCAGUCAUCCAUCUUGUACCACUUACCUGGAGCUGGGUUUGGGGGGGGGGGGCAGCAGCAUGAGCAUGGAAGCCCAGGCUUUCCUCUCCCCAGCCACUUUGUCCCAGGUGACCACAGGGCGUUCCCAGGCCAGGCCAGCUCUCUCUUUACCACGACAGACCUAUACAGCGUCUGCAUCACUGCUGACACCAAAACCAAUCCGCCUGUCGAUCUCCCGCUCCAUCAUUCCCUCACACGUUAACAAAGCCCUAAGAAACUUUGGCGUGCAAAAAACUGUGUUAGUCAGGUCUAUUGACAGAUUUCCCGCAGUUUGAUUCACAUUUUGAGGCAUAGCUGCUCCUCUGCCACCUCUUAUUGUCAGUCAGUAAACACGAGAGUUUCCUCUCAUUUUCUGACCCUCAUACUUAAGUCAUUCCCUCAUUCACUUCUGAAUUCCCCUUUUAGCUCAAUCUACUGCAUUCUUUCCGUGGCUGGUAACAAAAAGAGCUGAUUUAAUGGAAUCAGAUUUACCUGAAAAAGUCUCCUAACGGGAGCAAUAAUUAUCACCCUUUAUGAGAAAAAGCUUCAAAUAGCCUUUACAUUUGCGUGCCUGCUGUCUGCACUGAGUGAUGUGUUAGGAGACUUUUGCAGACGUCUUCCUAUUCAACUUAGACUGUCGCCGCGGUAGCAGUCACUGCAUAUCAGGGGGGAAAAAUGUACGAUGGAAAAAAAUGUGAAAACGGGAGCCAAUGAGAAUGAAACACAAAGACUUUUUGUCGUUUGCAUAUCAGUUUGGAGUGCUGGUCCUCAGCUUUCAGCAGUGAGGUGCUGAUAUGUAGGAGCUGUGGUGAUUACGUACAGUAUAAUUCUGUGUGUCUGUAGACGUUAGCUGUUAGCAUCUCAGAAGGAUGACAUCAGUGAAAGGGAAUUCUUUAUUUCCCCCUCCUUCACUUCUCCUCUGCUGCCUCUUUCGCUCGAUAUCACGUCUCAUGACCAGAACUUUCUCUCUCCUUCUCGUUCUUUUAUUCUCGUUCAAACACACACAUUUAGCGCUCACCACAGACCACAGUAACUAAACAAGGGAGCCAAGCAGAAGCUAUUUUCCUCAUUUAGACAGACAGACUCAGACUCUUAAGACCUGGCUUACUCCACUUUAUCCCUCCUUCCAGCAGAAUGUGCAAAGUCAUUACUCUCUUUCUCUUUCUCUUUUCCCUUUUUACUUUCUGUCUGUCUUUGCACAGAAACUAGGCCAACUGAAAUCAUCCCACUCAGACCAGUGGGGCAUGCUGGGAUUGCAAACCAACCCUAAUUCACAAACAAAGAGUUCUUGAACCCACCAGGGUCUCAUUAAACCCAAUGUAACUGAUUCUGAACUCUCUGUUGUUUAUAGUGGAGUCUAGGGUUGCACUUUUCUCAUCUUUCCUCCUCUUUCCAAACAUAAUUGAAUCAGCAUAAAUGAACCAGUACCAUCUUUUUGUAAUUUCCCGUGUUUGGAUAAUAACACCAGGGCAUUAAGUCUGCAGGAGGCCUUGAUUUUAAGUCAAUUUAAAAGAAACCCCUGUGUACCUCUCUCUCAGGAAAAGGAAAAAAGAACUCAAAGUCGGAGCAGAAAAGCGGGACAGUGGGGAAAGGAGCUGGUAAGAAGAUCACGAAAAUCAUCGGGCUGGGUAAGAAGAAGCUGUCCACGGAUGAGCAAACCUCGUCAGCAGAAGAAGACGUCCCUACCUGUGGUAAGACAAGAAGUCAACAUGUGGAUUUCUGUGGUGACAGAGCCUGUAUCGGUACCUUUGGUGUCAGUUCUUGGGCUAUCAUCAAAAUGUAGUGUCCUCAGGACCUCUACCAUGUUAGUCAUGCCAGCAGCACGAUUAAAAAAAUAAAAAUUUGAAACCUGUGGGAAAUAAUCAGUUUAUCUCUUUACUUUUCAGGCUACCUGAAUGUUUUAUCCAACAACCGCUGGCGGGAGCGCUGGUGCCGCCUGAAAGACAACCAGUUGCUCCUCCACAAAGACCGGGAUGACCUGAAGAGCCACAUUGCCUCUCUGCCCCUGCGAGGCUGCGAGGUCAGCCCUGGUCUCGACCACAAACACCCCUUUGCCUUCCGGCUGCUUCGUAACGGCCAGGAGGUGGCAGUGUUGGAGGUGAGUUGGAUUCUCUCGUAUGUAGUAAGUACUCCUGUGGUAAAAUCAGCCCAAAAAACAGCAUAGUGCACCUUUAAAGAAUUCGAAAUGUUUGAGAAAACUAUAACAAAAGGGUUUAGAAGCUUUCCUCUUUUCUCUUUACAUGUGGUUUGCUUCAGUUCAUGUGUAAAUUUUCCUUUUCAUUUGCCAUUUUGCUGAUUUUGGUCUUUCCCCACAUUAACUGUAUUGAUGCAGUCUUUGCUUAACAUUUUCUUAUUUUCUUUCUCUGUAAAACUUAAUCAUUACAAAGGGCCUGUUUUUAUCACUGACAGGUUCAGGUUGUAAUUUUUGUGUCAAUAAUUAUUAAGUAACCAACUUUAUUGUUUUUUAGGUUAAGAUUAGUAUUCCUGACUUAAAAUGUUGACCACACAGACAGAACAAAACACAGCGAUAUUGUUAUAUUACCAAAUAUCAUCAAUAACUAAUAGCUAUUGACUGAUAUUAAAAGCUUUUUUGUAUAUACGCCACAAAAAAAGAUGCUUCUUUAACGGAUUCCUGCCUACCCCGCCUUUAAAAGGAGAUAAAAACUGAACAACAAAAAGGAAAAUCCUUUAAGUUCCAUCCAUCCUCCCUUCAGGCGUCCUCCUCAGAGAUGAUGGGUCGCUGGUUGGGGGUCUUAUUGGCGGAAACUGGCUCCACUACAGAUCCAGCCACCCUGCACUAUGACUACAUCGACGUUGAGACCACCGCAAACGUCAUCCAGCUGGCAAAGCAGUCUUUCUGGUGAGGAACUAAUGCUUUCCUGUAGGGCAGAAAAAUCAAGCUUGAUUUAAAUGUUUUGGAUUGAUGUUUAGAGUAUUUUACAGGACAGGAUGAGGUCUGAAGCGAACUGAAGAGGCAUGGGUUUGUUUUUAUUGAAAGUCAAUGUUUUCUCAUUACAGUUUCACCAGUAAGCGUGCAGUUUCUCCUAACCCAUACCUGGACAACCCAGUUAACGGCUACGCCUGCCCCACUGGUAUGGCUCUGCAUUACGAUGAUGUGCCCAUUAAUGGAACGGUAAGGACACACCUCCUCACAGGUGGUACACAAACACACUUAAGAAGUAAGCUGGAGCGUCUCGACUUACAGUAAACCCUCAACAAUCUUCUCUAAAAAAGCCCACAACAGCGCUUCAGUGAGACGCCCAAAUGGAAGUGUAUAUUGGUUAUCACUUCUCCUAUUCAAAGAACUAUUUUCACAAAAUAUUCAAAUGUGGAAUAUUCCCCCCAGCCCUAGUUGUCAGACUCUUAAAAUCACAACCUGAGUCUGUAGGUGGUACAAACAAUAACAAGAAGUUGACAUUGUGUUGGACGGUUGAAGGAUUUGUGGAUGUCCAAAACUUUUAAUUUCAGAAGAAAUGUCCUCAAAAAAUGAUGCUAGAAGGUUGAAAUGCCCACAGAUUUAUUUUACAUUUAUUUUUCGCCCUCCUGAUUGAUGCAAAUUAUACAGUAUUUCAACUAAUCUUGAUAUGACAAUGUAGUGUUAUUAACUUUUAACUGCUGUCGUCUUCCUCCCCCUAUUCUUCUUCUCUCUUUGUUUCCCUCUUCUCCUUGCAUGCCUGCAUGUUCUAACCCAAGGACCCAGAGGCGCAGUACUCCAGUCCCAGCACAGGGGGGCGCCAGCUAAAAGAGGAGCAGCACUAUGAGAACACUGACCUCUAUGAGAACAUGCCCUCGCUUAAACUUGGAGCUCGUUACCCUCCAAAGCUUUCCUCUUUCUCUUCCUCUUCCUCUGCCGGUCACUAUAAAGCACCUGUUUCUAAAGUCUCCUCUAAGUUUCUCACUGCUGACACUAAAAACAAAGACGCUGCUCAGGUGACUAACAUUCUGAUUCUUUUCACUUGAAUGUUAAGUACAGUAGUAAUCAUUGCUUUUUGUGUUUCGCAGCAUCGCUUCAUCACAUAUCGGUCUUAUUUAUACCUGUAUUUGAACAGUAGGUGUAAACCUGUAUCAAACACUGUUUAAUCCCUGCUCCUUCAAGCUGAAAACGUAGGGUAUUAGCAUUUAUCAUUUGUGGAGGAGCGAGCGUUCACUCUCCAAAUAAGGUGUUCAUGUUGGCAACCCUUUGUCUCUGUCCCAUCAGCCUGUGAGUCUCUCUUCUGUAGAUUUUAGUUGUUUGAUUCUCACUGUGCCUGGGCCGGAAUCACUCCUGUCUUUGGAAAUACUUAGCAUUAGCUUCACCACCAGCCUGAUUAUACAAACCCAAAAAGUUGUGUCUGAUUGUGUCUAAAAAACAUCAAAAUAUUGACAUAGUUUCAGGACUUUCACACACUAGGAGACCUGAAUGACUAAGAGGCUUAAAAAUAGUAAUUCAGCGCCUCUGGUAAAGUUCUUUUCUUUGCCAGCGACAAACUGUAAAAGUAGACACGGAUGCCAAACUUAAAAAGAAGAUCUCCUUAAAGACAGACCAUUGUUUCUACACAAACCCAUGAUCCCAACAUCUUGAAUCAGCUAAAUUUUGUAAUGGAUUGAUUUAAAGCUCCAGUAGGGAACCUCUGGUUUCUGUUGAUUUUGGUACCCCUGUUUCAAAGAAGUCUUCGCUUAUCUUGCCAAUUCACAACAGUCAUCAUCUCAAGACGCUUUUCAAAGAACAAGAGCAGGUCUAGACCACGCUCAUUGUUUGAUGAUCAAGAACCAACCUAAGAUGGGUUUUGGCCCAUUUCAACUAACAUGAGUAGCAGUGGCAAGCAAAAACUUCCUUUUAACAGGCAGAAACCUUGAGCAGGACCAGACUCAUGCCAGACAGCCACCAUGCCGCUGCUGGGUUGGGGAGGAAUGUAGAGAGAUGAAGGGAGAGAGAGGAGAGAGAGAAGAGGGGAGAGGGGGGAGGGCAGGGGGAGAGAGAGAGAGAACAAGAUAAGGGGAAGGAGAGAGAGUAGAGAACGAGGGUGAGAGAGAGACAGGGGACAGCAGCAACAACAACAACAACAGCUCGUAAUGGUGAUGAGUUCAGUUUACAGGGUUAGGAUAUGAGUGAUUAUGGACAAUGUUAAAUUAAUUAAAUGUGAUUACAGGGCUGUUUUUCCAUCUGCCAGGCAGCCAACACUUACCUCCUCACAACAUAUAUGGUUCUUGAAUUUCUCUUUGAAUACUUCCUUACAAAGCUCCUGGCCAGCUUUUGUGAUAUGUCUUUGCACAUGAAAAGUAUAGAUUAUCUAUAAUAAUAAUAAUGCAUCAGAUUUUUAAAGCACUUCAUCAGAGACCCUCAAAGCGCUUUACAUUGGAUACAUCAUUCAUUCACUCACACAGUCAUACUUUGGUGGUGGUAAACUACCUUAGUAGUCACAGCUGCCCUGGGGCAGACUGACGGAAACGUGGCUGCCAGUUUGCGCAUACGGCCUCUCCGACCACCACCACACAACACUCACAAUCAUACACCAGUGGAGGACAGACACACUGGGAGAAAGGUGGGUUAAGUGUCUUGCCCAAGGACAGACUAGGGACAGGACGGGGCUCGAACCGCCAACCUUUCAGUUAUUGGCUGACUGCUCUACCUCCUGCCGCUCUAUAGAGAGUGUUUUUUCCCUGUGUGAGGUUGUCCCACAUAGUGUAAUUCUUUUCUCUCCCUCACAAUAAGUCAUGUAUAAUGUAUAUUUUACCGCCCCACUCUGGAUGCCACCCUGACUUUAUGGCUGCAUAAGUCACCACAUGGUGUUGUUUGGAGCUCCGCCUCCUCCCUGCCUCUGUUUUGAUGUGUGUGCAGUGUGUGGUACGGCUGUGGGGUGUUAACAUUGCCUCCCAGACCACAAAGUACCAAUGAGCUAGAAGACAUAGAGUUGAAUCUACAGAGUUGUACCAUACAUCCAGCUGCAGGAAGCACUGUUGGUCUGAAAAUACUCUGUGAGGUUUGAUAUGUGGGAGUUCACAUCAAAGGUUCUGAUACUUGACAGAAAUAUAACAGGUGGACUUUAGUUUUUCUAUCGCUGCAGGAUACUAAAGUAGAUUUUUUUUUCCCCCUGAACAAAAUUUGACAAAGUGAUACCAGGUCAGUUUUGUUCUAAUAACAUCUGCUGCAUCCAAGUGAUCAAAAAACAAGUUUCUGCAAGUUUAAGAAAAUAUUUUCCUGAUAAGAGAGUGGAAACUAAUAACAACUAAUUCAAUAAACCAGAAGCAUUAUCCAACCCAAACAUGUCCAAGGAAAAUGUUUAGUUCUGGUAUUUAAGACGAACAGUGUGCAUAUGAAGUGUGUUAUUUAUUUUCAUAUGGUUUACAGUCCUGCUUUCUGUUCUUUUCUACUCAGCUGAAGGGAAAGAAAGGAGCAUCAACCAAUGGGAUAGCUUCAAAACAGAAAGCAGACCAAAAGAACCAGACCAAAAAGAACGGAGUCAACUGCAUGAACGGGACGACUUCACUCAAACGCAACACCUCCAGUAAGUAGAAACACAAGAAAAGUUUGAAGAUCAAAGUUUUUUUUGGAAUAUGCAAGAUUAUCGUUAAAAGUUUAGAAAGAGGGGAGUAAAUAAGAAGAAAGCCCAAAGCCUACCCCGCCCUCAAAAUCAUACAUCUGACGCAAGUGGGUCAGAUUGAAACCUCCUGCCAAAGUUGGGGUUACACUCAAACUGACACAGCAGACCUCAGGAGUGAAGCCCAGAUUUUUGGGGAGAGGGAGGAACGCGGUUGCACUGAUCCUUGUGGCGCAGGGAAGUAUUUUGUACCUAAUGUGUGAAUGAGCAGAGCUGUCACUCCUCCAGAUGUCGGAGUGGAAAUAUGCGCUGAGUCGGAUUUACAGCAUCUGACACAAUCCUCAUAUUUCUAGUAAGAAAUAAAUGUAUUAAAUUUGAAAAUGUCAGCAGCGGUUUCAUGAGCGAUUCUUCAUAAGCAAAGUUCGAAAGGGCACACACACACACACAGACACACACACACACACUCACAGAUGUUUGAUUGUUACCCUCAGUGUAUUUUCCAGUAAGGGAAAGGCAUAGUGUAAUUAAUAACUGCUGAAGACUGAGAGUUCAGUGGGUUUCUGGGUAUUUUAUGUUUUACCAGUCCUCUAAAAUUAACGGCUUUGCUUCUCUUCUCUCGCAUGUGUUGGUUUUGGGUUUUGCCGAACUGGAAAAGCUCUUUAAUGUCAUAUUUAAGAGGUGAUGCACCAUCCCAAAUUAAGUGUCAGGGAGAGGAUUAACCUCCCUUUUUCCUAAGUGUUUCACCACAAUAUUCAUGUGUUGAAUUAAUGUGAGAAGUAUGUCGGUUCGAAUUUAUGAAUGACCUCAUUUUGUGAGCCUAAAAGAUGACAGGGUAGUUGCAACGGAGGCUAAACAGCUGGCUGGAUCUAUAACUUUAACCUUUCAGAUCAGAAACCAAACAGUGGAUCUUGGAUAGUUAUAUUUGUGAUCAAUAAAACAUUAGUGUCAUUUUUUAACAUUUCUGCAAUCUGAGUUUCUUCAAAUAAAGUCUCAACCUAAAAGAGAAAAAAAUAUAAGCGAGUCUGAGUUUGCAUCCCACUUAACCUGUGCCAGAAAACACCAUCUAAUUCACAAAGCAGAUGCAGAGGAGUAAGGACAAACUGUACUGCAAAGUGUGUCACUGUGCACAUUUGUAGUUUGCAUUACAGAUUUGGACAGAUUUUUUUUUUUUGCCCGGAGUGCCAUUGUCAGAUUUUGACCGAUUUUCCUUUUUUUUUUUUUUUUUUUCCCGCCAGAGCCCCCCCCCCCCCCCCGCCCCAACAUGCGACUAAGUUUGGGGUUGUUCUGAACGCCAAAAAGCCGACAAACCAUAUAACCAUGUUACAAUAACAUAGAAACUACUCACCAGUGAGAAGUGUGCCAUUAAGUAGCAUUAAGCAUUAAGUAUGUCAUAGUCUAGUUGUGGAGUGUUUUUUCUCUAUGAGGAGAGUAGGAAAAUGCCAAAGUCAUUAGCCAAGAACUAACAGUCUUGACGUUUUGGCUCCCAUGGGCACCGUACUACCGUCUCUGAAUCCAGUGGAUAUCCCAGUACCAGACCAUCACAUCAUCAGCAGACAAUCAAAGAAACAAUUUGCCGGCGUUUCAUUGUGCCGCUGGUGCCGGUACUGGUGAGCGAGACUGAGCCAGAAUUUAGCAACAGUCCUUGUGUACACAGGAGGAUGCAAGCAGUCGGGGCGUCAGGUUCUCAAGAGCCAAUACGACUCCCAGCUGUCACAAAGUGACCUAUCACAAUUUGAUCUCGAGAGUGAUGAGGAGUGGUGUCCGAGGAGGGAGGACCUCGAUGCCACCGGUAGAGUAGUUUGAAGUGAAAUGAAAUAGAUGAUCAGAGUUCAGCUUGAAAGUCUCUCCUUCGUAAAAAUGUGUUUUUCCCAGGUUUCUUCACCCCUUUCUUUUGAGAUAUUGCAUUUAAUUCUAGUCCAAGCAGAGGAUAUUCUGUGGGUCCUGAAAGAAAUUUGUAUCGUGGUCAAUGGUGGCACUAGGUGAAAUUUGCAGACAUGAACCUGGCACUGAUUGAGUAAAAAUAAGGCAUUGCAUCUGGAGCAAAAUUUGACUCUUUCUGUGCAAAUAACACCAACAAUAGUUCUAACAGCUCCGCACAGUUAGGGAGAGAUUUUUACCAUCUGCUGGAUGUUGGUGGUAAUAGGGCAGUGUUAGUAAGCAUUAAGCCUAAAGAGUGAGCAUGACAACAUCUUUUAAGAAUCGACUCCAUAAAAAAAUAGCAAGAAGAGUGGCUCAGCAAGUACAUGCACAAGGAAACAAUUCAGUUAUGUCAGGAUGAGAGUGCACAGUGCAGCUCCAUGCAGCAGAGAGUAUAAAUGUUAAAAGUACUUCAUUUUCGUCCUUCAUCAUUCAGCAGAAGCCCGGUUGUGAUUAGAUAUUAGAGGUUGCUUUCCUAGCAGGUCUGAUGUUUGAGAUUAGCAUCUUUGAGUCAUCAAUGUAUUCAAUCUUCAUUUUGCAGAUGCUGAUCAGGUUAAGUACGGGAAGAACCGCGUAGAGGCCGAUGCCAAGCGACUGCAGUCCAAGGAGGAAGAGCUGAUGAAGAGGAAGCAGGAGAUCAGGAACCAUCUGACCCACCUUAAGAAGGAGAGGAGAGACCUGCGGACUGCUGUGGAGGCUGCUACAGGUAAGAGAGUCAAAAAAUAAGAGUGCAUCAUUGGAUCAAGUCUUGGUUUGCAAGACCUCCUUAACAUUUAAGUGAUCUCUCUCCUUUAUUUUAGGCAAACGUUCUCAUUCCUCGCUGUCAGAGCGCCUGAAGAAGGUGGAGGAGGACUGCAGGAAGAAGGAGGAGGAGCGGGUGAACCUUGAACUGGAGCUGACAGAGGUGAAGGAGAGCCUAACGAAAGCCCUGAACGGUGGUGUCACUCUGGGCUUGACCAUCGAACCAAAAACAAGCGCCUCUGGACUUCAGGUCAGAACAUAUGAGACCCUGGGCUUUAUUUUCGUGUGUGCCGGGGACGCGGCGGAGGGUGGCGGACCCCGCGCAGUUGUAUUUUUGUCUGGCGGAGCCCGGUGUACAGCCAGUUUGGUAUUUCCGUGGACUGAGGCACACCGAGAUCCGUCAAGCUGGGCGUGGUGGCGUGGCAGGGGGAGGUGUCGACAGAAUCAGCGGGCACAGUGACAUUUUUGUGCUCGCCACCGGCGUAUAAAGUGUGCUGAAAGCUUGCCGAUUCAGACCUGGUCAGCUGUCAGCGCAGGCAGAGCGCAGCUGGUCUAGUGGUAUUUUAGUAGACCAGCAGCGUAUCGGCAUACGUCACCAAUGCCUCACCGGCAGGUUUCCACAGUGUCAGGCACAUUUCAGUGCAAUAAAUAAUCAACAACAACUAUUAAUCUGAGUCAGCACAUACAUUUAGAUCUAUAUAGAUAUAUUCUGAUCUAUCUUAUCUGAUGAGCGCGUUUGGCACACGUUUGGACACUCAACCUGACCGAAUCAACACAGCUGAAACCCGCAUUAAAUUAAAUUAAAUAUCUAGUAAAUAAACGUCUCCCUCCUUUUCUUUCUUCCUCUUCCUCUUAUUUCUCACGCAGCUCGAUCUGGACACGUCUCUGUGUCCUCUUCCUGUGCUGCUGCUGCUGCGGCUGAACAGAUGAUUUGUUUCAGUGAUCAGAUGAGUUAUUUACUUCAAGCCUACAUACAAAUAUGAUAAUAUUCAGUUUUGUGAGCCAAAUUUAUUUUAUAUGCCAACAUCUAUAAAAGAAAGAGCCAGGCCACGGAGCACGAUGCGUCAUUUACGCACAGAUGGUUCCGAAUUUAAUGCCAUUUUUGGAAUUUAUGGUGUGAUCUCUGCGCACAACCCACCUUUGUCAUGUGAGGUUUGAAUAUGUGCAACUUUAUGUGAGUGUCUUUAUUUGUGGAAAAGGGUGUUUGUCUUACCAGUGGGUCCAACAUUACACACACAAAAUCUAUCUGUGCUCAUAUGAGAGAGUGUGGAGGACGCCCUCUGCAGCGCUUACAGUGACACUUGUUGAGGGGCUGCCUUCUGCCGCCAUCAUGUGGCAUUAGUGUCUUCAGACACUUCAGACGGCGGACCUGACUUACGCUGCGCGUAAGCCCGCUGUGUUGUUUUGGGUCUCCUAAACAGGAGAUUUGGUUAUUAAAGGCCAUGGUUGGUAGUCUGAUCCUUUUCAUUUCUGUGUGUAGUCACCUGCCAUGAUGCGACGGAACCAGGGGUCAUCUCCUUUCUCCAGCUGUGACACCAGCGACACAGAGUCCUGCUCCUUGCCUGUAAACAGUGCCUCUCUGCUCCGCCGGCAGCAGGGCGGCCAAAAGCCCUCACCAGUCCGGGGACAUGUCCUGAGGAAGGCAAAGGUAAGGGGAUAAACAGUAUGCUAAUACAUUAGGCUGUCUCUGACUGAUAUCUGUGAGAUCUGUGGCCACGUGUAAGGAUUUAGUAGCCCCUCAAAUGAGAUGUCGUGCAAAAAUGAGCAAAACGUUAAUUUAAGAAGGCCACAGUCCACAGUACAUCAGCUGAUCUUAACAGCGUAGUCAGUUUCCCUCGAUGCAUCCAAUUGGAAAACUUCAAAAUGACUUAAAACCCUGCUCUGUCCUGUACAUGUGUUGUUGCUGUUGGGCUCCAUGUCUUUAAAAAUGUCAGUAUAAUUUGAUCAAAAUAUCGUAGUUUAUAAUAUCAUUGUAUCUUGAUCAAAAUAUCAGGGUGUAGUAAAAUAAAAAUGCCAUAGUAUAGUAUGAUAAAAAGAUAUCACAGUAGAGUAAGAUAAAAAUAUCAUAGAACAGUACGAUAUAAAUGUCAUAGUAUGGUACAAUGAAAAUGUCAAAGUGAAUAAUGAUAAAAAUGCUAUAAUAUAUUAUGAUGAAAAAGUCAGUAAACUAUGAAAAAUAUUAUAGUAUAGAGUGAUCAAAACAUCAAAGUAUGAUAAAAAUGUCAUUGUAUAGUAUGAUAAAAAUGCCAUGGUAUAGUAAGAUAAACAUAUCAUGGUAAAGUGGGAUAAAAAAUCCAUCACAGUAUCUUAGGAUAAAAUGUUGUAGUAUGGAAUGAUAAAACAUGUCAGUGUAUAAUAUGGUAAAAAUGUCAGUGUGGUAUGAUGAAAUGUCAAAGAAUAGUAUAAUAAUAAAAUGUCAAAGUUUAGUGUGAUAAAAAAAUAGUUCCGUAUGACCAUCAAAUGUCAUUGUAUAUAUAAUAAAAAAAUGUCAUAGUGUAGUAUGAAAAGCAUAAAUAAUAAUGAAAAAAAAUUGUCAAUGAAAAGUAUGAUAAAACUGUCAUAGUCUAGUAUAAUUAAAAAAGGCAAUGUAUAGUAUGCUAAAAAAUUGCAUAGUAUAGUAUGUUAAAAAUGUUGUAGUAUGUUAAAAAAAAUCAUUUAGUAUGAUUAGUUGCAAAAUAUUGUAUGCUAAAACAUGUUGAUGAAAAAAAGGAAUGAAAAAGUAUACUGUGUUAAAAAUAUAGUCAAGUAUUUAAAAAAAAAUUUCAUUGUAUGAUAAAAACAAUAGUAUAAUAUGAUAAAAAAUGUCAUAGUUUAGUAUGUCAAAAACUAUCGUAUUAUAUUAUGAUUAAAAUUAGAGUAUAGGAUGUUUAAAAAUGUCAGUAUAGUAUGAUUAAAAUGUAAAAGGAUAGUAUCUUCAAAAUGGGUCAUCAUAUAGUAUGAUAGAAUAUCAUACUAUUGUAUGCUAAAAAUGUCUUAGUAAAGAAUGAUAAAAAAAUUAAUAGUAUAAAUGUAAAAAUGUCAUCGUAUACUUUAAUAAAAAAAACAGUAGUGUGUUACAAAAUUUUUAUAGUAUAAUAUGAUAAAAAAAAUGUCGAAUAGUAUGAUGAAAAUGUCAUAGUAAAGUAUUUCUAAAAGAUUUUAUAGUAUAGUAUGACAAAAAAUUUCAUAGUAUAGGAUGAUAAAAAUAUCAUAUUAUAGUUUGUUAAAAAAUGUCAUGUAUAUUAUGAUAAAAAAUGUCAAAGUAAAGUUUGUUUAAAAUAUAGUAUAGUACAAUGAAAAAUGUCAUACUAUAGUAUGAAACCACCUUUUUGCUGUUAAGGCAGCAGUGCUCACCACUACACCACUGUCCUGCUAAUAUCUUACCAUAGUACAGUAAAAAUAUCAUAGUAUAGUAUGGAAAAAAGUCAUGGUAAAGUAUAUUACAAAAUGUCAUAUUAUAGAAUGAUAAUGUCAAAAUAUAGUAUGAUAAAAAUUAUCAUACGAUAUGAUAAAAAUAUUAUACAAUAGUAUGAAAAACACUGUCACGGUAAAGUUUGAUAAAAAUGUUUCAGUAUAAUAUGAUAAAAAUAUCAGAGUAUAGCAUGUUGAAAAAAAUCAUUGUAUAGUUUGAUCUAAAAUGUCAUAGUAACUUGUGAUAAAAAUAUCAUAGAAUAGUAUUGUUAAUAAUGAUAAUAAUUAAAUAAUACUAAUAAUAAUACUAAUAAUAAUGAUGGUGAUGAUGAUGAUGAUGAUGAUGGUGGUGAUAAUAAUAAUAAUAAUAAUAAUAAUAAUACAUAAUUCCUGCAAUUUCAAUAGGGCUCUUGCGCACUGCUUGCAGCCUCAGCUCUGGCCUUAAUGACCAGGAACGACUAUAAUGACAUCCUGGCUCAUUUUCAUGAUAAUCUUAAGGAAGUGCGACGACCAAUUGGAUUUGAAAUUCACAAAGUUGCUUGACACAGUUUUGCAAAGGCCAAAGGCCAAGCAUUGAGUUUACCAGACCUCUUCGAUGCAUCAGAGAUUAAUUAUUACCUAAGAAGUCAUUUGUGUUUAUUCUGAUAUGCUGUGGGUCAUAAAAAUGUCAGUGACCAUACCAAAGGCAAAGUCAUGCAAACUGCGUAUAGAUGUGUAUGUAUGCAAAAUGAAUGCAAACUAAGUGCAGAUCUGUUUCUUUGGCAGGAAUGGGAGCAGAAGAACGGCACAUAAACCUGCCAAGCCCUCAGACCAGCCCUCACUUUUAUUCCUGUGUUUCUUUUGAAGAAAUUGUGUAUAUAUUUAUUUAAAACUGUUCAUACAGUGUGAGAGUGUUGAGAGAGUAGGACACAAGCAUAGCAUUCACAAGUAGCUGGUUUUAGCAUUCUGUCACUGCCACAACAUACAGAAACUUUUUACACUUUUUUUUACUAUCAAGCAUGCUCAGCAUACUGCGUUGUGCAACUUGUGUUGUCCGCUGUACUCUUUCCAAGCAACCACCUUUCUUUCUUUUCAUUUAAAAAGGUUGGAACCAAGUAUUUAUUUGUAAAUGUUUGGGAAAAGGAAAUACUAGCUUCCCUUUGUUUAUUUAUGUUGAUAUAUUUAAGGGUUUUUAUAGAAUAUGUGGUGGUCUGUAGAAUACCAUCCCCACACUGUUAAAUGGGCAACAGCAAACUAUGAGCAUUUUUAAAGGUCACAGUAGUCACAACACACAUUAGCUGAGGGACACUGAUUCAGGUUGCUGGACCAUUUCACUAAGCAGAAUUACAGUCAUGCUCCUAGAAAGUAACAAUAAUGGGGAGAAGUCUCUGAGUUCAUCACACGUGUCAUGUCAGGAUUUACACUAAUAUUGUCGCAUAAAGAACAUUUAAAACGUUUUAGAAAAACUUCUUAAAGCAGAGAAAUAAACCCAAAGGGUGUAAAAAAGGGAAGCUGUGCAAACAAAAAUUAAGCACUCAGUGUGCCACAAAACCUUAAUUACUGUGAGACUCACUGUGUAACCUGAGACUGCAUCUAAGGCCUUGCUUAGAAAAGACUGAACCCAUAAAAAAGGAGGGAUGUGCAGUAUCAGCAUGAAAAUGUCUGCUGAUGUUAAUAUUGGCCAAAAGAGGGUUUGCAUAUGAUGAUAGUGUAACAUGUGUUGGGUGGAUUCAAGUAUUUGAAGUGCUGGAGACAGACAGAAGACUUAUUCUUUACCCUUAGAGCAAAUUUGGAAAAAAAUAUCUGUAUUGGCCAAAAGAAGUAUGGAAGUAUCAUUAUAGUAUCGACAAAGUUGAAUAUGGUGCAUCCUUAUGAAAAAAAUCUUUCUUUCUUUGGGUGUUAAUAAAAUCUGUGUCUAAUGACAAAACAAUUCCUGUAAAGACAUGAGUAUGAAUACUAGGCCAGCAGCCAGCAGCAUAACUUUAUGAUGUACAAACACUAAGAGGUGUUCUCAGUGAGUCCAGACUAUGAGGUGAUCUGCGUUUGUUUGGUAUACUUGGUACAUGAAGCAGUGACAAUUUCAAGAUUCCCUGUCAGAGUCUUGUCUUCUAAACAGACUGCCCAGGCCAAUGACUCUUUAGAGGUCAACCAGUUCAUCUCUGAUGCUUUCUAUAGUCUCUUAGUGUGAUUAUGGAUGGUUAGGAAUAUGCAAAAGGUGGACUUCAGAUGUGAGUCAGCUGACGAAGAUAACAUGGCUGCUUUCCACCUUCUUUUCCUUCAUUGGAGAGCUCCAAAGUUUUAACCACAUGACUUACAUUCGUCCCUCAGCUUAGAGACAAAGUCCAGCUCCCCUUAUCAUGUCAGUGGUUUACUGUAGCCUGGUGAUCUGUGUGCAAGCUUAAUGUCUCCAAACCCAAUGUAGGUACAAAAACUGAGAAAGACAUACUCGCUGUAAAAUCAUAUUGCUGUGCAGACUGUUUUCAGUAAAACACACACACACACACACACACACACACACACACACACACACACACACACACACACACAUUCCUUCAUCAUCACAUGCGUAUGGUGCUUUUUCAUGGUUUUCUGUUUCACUGCCUUUGCAUUGCCAUUACUCUGAUACUGCAAGCAUAGCCCAUAUACAAGAAGUGGAUGUAGUAACCAUUGCCAAAUUUGGUGACAAAUUUAAAUGAGCUUCUUUUAACAAAGACAAUUAGUAAUUGUCUGUAUUCUCCUCUGGAAGAUGGACCUGACAAAACUUGAGGUUUUAUUGACUAUUCAAAGUGAAACUGUAACUUUCUUACUAUUUACUAAGACACUUAGACAAACUUACUUCCCACAGAAAAAACUCAGACUCAGCAUUUACAGCGAAACGCCAACUUACUGAAAAUAGAGAGAUGUCUAUUGUUCAUAAAGGUUUAGAUGGCAUCUGAGAAACUGACAUGACAUUCAGAAAGUUCAGCUCCUAAAAAAACAAGCUUGCUUCCAUCUGGUCUCAUAUAAUCAGUGUUUUUCAGCCAGUGCAGUCGGCCCCCUGCUUUGUGCUUUUCGGGGGCGGUUGACUCAAGUAAUGGUAGCAUAAACUUAAUGCUACCAAUCAGUGCCAACAGCUCCUGAAUCUUAUAAGUAUUUUCUGUCCCAUCACUGCUUACAAACUGAUAACCAACAUGUCUGUGAGAUAGCGUAGUCAGCAUGAUUUCAUGUAUUUGAUUCCCUGUUGGCUCAGUGUGGCUUAUCACUAAGAAAGCUGAAGAUGUAAAUGAAACCUGCUAAUCAUAUUUUUUGGGGGGAGGGGGGGGGGGGGGGUACAGGCUCAUUCAUCAGUGUUUCUUUUUGCACCUUAUAUAUUUUCUACAUUGUUGUAUUCUCGACAGUUGCCUCUUUGGUGACAAACAUGCUUGUACAUUACUUUAAUAAAAUCUGAUACACACUUUUCCUUUCAGUGACUCUGUGCUUUGCUGAUGGGGGGGGGGGGGUUACAGAAAAGACUUGGUAAAAAACAAUUUGAAAUAUAGUCGCAUAUAAGUACUUAAAUAAACCUUUUCCAUGAAGGCUUCCCCCCAACUCUUGUAUUUCUAUAGCAGCACAUUAUCAACUUCACAGGGUUUAGGAGGUUAGGGCCUUCCUCUCUACCUCUUCCAUGUACAGGUUAGCCACUCCUUCAAAGGAGCAGCACCUAGCCACUGGUUCAGAUAUGUGGAUGACACCUGGGUUAAGAUCAAAACACAUGAAGUAGAGGCCUUCACAGACCAUAUCAACACAGUGGACAGCAACAUCAAGUUCACCCGUGAAGAUGUCAAGGACACUGUGUUUUUUUUGGACUGUGCUGUACACUUGGAGACAGAUGGGUGUCUCAACGUUUGAGUGUACAGGAAACCCCCACACACACGGAUCAAUAUUUACUUUUUGAUUCCCACCAUCCUCUGCAGCACAAACUGGGUGUCAUCAGAACACUCAACCACCGGGCUGAGAACAUUCCCACAAAGAAAGAAGGUAAAGAAAAGGAACAGAAGCACAUCAAAAAUGCCCUGACAACCUGUGGAUACCCUUAGUGGGCCUUUGUGAAUAACAGAAAGAGAAGUAACACUGAACACGAAAGGGAGGAAAGACGCAAGAGCACUGUAAUCCCUUAGGUUGUCCCAGGCCUGUCGGAAAAACUCAAGAGGAUCUUUGGCAAACACCAUAUUCCUGUUCAUUUCAAGCCUGGCAACACACUAAGGCAGAAGAAAUCCAUCCCAAGGACAAAACACAGAGACAUAAACAGAGAAAUGUGGUGUAUGCUGUCCAGUGCAGCUAGGAAUGCUCAGACCUGUACAUUGGGGAAACUAAACAAACGCUUCACAAGCGCAUGGCUCAACACAGGAGAGCCACUUCCUCAGGUCAGGACUCAGCUGUCCACCUUCACUUAAAGGACAUGGGUCACUCUUUCGAGGACAGCAAUGUACAGGUGUUGGCUAGAGAGGACAGAUGGUUUUAAAGAGGAGUUAAAGAAGCCAUCUUUACCAGACUGGAGAAACCUUCUCUGAACAGAGGGGGUGGACUCAGGCAUAAUCUCUCCGGCACUUCGAAUGCAGUUCUCAGCUCUCUGCCCAGGAAGCUCCACAAACAUUCACACCUGGGACCACAUGACCACAACACCUCACAUGAAAGGGGUUGUUAACACAUUCAGGUUAGCGACUCUUGGGGGGGGGGGGAUCAAGGGAUGUUGACUGUAGCUGAUGAAGUCUAUUCCCAGCAUGGACUCAGAAGACUAAUUGGAGUACAUGUUCCACCAACCCCUAAGCAAUGCACCUGCAGAACUGGAACAGUGUUUUCAUCUUGUAAGAGCAGAAAGAGGUCUGUGCAGGGGGGUAUUCCACGAAGCUGGCUUAGCUCAAAGCCUGGCUUAUUUCGGUUAGCUUGGCUAAUUUUAGUGAGAGUUGGUUCCACAAACGAGGCUUAGGGCUAGCGUGGCUUGGUAACUAUGGUAACUCAGCCAGCGCGACAAUCCUGGUCCCAGGCAGUCUUACGGUCAAGGUAACCUUAGCUGCGUCUCAGAGAAGGUCCGACGGGCUUCCAGAGGACGCUUUGUGAACUGCAUGUCACACAGUAAUUUCAUCUUUAUCUGUAAUAAAUGAUGCUCUUGUUUGGAAAAAAAAUUGAGAGCUUUUUAAAACAGAUGAUGAGAUGAUCCCAGGUGCAAUGAGGGAUCAAGCAAAGAAAGAAAGAGACAGCAGAUAGACCAAAGUGUUCCAUAUGGGGGCUGAAAUAAUGAUAUUUCAAUACACUAGUGUGAAUAAUUGGAAGCUUUUUUGAUCUGAAAAUCAUCUAAAGCUAUCAAAGAGGUAUCAGAAAGGAAAUUUAGAGUCUGCAGAAAAAAUGCAUGAUACCCCUCCUUUAAGUGUGCAGUAAAUGUGCAAACUGUGUAUUUGUGAUUUCGCAUUUCUCACCUCGGUAUAAAGCAAACUUAAAGGAGGAAUUGACUCCUACAUCGCUGGUGUUGUUUUGAAUGAAUUUGAAUGGACUAUAAGUCUAGCUGGUUGGCUGGUAGAAUUUGUGUUGAAGAUAAACACAUGGUACCUGUGCUCUAAUCAGAGAUGUCAAAGCAUUUAGUGAAGAGACAUGAAAUCAUGCUUUAAUAAGUAUCUUUUGUUAAAAAGUUCCAAAGACUAUCACAUGGCUCCUUAUGUCCCUCACACCCUGGGGUAGAUUGGGACA